GCCGUUACCAAGGAGACCGGCAAGCCCGGUGUGUUCAAGGCAGGGUGGCAGACACGGAGGCCGGGUUGUUGCCAUGGUAACAGGGAGCCGUGACUGCUCCGCUUAGACCAGCCAUCUUUCCAUUGUGUGUGCUUUGAGCGAUGCUCUGACAGCUGCUGGAGCCAUGCUGCCCGGCAGGUACCGAGGGAGGCUGGUGUCCAAUGCUGUGAGUAGUCUGUGUGUCCGUGCUGUGCCCGUCUUGCUCUCCCCAUUCCCCACAGACAGCCAUGGCCAUCACCUGCCACACCUGCUGUUUGUAGACGGCAGUUCCCACUAAGGCAAUACAGGCACCAUAACCACUGCAGGGAGCUGUAGUGGUUAUGGUGCUUGGAGUGUUCCUUUAAAUUAAGGGUUACAGCUAGGAUUCAUAUAGUUUAGAUAGAGAAUUUGCAGUUAGGCUUCCAUUAUAGCGAGGGUCCGCUGAUUACAACUACAUGUCUGUUAGUCCACUCAUUGUACAGCGCUACGGAAUCUGCCGGCGCUAUAUAAAUAAUAUAAUAAUAAUAAUAAUUGCUCUCGGCCAAUGAGCUGAGCUCAGCUUUGCGGGUUUUAGCUCAGGAGCACUUAGGGAUGCUUCUGCUUAGGAGCGUCCGGCUCUCCGGCGAUAGUAGCGCAGGCGGGGAACGACUUUGUGAAAUGGGGAGUGGGUACUAUGACCACUACAGUGCGCUUAGGGUGUUCUAUGUCGUUAAAUGAAUGGGAGUAAUGGUAGGUUCUAUGUCGUUAAAUGAAUGGGAGUAAUGGAAGGUGCUAUGUCGUUAAAUGAAUGGGAGUAAUGGUAGGUUCUAUGUCGUUAAAUGAAUGGGAGUAAUGGAAGGUUCUAUGUCGUUAAAUGAAUGGGAGUAAUGGUAGGUUCUAUGUCGUUAAAUGAAUGGGAGUAAUGGAAGGUGCUAUAUUGUUAAAUGAAUGGGAGUAAUGGUAGGUUCUAUGCCGUUAAACGAAUGGGAGUAAUGGUAGGUUCUAUGUCGCUGGCUAGGUGGCAACAGGAGGAACAAGGGCACCCACUCCCUCUAGAAUGCAAGCUCAUUGAGCAGGGCCCUCAACCCCUCUGUUCCGCUGUGUCCAACUUGUCUGGUUACAACUACAUGUUUGUUCGUCCACCCACUGUAAAGCGCUGCGGAAUUUGUUGGCGCUAUAUAAAUAAAAAUAAUAAUAGAAGAGUAUGGUAAAAGGGCGGCUUCAAGCAUUAUGCCCACUACAGACCUCUGUAGUGGUUAUGUUGCCAGGAGUAUCUUGGCCCCCUUUCCUGGUAAUGGGGCAAACCGUUUUGCAAUGUUCCUGCCAAGAGCAGGAAGUGGUUUCAGAUGUCAUGAAUUAAAGUUGUUGCCUUAUUCAUCUUAAAUGAGUAUUUCUUGUUGUGAAUAACAUUGUGUAUAUAGUAGGUGUCUGGGAACUGGCCAACAGUUUUGUAAUAACUGUAUGGAUGGAGACCUUUUGAAGGAUCAUGUGGGUUAGAUUAAAAACCAGAUUGAUGGAUCGAGUGGAAUGUAUUUAUGGCAUAAAAGGAGCUUUGCUGCCUCGAAUGUUCUGGGUGUGUGAUCAUCACAAAUUAAUAAAAGUACCUCUUUCCCUGUAUUCUUUCCAACCACGAGACUGAAGCUACUGUUUGCAUUUGCUGUUAAUUCAGCCCGUUUUCUAAAUUGCACAGUUUUUGUCUCCUCUGCUCCUCUCCCACAAAUGUAUUAUCUGAAGGGGGCUGCCUUUACUCCCACUAAUCUUGGGCAGCCCUGGGCAUUUAUAUUCUAGUGCUACUCUCAGAUUAGGGGCUUCUGCACUGCAUGAUCUUUUGGAGAAUAAUGCACAAAUGACAUCAGAGCGAUAAUAUUUUACCACAUAUGCUAUGUAAUUUUAUUAUUUUCUAAACUUAUUAAAAUUUUCUUGGAUCGUAUCCCAUCUGGCACCAGCCUAAAAUGUUUUAUUAUAAUUAUUUAUGACAACGCACAUCAAAUUUCUCUUGUUAUAAAUAAAAAAAAUCUAUCAAGGCUAUCACUGUCAGUGCUUAUGCUUCUCGGGAGCUCUGUCCAUGGUUGUCUCAAAUUAACAACGUAAAGCUCACUCCACAGAAUUUUUUAACGGUUUAAUAGGUUUACCAACAAACAAAACAUGUAUUUUUUUUCUGUGUGUUUCCUUUGAGGGUAUAUGAAAAAUACCCUGUCCGCUUCCAUUUGCAGCAGAAAACCUCUUUCCAUGUCUCAGUGACAGCUAUGGUGUGUUUCAAGCACAUUUUUAUAAAAGUGCUGAUUUCUAUUGCUAUCAGCACUUUUAUAAACUGUCACAAACAUGACAGACUCCAGACACACAAAGUACUUAAGCUGAAGUGCUUUAUGUGUCAGUGUUCCUUUAAAGUAACAUUUUCAAUUCUCUGUAAUUUGUACAACUGAAUAAAACAUUGAAUUUUUUUAAUCCAGAUGCUUUUUAUUUUAAAUUUUUAUUAAACAUCUAGCAAAUGAUAUUAUAAUCUAGCUCAGUCCAGGCACAUCCAAGGCACGCAUUGUAGACAAGAGGGGAAUUAGAGACAUUGUUUCAGUUCUACCUUUUUCUGUAUGCCUUUUCUCUGCUGCCAGAUACAACUGACAGCGCUUAUAACCAUGACUUUCAGAAAUCUAAGAUGGAGAAGGUUACAGAAUAAAGAGGUGUAGAUUUGUACAUUUAGUUUUAUUUAUCAUGCCUCAAAAAUACACAUUUCUUAAGUAUAGUGAUAUGUAAACACAAAAUAAAACAUCCUGUGAAGUAGCAGUUUCCCUUUAAACGAUCAUAGCUUUUUGUAGAGAUCAAGAUAUUAAGUAUUAAAAUGCCAUCUCCCUAGUUUGCAUCAAACCCUUUUGAGCCUAGCCUCUCUGAUGCUGCUUGUUUCAUUUCCACAGUAAAAAAUAAUAAAUAAAAUUGUGGAGCGCAAAAAAAUUAUGAAGUGAACACAAACACCAAUAUGUUUUAAAAAAAUAAAUAAAUAAAAUUACAUAAUUUUUCAAGUAUAUUUAUGAAUGCCAGUAUAUAAAUAAAACAUGUAUAGGGAACAAACAGAGAAAGAAUCCCGAUAGCGUGAAAUGUAAAAUUUAUAAUGGGACAAAAGAUAAAAUGAAUAAUGCUCACCAGUGUUUAGAAACCAACGUAUACAAAUUUGUGCAGCAGUGAAUACUACUUAAAGGAACACUAUAUCAUUAUCAACAUGUACUCCUAACACUAUGGUUUUAAUCUGUCUGUGCUGUGCUCCCCUCCCACUCCGUGAGAGGGUUGGAAGUUUGAUUUUAACUUACCUUUUAGUCCUUGCUUUGCCAGUCUCUCUGGGGAAGCUCCAUCUUUUUGACUGAGUUCAUCAGUGUAGUCCAGGCAUAAGCAACCUUUGGCACUCUAGAUGUUUUGGACUACACCUCCCAUGAUGCUUUGCCAGCAUUAUUAAGUGUAAGAGCAUUAUGGUUGAUGUAGUCCACAAUAUCUGGAGUGCCAACGGUUGCCUACUCCUGAUGUAGGCUAUUUCAGCUGACCCAAUGCUUUCCCAUGAGGAAGUAUUGGGAUGCUAGUGUAUAUGCGUUGCAAAACACUGCACUACUCCAAUCAGAUGGUCUCUGUGGACCAUCUGAUUGAAGUAGCCGAGUUUCACUUGGCUAUUUCUGUGGAAGCACCUAGUGGCUGUCAGAGUGACAACCCCUAGAGGGUAUUAAACACUGCACUGUAAACAUUGCUGUUUCUGUAGAAACAUUGGGGAAAUGGCAGCCAGACCACUUUACUGAGAUGAAGUGGUGUGGUGCCUAUAGUGUUCCUUCAAACUUCAGGUGACCCAGUCCUCGCUGCUCACCAACAAUGCUAUUUAGGAACAUUUCAGAAUAGUAGAAUAACAAAAAUCAAAAGUAUGUACAAGGUCAAUUAGUUUCAUUUCUCUCAAUCCAAAUCCAUCUGUGUUUUAUUCCACCUUUGACACAAAAUGGGGAGUUCUCACCUAUUCCAAUGGAGUGUAUUUUCCAGUUUCCAUAUUCAUCUUUACUUGUCAAUAUUUACAUUGCUUCCAUACACAUCACUGGCAGUACAUGCCUAUAGCAACCCUUGUGUAAUAGUGAAAAAUUGAAGGGAAAAAAAAAAUACCUAAAAAAAGCCUAUAAAAUAAAACUUUAAAUAUCUACUCUCUUCUUGCUACCAACCAGAAACAGAGCUAUAAACUGACAUAUAAAAACAAUAUACAUAUGUGUGCACGUGAGAGAAAUGUUGGCAUAAGACUCCCAUAUCCACAUAAUAACCUUACUAUAAUAAUAUAAUAAAUUUUAAUAUAAAAAAUGUGAAAGUAGCUCGGCACAGGCAAGGGCAGAUUAGGCUGACAAGCAUAUACACUAGCACUAAAUCGCGUACUUUUCCACCACAUCCCACCCACCCCCCCACAGCCCCCCUGGGUCAGGGGCCCACAGCGUGGUUGCAUAUCCCUUUACUUCAACACUACAUUAUCAUGAGCGCAAAUGCUCACCGUAUUCGUGAUCAGCUACCACCUCCACAACCUGUAACUAGCAUGACACGUUAUAUUUUAUAUUUUAUACAUGACAAAAUGCCUGUAACCCGCACACCCAAACCUAAACACGCACCACCUCAGGGCAUAGGUCAUAAACAAUGCACACAGGGACCGCAAUCAGAGCAAAACAUAAACAGAAACUCAUUAUUGAAUGACCUCUCUCUAGCAGUCCCUCAACAAAGUCUAAGCAUGUACUAAAAAUUUGAUGCUGUUUUAAAAAAAAAAAAGGACUACCGCACCAGUUCUCAGAGUAAUGCUAAACUCACUGUUAUACAUGUCAUUGAACCAUGUUUUUCCAUUUUUCUUGUGUCCAAUCUUAUGAAGUAUGCCAAUUACCCAGUGGAAUGUUGUUAAAACAAAGCAUCUUGAAAAAUAAAAAAUAAAGAAUUUAAAAAAAUAAAAAAAAAUGUGAAAGUAGUACAUGAAGGCCUUCUUACAGAGAAAACACAUAUUUUUUUUUUUAGAUGAAAAACUAUUGUUCAAACAAUCCUUUUUAAGAAUACCAAAAAAGAGAGAAAAAAAGGUGCAAGAAGGUGGACUAAAUGUAGUCCAAGAAAAGGGGAGUGGGAACAAAAAUAUCUUAAAUGUGUUGAUAAUAAAAACUUUUUCAAACAAGGACCACACAUGUACAAAAACCUUUCAGGAACACUAUAGUCACAACAACUCUAGCUUAAUGAAGCAGUUUUGGUGUAUAGAUCAUGCCUCUGAAGUUUCACUGCUUAAUUCACUGCCAUUUAGGAGUUAAAUCACUUAUGUUUCUGUCCUUGCAGCCAUAGCCAUACGCUAAAAAGUGGUUUCAUUUUAAAUCAGAUGUUCACUUACUUUAGAUGUUUUUAUGUUCUGCUCUGGAAACUGAACUGCUGCUGCUGGAUGCUGAAGUCUAUUAACAGAGCAGGAGAUGAGAAAUUCUAAAUUAAACAGACUGCAAUAAAGGAAAUUGAAACAUUAGAUCUCUCUUUAUAGGAAAUGUGUAGGAAUGCUGUGUACCUCACAUGGAGGGAAGUGUAGCGGAGCUGUUGAUGUGGUCAUUGCCACUCCUUCCCUGGCUCUGACUGACACAGCCUGCUUGGAAAAAAAACAGGUUUCACUUUCAAUCAGAUGUAACUCAAAGGGACACUAUAGUCACCAGAACCACUACAACUGAUUAAUGUAGUUGUUCUGGUGAAUAUAGUCAGUCCCUUUUUUUUGCAGCAAACACUGUCUUUUCACAGAAAAGGCAGUGUUUACAUUAAAACCUAGGGGCACCUCCAGUGGCCACUCCUCAGAUGGGCAGUGGAGGUGCUUCCUGGGGCAGUGCACUGACGUUCAGCAUCUCUAUGCUCUGAAUGGAGACGCUGUUCUUUCCUCAUAGAGAUGCAUUAAUUCAUGGCAUCUCUAUGAGUGGAUGCUAAUUGGUCAGUGCAGUGUCAACUCCCGCCCAUGCCCCGCCUCCUUGACUAUCUCAGCCAAUCAAGUGCUUUCCCUGUAGAUUACCAAUUACGAUGAUGUCAGCCAAAGAGGCAGAUCAAGGGUGAGGGCAGCGCCUGCAGACCUGUGGAGAGCUGGAAAUAACGUAAGUUUUAACCCAUCCUAAGGGGGCAAGUGUGGGACAAACCACCUAACUGGUGGUUUUAACACCAUAGGGUCAGGAAUACAUGUUUGUUGUGCUGACCCUAUAGUGUUCCUUUAACAUAAAAGGUUUUAUCUCCUGCUCUAUAAAUUGAAUUUAAUUACAUAAAGGAGGCUCCAGCAGGGGCUAGCAAGCUAAUAACAGAGCAGGUGAUAAGAAAAUCUAAAUGAAAUAGAAUUUGCCAUAAAGGAAGUGUAAACAUUAGAGGACUCUUUACAUCAAGUGUUUAGGAAGGCUGAGCAAGUCACGUGCAGGCAGGUGUGAAUAGGGUGCAUAACCAAAGUGAUUUAACUGCUAAAUGGCAGAGAAUUGAGCUAUGAGACUGUAGGGGCGUGAUCUUUACACCAAAACUGCUACAUUAAACUUAAGUUGUUUUGAUGACUAUAAUGUCCCUUUAAUAUGUACAUAACAUAUAUCUAUCCAUAUCUCCAAAAUAUUUUCUAAGCAAUUUCAAGAGGGUGUUCCAUAAAUCUAAUUUUAACAUUUGUAGAGCAAUAUACAAAAUCUUAAAUAACAAUAAAAGGAUAAAAAAAGCAAAAAGGUUAAUUCAUGGUGUUUAUAGACGUAAAUUAGAAAUUAGUAAAAUGCCUAUUUACUCAUGUAUACCUAUAUUCAAUAUUUACUCAAAAUGGCUGCUAGAGGCAACACCUCCCUUCGGCUAACUACCUUGUGUAAGAAGAUGGCACUGGAAUCCAGAGUAAAAUCCUGUGAUUGCAGUGACAUCACGCCUUGUAGGAUGUGCAUUAGAUAAAACACGUAACACCUAACCAAAUAUUGAUGUUUACUUACUGUUAUUUAUAAUUAUGCAUAUGAUGUACUCUUUUCUUUAUAAGGGGCCUCCCGCCCCCUGAAUAAACAUUCCUGAAGUUUUUCAUCAACCUGAAAAUUGUCUGGUGUGAAUUACUUUAGGAGCGUGCACGCACCUAUAUUCAAUAAUUUGGACAGGGUAGAUAUUCAAAUAAUGAAACACUUGGUUUGAACUACAACAAUUUGUCCCUACAGCCCGCAUUCUCCACCAGUUAGGCACUACGGGGCUCGGCCAGAGGGGCUCGAGGGAGGUUAUUAGGGGCUUGUGGCGGGCUUCCUCCGUGUGCACUGCCUUCAUCAGAGAGGAUCUGUGGUUGUUGUGGUGUAUGAAAACUGACAGUAUCGGAUGAACUUGGGGCUUGUGCAACCCUAACAAUGGUAUCGUGCACCGGAGGAGUGUGUUGUGCUUGGGCUGUAUGGUCUGGUGACCGUUCCAGUUGUGAUACGGGAGGAUGAUGUGAUGAGGCUACCGAUUCACGAGAACCAACAGUCAUGAUGGGGAAAGGCACAUUGGAGGUGGCCAUGACGGGCGGAAAUGGAAGCGGAUGUAGGGAGUGAGGAUGAGGGAUGCUGGGAGGGGAGGUGACGAUCAUGACAGGAGUGGGCAGGAGUAGACGAUAGGGCAAGAGCAGAGGAGGCGGGAUUGGGGGAGGGAACCAGGGCGGAAGUGACAGAGAAGGGCCAUGGGGAUGGGAUAGGGGUGGAGGUAGCGGGAACUGGAAAGGAAGCUGGGAUGGGGGUAGGAGGGAUGGGGGCAGGCAAACCGGAAAUGGGUGGGACAGGGGAUGACAUAACAGGGGCUGCAGGAAGGGGCGUGACGGGGCGGGGAGAGAAAGCAAGAUAGGGUAAUAAGUCCGCUCCAAGGAUGGAAUAUAGGGGGGUGGGGGCUGGAGGAGCGGUGUCAAUAGGAGCUGGUGUUUGGGCGGAGACUACGGGAGGUGGGCUAGCCUUAUUUUCUUUGUGCCAGGCGCCAUCAUAGGGCGGUGGUUGGAACAUGCUUGCAGCGGUUUCAACAAUGCAAACAUUUUCAUGAUACACAUAAACUUUCUAUCCUUCUAUCUCUUGUUCUUCCUCUAUCCACCCCUCUCGUUUAAUCCCUUUGGCUACACGAUACCAAGCUUCCUUUGUUAACCCAUUAUCAAGUAGUAAACCUUCUUUGUCUUUCAACAAUUUUCUCCAGCUCUCUGGCUGUAACCUGCCGCUGGAAGACAUUGUAAUACCACAUAUCUUAGCAAUCUUCUUCAUCAUACUCACGGCCUCCUCACCCGCCCCCUUUCCUUCACAAUAUCACAAGCCAACGGGCCCUUAGAAGGCUUAGCAUGUUCCUGUCCCAUUUUCGCUGUACAAAUCGUCACUUGAUAGAGAUAAAUAGGAGAGAGAUAGUGAGAAAACGUCUACAGUGCUCGACUGCCGUGAGAUUCUCGUGCGUCUUUCCAAAACGUAGACUGUGUCUGCCCACCCGAGGUGGCCACGGAUUGGAGCGAGGCGAGUAGUGUGUGACUAACACUUCUCAGGACAAAAGGUACAGGAGAAAAAGAGGAAAAAAGAGAAAGUGAAAAUGCCAAGGAGGAAGCACUUGCAAGAAUUACAAACAAAAAUACGUGCACACAAACACGAAUCAAGGAUGAACCAUGCCACACACGCAGACGCAAUCACGUCACAAACGAUGAAACCCCUACUAAGCAACACCACACUACAAUAAAGGUUAAUAAUGUAUUAUGCAUAACAAUAACAAAAUCUGCGGUCCCUGUUCCUCGCUGAACAGUAAAGCAAUCUGAAAAAUGUGUUCCCUGCCUUUCUUGGCAGUAUAGCUAACAAUAAACCAGCGGUCCCUGUCUCUCGCUAGACAGUCAAGCUAAUAAUAAAACUGCAGUCCCUGUCUCCCGCUAGACAGUCAAGCUAAUAAUAAAACUGCGGUCUCUGUCUCUCUCUUGCUAGACAGUAAAGCUAAUAAUAAAACUGAUGCAAUAAUCUGGGAAAAUUCAAACACCCUAAGCAAAACACAUUCACACCCAGAAGGCAGAUAAUCAAUUUACAGGUUCUUUUCCGAGGACAUCGGGCAAGCUAUUUACCUGUCUUUGGUGCCCUUCAGCAGCCGGCAUAGACACGGAGCCAGGCCAAUCACAAAGACAGGAGAUAUAGGCAUGGUGCUAAAUGCAAUCAUUAUCGUAUAUGCAGAGGUGAUCAAUCUCUGUCCCGUCUCUGGAGGUCCUCGAGGUCAGCUGUCCAUUGGAACACAGCCAGAUGCCCCAUGUUGGGCGCCAAUUGUUGUAGUUCAAACCAAGUGUUUCAUUAUUUGAAUAUCUGUCCAAAUUAUUGAAUAAAAGUGCGUGCACGCUCCUAAAGUAAUUCACACCAGACACAAGUUUCAGGUUGAUGAAAAACUUCAGGAAUGUUUAUUCAGGGGGCGGGAGGCCCUUUAUAAAGAAAUGAGUACAUCAUAUGCAUAAUUAUAAAUAACAGUAAGUAAACAUCAAUAUUUGGUUAGGUGUUACGUGUUUUAUCUAAUGCACAUCCUACAAGGCGUGAUGUCACUGUAAUCACAGGAUUUUACUCUGGAUUCCAGUGCCAUCUUCUUACACAAGGUAGUUAGUCGAAGGGAGGGGUUGCCUCUAGCAGCCAUUUUGAGUAAAUAUUGAAUAUAGGUAUACAUGAGUAAAUAGGCAUUUUACUAAUUUCUAAUUUACGUCUAUAAUAAUGGGUUAGAGAAAAGAAAAAGGUUACUAUACGUAAUCAGUACAUUGGGCGAACAAGUAGAAAAUUAAUAAAAAGCAUUUAUGAACAAUUUUAUUUUUUUGUAUAUAUUCUAGGUGUGGGUUUGUGAAAGUUUAUGGUAAGAGGUUAUCAUUUUUUUAGGUAGUAAGCAUUAUUUUCACCAUAUUUGUGUUACUGUGUCAGGGAGAUAUAUUAUUUAACUUCUAUUUUAGCCAUCCGACUUUGAGAGACAAUGAUUUGCUGAGAGUGCUGAAGGUGGAUUAACCUUUCGGGAGCUUGCUUAUAGUAGAAAAUUGUGGCAAAAUAAUUUGCAAAGUAUAUACUUGUUUUAUGUGUGUUUUACCUUUUAUAUUCAGUAAUUUGUUACUUGUUUUAAAUUUAAUAUAUUUACCUCUUUCUUCAGGUAAACAACUGCGGACUUCAUUUAGUUUUGCAGACCUCACCAGUAGCCGAAAAAAACAAACAGGUAAAUGUAGAUUAGAAGUAAUUAUUAUGAGCAGAUGUGCAUAACUUAACAGCCUGGUGUAUUCCUUCCCCAGUUUUUUAGACCGUUUCAAAACUUCAAAAGCUUGUCUAUUUAAUAUGCUCAUUCUUUUGCCCUUGUCAUUUGUGGAAGUGUUCACUACAAAAUGUAUCUUUAGCCACAGAAUGGCUACAUUUCAGUGCUAGAUAUAAAUGGUUAAUUUCUGCCUUUAGCAUCUACAUGGAACUCAUGUUUGCUUGUAAGGAUUCUGGACAGCUAUUUAACUCUUCUUAGUUCACAACUUGGACGUAAGUCUGAAUAUAGUGCGCUUUUUAGUUAGUUACCAUCACAACACCACCAGGACACUAUAAAAGCUAGAGUUAGUCCCUGCAAGUGUCACCUGUGAUUAAAUUCUAGCAUGUUGAUGAAGUAUUUGUUCAUAAACAUAAUACAUUGAAUUUUUAUACAGAUAGAUUAUAGUUUUUUUUUUUUUUUGUGCAACAUAUCUCUUUGGACUUUUCCUUAAAGGGACAAUAGGCAUCAUAACCCCUUGAUCUCAAUGGAGUGGUUAUAGUCCUUGGAGUCAUAGAGAAGGAUUGGGUGCAUGUUCAGAAAUUGCUGCUCUCUAUAAACAUAUUUGAUUUAAGAGCAAAAGCUUGGGUGAAAAUACUAUAAAACAAGAAAUAUUUUAACAUCUUUCUAUCUAGGUGUAAUGUUUUAUAUUUAUUUGUUUUGCAGUAUGAAUUUAGAUUAAGCAAAGAAUCCUCCUCUGUUAACAGCCGUACCACUCAACACGAUGGAGAAAGGAGCAGUGGUGGAAGGCAAGGUACUGGAUAAUUUGUCUAUGAGAACAUUUUUAUUCACAAAUUUAAAGGACAACCGUCAUCAGAUAUUCACUUAAACAUAGAAACAUAUCUAUAGUUAGGAUAGCCUUUUGUCUAUCCCACGCAUGCUUAAACUCCUUUACUGUGAUAACCUCUACAGUUCUGUGCAUUAAUGAAUGGUUAGGCCAGCUUGGGGGGGACAAGUUAUACAAUUUGGAUAUAUGGUUAAAGUAUAUAUGUGCUCUAUGUUGUAUGUCCACAUUGUAAAGCUGACUUUCCAUUGUGCAUCAUGCAAACCCACAAUGCAAUGCGUAAUUUCAGUUCUUGAGAUAUGAUGCACUGACAUUCCUUUCCUCUAGUUAGUAGAUACAAGUUUUCACAACUUUAUUUAAAAAAAGGAUUUUCUAGGUCUUAAUUGACUAGUUUCCAAAGCAGACAUUUCCAUGGUAGCAUAGUUAAAUUGAAAGCUUUGUUAAUGUUAUAUAGACUGAUACAAUAACUAUUUCUUUUAUUUUUUAUUUUUUUUAAAGAUGGAAGAGUUUCAAGUCCUGUCACACGUAGCAAACCGUCCUACAUCCCAGUAACUACGAAUGUCACAGAGGUGUUUGGCUCUGCUCCGAAAUAUGGAAAAGAGUACAUGUCCUUGGGUGCACUCGGAGACAUCCCAAGUCAUUUGCUACCAAAACCCAGGUCCAAAUCUGUCUCAAACUGUGCCAACCCCAACAACAACAACGAGGAUAUGUCAAAAGGUACUUGCAAUGCAUACAUUUAAGCCUGGUAGAGGUGUACAUUUUGUGAAGUGGUAUCAAUAAUUUUAUUCUUUGCUAAGGUUCUCUAAAUAUUAUGUGUGGAUUUGAGGUAAUGGUUGGUUCCCAUUGGUUAUCCUUCACUCAAUAAUAUUAAUGAGAUCAGUAAGAGUUUUAAUGAUCAAUGAGGUAGUGGUUAAUUUUGUUGAAAUUAUUUAAAUUAACUAUUUUAAAGGGUACCUUGCAGGAACUAUUAACACUUUUUUAUAUACCCUUUGUUGAAUGGCCGUUUCUGAAUGUGCCUUUUCUAAUUAUUGGUUAGUCUUGGGGAUUAAAAGUAUAAAAUGUAUCUGUGCAGUUCAUGAGCUAAAUGAGUUCCUUAAAGGAACACUGACUAUUCCUGACCCUAUAGUGAUAAAAACACCAUCUAGCCCCCCUGGCCACCUUGCCCCCUUAUAUAUAGUAAACUCUUACUUUCAGUCCAAACAUCAGCACAACAUACAAACACACUCCUGCAAUCUAACACAAAUAUUACAUACAAACACACCCCUGCAUUCCAUCUCCAAAAGGAUAUAAAAACACACCACUUCAUUCAAACAUAAAUACUUCAUACAAAAGUACAUCCGCAUUUAAACAUCACCAUUGCAUUCAAACACACACCUGCAAUCAAACACAAACAUUACUUACAUACAGACCCCUGUAUUUAAACACUAAAAUAUUAAGGGUGUCGUGAACCUAAAAAGUUUGUGAACCACCACCUGCAAUGUGCCUUCACGGACCAGAGGGGAGAUAAGAGCUGAGCCUGCAGCUCCUCCAGUUACCAUGGCAACGCUCCAGAUCUCGCGAGAGUGAACUCUAGCCCUGGAGCUGCGGGCUAGAGUUCACUCUCACUGCUGGGACCACCAGGGAUUACCCACCGGACCACCAGGGAUUUGAGAAAUGUCCCCCCUCCUCCCUCAGUAAAGGUAAGAAGGGAGGGGGGACAGGGAGGGGGGACAUAAAUAUAUUUAUUUUAUUAAAUAAAAAAAGAAAAACAUUAUUAAAAAGCCUUCCUACCCUCCUUCCCUCACAUACAUACACUGCCCCCCCAUACACACAUUGCGCCACAAACAUACACUGCCCCCCCAUACACACAUUGCCCCACAAACAUACAUUGCCCCACAAACAUACACUGCCCCCAUACACACACUGCCCCACACAUACACUGCCCCCCAUGCACACACUGUGCCACACACACAUACAGUGCCCCCCCAUACACACACACACACUGUCCCCCAUAUACAUGCUGCCCACACAUACACUGCCUCCCAUACACACACUGCCCCACAUACAUUGCCACACACACACACAUACACUGCCCCCACACACACUGCCCCAAACACACAUACACUGCAAGCCUCACACACACACACACUGACCCACACAUACACUCAGGGACGUAUUAACCGCGAGGCAAACAAGGCAUUUGCCUUAGGCGGCAUUUUCCAGGGGGCGGCAUUCCGUCUCCCUGCCUCACUCUGCGGCUCACGAGGGAGCUGAGCAGACCGCUCAGAUGAAGUGCUCCCUCGCCAGACCCGCCUGCCCAGCAGCCACUGGACCCCAAGGGAGAAAGAGAACCCCCCAGCAUUCCCAAAGGUAAGGAGGCUGGGGGUUAAAUAAAAACGUGUUAAUGUCAGUGAUUUGUGUGUGUGUCUGUUAGUGUGUUUGCCUGUUAGUGUGUGUGUGUGUGUGUCUCUUAGUGUGUCUGUUAGUGAGUAUGUGAGUCUGUUAGUGUGUGUGUGUGUCUGUUAGUGAGUGUGUGUGAGUCUUAGUGUGUGUUUGUCUGUUAGUGUGUGUGUAUGUCAGUGUGUGUCUCUGUUAGUGAGUGUGUGUGUCUGUUAGUGAGUGUGUCUGUUAGUGUGUGUGUGUGUGUGUAUGUAUGUUAGUGUGUGUGUCAGUGAGUGAUUGUGUGUCUGUUAGUGUGUGUGAGUGUGUCUGUUAGUGAGUGUGUCUGUUAGUGUGUGUGUGUGUGUGUGUGUCUGUUAGUGUGAGUGUGUUUGCCUGUGAGUGUGUGUGUGUCUGCUAGUGAGUGUGUGUCUGUUAUCUAGUGUAUGCGUAUCUGUCAGUGAAUGUGUGUGUGUGUGUGUGUGUAUUUAGAAGGCGGAGCGGGGGGGGAAGGGUUGGGUGGGGGUGGCGCGGGCAAGGGGAGGGGGGCGCCUGAGUUUUGUCCUGCCUAGGGCAGCACAAAACCAGGAUACACCACUGCAUAUACUGCCCCCUCACACACACACACACACUGAACUGCUCACACACACUGCAGCUCUCUCUCUCUCUCUCACACACACAAACACAUACACUGCCCCCUAACACACACACUGCACCCCUGACAUACACUGCUGCCCUCACGCACUCACACACUUCACCGCUCACACACUACACCCCCCACACACACACACGUGCAAAAAUCAGAAUGCCCUGCCUCUGGCUGGGGACUUGAAUUUCUCAAAUUAUCUCACUCUCUCUGCAGCCUGCAGCCAGUGUUGUCGGCCGGCCUCUCCUGAUGAUGUCAAAAGGAGAAGGCAUGACUUCCACUGCUCUUCUCCCAGGACCGCUGGGGAGUCUGGGAGAAGAGCAGAGGAAGUCACGCCACCUCCUCCUGACAUCAUCAGGAGAGGCUGGCCGACUCCACUGACUGCAGGCUCCAGAUCCUGUCCCACCCCUUCUGGCCCAAGGUAAGACUCAGGGAGGGAAGGAAUACAUUUUAGUUUUUUUUUUAUCCCCCUUCUUCAGCCCCUGUCCCUUUCCUCAGUCCUGUCCCCCUGCUCAGCCCCUGUCCCCCUGCUUAGUCCCUGUCUCUUUCCUCAGCCUUCUCCCUUUCCCCAGCCCUGUGCCCUUUUCCUAAGCCGUGUCUCCCUUCCUCAGCCCUAUCCCCCUUUCAUCAGCCCAGUCCCACUGCUCAGCCCCUGUCCCUGUCCCCAUUCCCCUUUCCUCAGCCCUGUCCCCCUUUCCUCAGCCCCUGUGCCUUUACUCAACCACUGUCCCCUUGCUCAACCCCUGCCCCCCUCCUAAGGCCCUGUCCCCUUGCUCAGCCCCUGUCCCCCUCCUCAGCCCCCGUCCACCUUGCUCGGCCCCCGUCCCCCUUGCUCCAGCGUCAGAUAACAGACCAAAUGUCUGUUAGGAUUCCGUAAACGCUACCAGUGGCUGUCUGGCAGACAGCCACUAGGGGCAGACUUAGAGCUGCAAUGUAACUGGAACUGCAAUGUUUUCUAUUGCAGCACUAAGUGCAAUAGGGGCACAGCACCCAGACCACUUCAGUUAUCUGAAGUGGUCUGCGUGGAGUGUCCCUUUAAUGGUACACAAAAGAAGUACUGUAUAAUAUCCCAAAAGAAAACCAAAUGAUAAUGCUAAACACCCAAAAGUGUACCUCACAUACACCAAUAUAAUAUAUAACAAGAAAAGUAAAUCUAAACCACACCAAAAAAGUAAAAGUAUAGAUUAAAGGGGUAGCAUACAAAUAUCAUAAAAAAAUACAACCUGUAUAUAACAGGGAAUGAUCUUGAGAAAAUCUAGAGGAUACAAAAAAAUCACACAAUGGUGAAGUAUGUAAAGAAAAUAUAACUCAAUCCCGGAGGUAGAGAACUUACAAAAAAAGCUAUAUAGAGCAGUAUUGUAAAAUAAAGUACAUUUAUUUACACUGAUUGCACUUACAUUUAAACUGCAGUUAGCCAGCGUAUCUCCACUAACAAGUGGAAGCAUAUAAGGAAGGUCAGAUUACAGCAAGUGGAGUUACAGUCAAAAAAAUACAGCAGAAAAGAAUAUGCAUAAAAUAAAAAUAACAAUAAAAACUGGAAAACAAAUGUCCAGAUCUUUAAUCCAACGCGUUUCGUCGUUUAUAGACUUCUUCAGGGAUGUGAAUAGAUCAGAGGAACUGUUUCCUUAUAUACUAGUAAAUGUAGAUGAUUUUCGAAAUUAGCCGCGAAAAUUCUAUCACUUCCGGGUUCCGUCUGUCCCCGUCUCUUAUUGGCUGGACGUAAUGACGACCACGUUCAUAGGCACAGACGUCAAAAUAGCUUUUUUCCCUUUGAGGAUUUGGUAUUCUAAAUAUACUUUCGCCUACAUCGUAAGAUCCUUUUCAAAGAAAGUCAAGCACCUUCCUAAGAUACCCUGCAAACCCUGCAAAAGAGGGAGAUAAGCGCAGAUCAUCAGUAUCUUUUGUAAGUUCUCUACCUCCGGGAUUGAGUUUUAUUUUCUUUACAUACUUCACCAUCAUGUGAUUUUUUUUUUUUGUAUCCUCUAGAUUUUCUCAAGAUCAUUCCCUGUUAUAUACAGGUUAUAUUUUUUCAUGAUAUUUGUAUGCUACCCCUUUAAUCUAUACUUUUACUUUUUUGGUGUGGUAUAGAUUUACUUCCCUUUAAUGUUAACCUGUUAUCUUAAUUCUUUGUGCUUACUUGCUGUACAUUUUACCACUUAGGUAGCAAGCUAUUUUAUUUUGUAUUCAAGUGAUGUAUUGCAGCAGUAGUGAUUGGAGGGAAUAUGUACAGAAUAGCUCAGUCGUUAGUGCUCCAAAUGGUUUGUCUUUAGCCUCUAUGCAGUCUGCAGACUAAAUACACCACAGUUACAACUAAGCUUUUAAUUAAUUGAGGUUGAGCAAGAGACUGACAAUUUUAUAGUUAUAAUAAUGUACCUUGAGAAGUGUUUGCAAGCAAGCAAAAAAACAAAAUUGAUCUUUCCUGGUUAAAUAAUAUUAUAUUAUUGUGUAAAAUAAAAAGGUAAAAUAAUAAAGAAAAACCAUAAAGGCAAAUAAAAAAAGGCUUCUAUCCAUUAUCUUAUGCUGCACUGCAAGCUAACACUGUGUUCUCUGAUUGUUUAUCAUUUAAACAUUUUACAUAGAACAAUUCAGUUACAUAAGAAACUUGCCAAGGCCAGAACCAGGUUGUCCCGUUGUGCACCGUACUCCAGAGGAGAAAGCCAUCUGCCCAGACAAACUUAACUUAGAAAGGUAACCUCAGCUGAGAUGUUUUUUUUUUUUAUCAUGGUAGCGGGGUAAAUCUAAAAACAAACGUGCCCUUUGCUAAUAUGUUUUGCCCUUUUUUUGUAAAACAACCAAAACUCGUGUUCAUACAUGAGAGAAAAACAGCAACGCACAGUUCAACAAGUAUGAAAUUAAAUAGCGUAUUCAUGUUAUUUUGUGAGCAGAAUCUUUAGACCAAGGCUGAACUACAACUCCCAUGAUUCACUGGCUAUAUGUAUCAUUGAAAGAAUCAUGGGAGUUGUAGUUCAGCAAAAUCUGCAGGGCCGCAGGUUGGACAGGCCUGCUUUAGACCGUUCAAAAGGAAAAAAAAGGCCUGGAUUGCUGUUGUGAACGUAUUUCAGUUGUCUAAAGCCAAGUAAGUGAAAUCACAAGGUAUUUUUGUUUGUUUUUAAAAAAAAAAAAUACUUUUAUAUGUCAGUGUGCAGCAUCCUAAUUAAUACAGUAAUAUAUUGUAGCUUAAUUAAAUAUUGAAAAAAACUGUUAAAUAAAUGAGCUUUCAAGGUCAUGGGAAGAGUCUAUAAUGAGCAGUUCUGGGCAAAAUGAAAAAGUAUCCCUCCCAACAUUGAGAGCUAUGGAAAUAUGUGUUUAAAAGCUAGCAGAGAUAAAAGCGAGACUCUCUAAAAACAUAGCUUGGAGUUGUGUGUGCUCAUUUAAAAAGGAAUAUUGUUUUACAUUUUUAUUGAUAGUAUCCCGUUUGAUACACAUUUUAUGCUAUGUAACAUUUGCUUGUUUUGUUUUGAUUCAUUAUGUUCUUAGUAGUAAAUUGAAUGCUUGCUGUAUUUAACUGUUUUUCAGGCAAAAGCUGAAUGUCUGUCCUAUAAUAGAAGGGGAGGAAAAUCUGCGAUUAUUAUAUUUCCAGCACAACUUUAUUACAAAAAUCCAGAAUUUAUCAAGUCUGCAGCGCCUUAUAUUUCUAGAUUUGUAUGACAAUCAAAUUGAAGAAAUAAAUGGUCUUUCAGCUUUACGAUCUUUGCGUGUCCUCAUGCUGGGAAAGAAUAGGUACUGGUUCAUUUUUUACUGUAAUAUAUUAACAUAUCUGCAGGAGUUGAAAAGUAUUCCUCGGAUAAGGAGUCAGCAAUUGAUUUUGCAGAGAGUUGUGUGGGGGUGGGUCUUUGUUUUUUUUUGUUUUUUUUUACUAAAGUGUGAUGCGCUAUUUUAUAACCUAAUUAACAAAGUAUUAGGUUCCAUAAGUAUUAUAUCUAGGAGGCAGGGCACCCUGCCUCUGGAGUUUGUUAGGCAAAAGGCCCUAGGUUUGUCAUUUAAUCGGAUCUCUGAUCUUUAAUACAAAUUAGAGGACUUCUGUGAAUAUUUAAAUGCCUUUGUUAUUUAAAAGGGAAGUCUAAGUAACCUAUACUCAGUGUAGUGGUGAUGCUGCCAAAAGUCAAUGUGCAUCUCUUUCCGUUUUAUGUCAGACCAUUUGGAAGCAGUUUGACAAAAACCAGUGCAUUACCUUGCAGCCAGAGCACUUGGUAAUGCAGAAGUGUAAUUUCAGCAUUAUAAAGGCAACUGAAGAGAGGUGGUUUCUGGUUUGGCAAUAGCAUUGCUUUCUUGUCAAAUCAGUCUUAAAUUGAGAAUGCAAUUUUUAAAUAGCCUAUCAAGCAGUCAGGGGACAUAAUUUCUUAAUACCAUUAAAGGACAACUGCCAUCAUAUUGUCAUUUCUCAUUUUUUAAAAGUUUAUUAUUUAAUGAAACUUAAUCAUUUUUUAAAAUGAUGCCCAUUAACUGAUCUCAGACAAUUAAUGCAAUUCUGUGCAUGGUAAGAUGCAUAUAAUUGACAUUGCAGCUAGAGUUCUGGGCUGGCUGAUGACACCCCUGUCAUGCUGCUAGAGGUAAAGUUCAACCUCCGGCAGCAGAGGGGUUUAUCUCUGUGCAGUGAAAUGCUGAAGGGGUCAUGGUGUCUAGAGCAACCAUGUAUUUCUUAUUUUUAAUGAUGUAUAUUGAUUAUUAUUUAUUUUUUUAAUCUUUUUUUUUAUUUUUUAUCAUGCCUGCUGCUGCAUUUGGUCUGUUUUCUCUAUGUGAACCUCCAGCAGUAGGCAUGUUACGCUGUGCAGUUGUUUAGACAACAGUAGAAUCUGACUCAACAUGGCUGCUCAACAAUAUAAGGAAGUGACAAAAACAAUAUGCAUCAUUAAAAAACAAAAAACUGUUAUUGUGUUAAAUGUUAUAAACUUUUUGAAAUAAUGAGAAGUCAAAAUGUUAUGACCGUUGUCCUUUAAAAUGGAGUUAUCUCAAAAAUCGAAACAGAGAGAGGCUCUUCUGCAAACAUAAAACUUUAUUUGUAUGUGAUUAUUUUACAAUUAUUCAUUUUAUGUGGAAGAUAAUGUGUUAAUAUAUUUGGUCAAAUAGUAAAUUGUUUUAUUUCAAUUCAUCUUUCAGAAUUAAGAAAAUUGCAAACCUGGAGAGCCUUAAAAGUCUUGAUGUUUUGGAUUUACAUGGGAAUCAGGUAUGGGUAAACGCACAAUUCAUUCUUCCUGUAUAGAAUGGAUCCAGUGGUAUUACUUGCUACAGUACUGCUGUUUGUUCACCUUUUACAAAUUGUCCAGCAGACAUCUGCAAAAAAGUACACUUUAAGCAAAGACACAGAGGUCUCUCAAUCAUGGGAUUUCUAGCAUUACAUCUUUGGAAUGUAAUUGCAGCUAAACUCAUUGUGUAAUUUCAACACUACUCAUUAUGUACAUAUGGAACUGAUUUGUUUGCAUUUGCAACCUGUCUUCAAAUGGUCUGCAUUUGCCUUAUUAGCUUGUUUUAAGUGUUACCAUUAAAGGAACACUCAAGCUUUAGAAAACAAUAUAUCUAUUUUAAACAUAACUAUGUCCGUGUGCAUGUUUGUAUUGUUGGCCCCCAUUUUUAAAAUAAAUAACCCCCCACCCAUUAAAAAAAACAAAACAAAAAAACCCUUCACUUUAAUCCUGUGCUGCCUUAUUAUCGGCUCAGCCGCAAGUUUUUAUCACUUAGUGAUCUCAGGCCAGUCCAAUGUUUCAUAGAGAAGUCUCAGGCCAGGGGAACUGUGGCUAGGGUUACAUAAAUAAAGUGAGUAAGCUCCUAUAUAGCAGAGACUCGAGGAAUGAGACUGCAGAGGCAUGGUCUGCACACCAAAACUAAUUCUUUAAAAUAAGACUUGUUGGUGCUUAGAGUAUUCCUUUAAGUCUUACUGACAAGCCUUUAAUCGCAAAAAAAGAUGUUGUUCACGUUGUUUAAUACAUAUAAUACUACGUUUGGGGGAGAGAAACUUCAUAUGCAAAUAUAGGAAAUAUCUACUGUAUCUAUCCUUCUUAGACUGAUCACAGGUGACAUGCAAUCUUUUAGAAUUGAGUCAGACAAUCUAACAACUCUUCUAUGCAUCUUCUUAAGGUUUCAUUGGACGGGGGUGUAAUUUAAAGCCAGAUCUGAAAUCUGAAAAUGAGAAGAAAGAGAUGAUUGAAGCAUAAUAAAUAUGAUAUGAUUCGGACAUAGAGAUUUGGCUGUAAGGGUAUUGGAGAAAGAUUUAAAUAAAAGUAGGAAUUGCUCCAUGAGGUGUGAUAUUGAACAGAAAAGUUAGUUUGUGAGAAAACGGGAGUAGUGAUUGGUCCCCAAAGGAUGGCUGAAAUUGUGGGAAAAUGGGAAGAGAAAUUGGCAAAGGAAAACAUAUAUAGGGUAUUACAUUAGGAACAGCAGUGAGAUGCAGUGGGAGGAAAGAGAAAAAAAUAUGAUAUUGAGUGAACUGCAAAACAAAGUGCUGGCUCCCAAAGUUGGGAAGCAGUGGGUCACAUUUUGUUAAAUCAAUGCACGGUGUAAUUGAGAUUUGAAGUCAUAUUUUCCAUGUUGCAAAUAAAUCUACAGUUCAAUAUUACCUAUGUUCUGCUUGAAGGAGCCCUAUCCAAAAUUUAAUGACACUAAUUCUUACCGUGUUAGUUUCAAUAUAUGGUAGAAGCGCUUAAUUGGUAUACGUUUACAGUUCAAGAGAGCUAAAAAGGAUUAUAGCUUAAUACUGGUCCCGAAAAGGAAGCCCACAAUGCGAAAGACCCACUUUCAGAAAGAUCAUAUCCACAUACACAGCCUUGAUUUUCUAUUAAAUGGAUUAAUGUCAUGGAGCACUUGUAUAAAUUGUCAAUGAUUAGCUACUGCUCUUACUAGGAUAAUAAUGAUGAGUCAGGUGCGUGUUUCUGAAUAUUUUUAUACUGUGCUCUUUGCUUUAACAUUCCAGGAUUCAAUAAAGGAUAAUGGUUCUUUGGCAGUUGAAUGAUUACCCUUGGGAGGAUAUUGAGCUUUAAGCUCUCAUGGUCCAAAAGGAAGCUGAAGUGCACUUGUAGUUUUAUCACAAAUCGUAUGUCAUUUUAAUCUCUAAGAUGACUAAAGUUUAGUUCCCUGUUUCCUCUCUAAUCAAUCAAAAUACUAAUUUCAAAUGUGAACCCGUUGAUAUUUCUGAAGGGCCAGAUUAUAAUGAUUAAUAAAAGCAGGUUCUUUAAAAUUUAUUUUGAAGCACAUUUUUAUGUCUAAAUGGGAAGAAGUAUUGCUAGGUACCAAUUAGAUAAUGUUAGAAAACCUUGUGUUGUCUUUAACAAAGGUCUUUUUUUAAUUGAGGAGCAGUUAUCAAUUAGGAAUUCAGUAUGGGCUAUGUGUGAAGCAUGCAAAAAGAACAUUGCUCACAUUGUGGCAGCAACACAAACCUGUGUUUUAUGCUUAAUCUAUUAUAUGUUUUUUGUGUAUUUUUUUCUAGAGACAUUAGUUGUAUGAAAGUAAAACAGCUUGACAGUUAUGUUGGUGGACAUAUCAUCCAGGUUCACUGCCUCAGAAAUGGUCAGUAUCAGAAAUAGUCUCUGGUUGUGAAGGGGGACUGAUGUGGGAGUUCCGCGAACGGUAUGCAUUGUUGGUUCUUGUAAAAUUGGUGUAUGCGUGUCAGGUCGUUAUCUUCAAAGCGUGUAAAAUCCUUUGGGACCAUGCCAGGUGCGAAUUUCGUGUUUCGAAGGAUAGGCAUGAGUGGGGAGGGAUGGGGAAUGAGAUCGUGUUUUUCGGUGAUUUUAUCCCAUGUUUUGAUCGUUGUGCAGAGUGCAGGGGAGGUGGGGGGAUGGGCGGUCUAGCUUGUUUUGGAAGCCAGAUGUAUAGGGAUGGGAAGUCGUUACCAAAGAUGAUAUGUUCCAGGUCCACCCAACGUUUUAAGCCGUAUGCGGCAUGUAGUUGGAUUGUUUGUGCUAUUUGUGCGGCCUGGAAAUAUAGGGUGAAGUUAGGUAGUCCGAGCCCGCCGGCUCUGUUCGGUAUGUACAGUGUUUGGCGAGCGAUCCUAGCCCUUUUACCGGCGAAUUUGUCUAUGUUGCUUUGUAGUUUUUUUUUUUUUGUUUGUUUUUUUUAUUUGCAUUUUAUGGAAUUUCACAGUCGUAUUACAGGUAUACAGGGUAUGCGAGUUACAUUCAUGAGUACAGCAUAGAGAGUGCAACUAUUAAGCAGCAUGUAUUGACAAUGUGCUAUCAUAACCGUACAUUGAUGAGAACCAGUUUAAAGCAUACAUGUAGUAGUGAUAUUAUAGGUACACCAUUAAACAAUAUGUCAUUAAACAGAGUAUCCUGACAUUGCUAUUAUGCCCAUAUUUGUGUAGCUCUCCUUCUUGUCCAUUGGGCGUGAUAGUUGGAGUUCUCUCUUCGCUUUGCCAGUGUCGAUAAUUGCUCAGUUGUAAAAGUAACCCGCAUCUUCCCUGGUGCCUAGCUACUUUCCAGUGAACAGGGGAAUGUAAACUUGGGGCAUAACCUGGGUGUAAUGUGGGGAAAAAGGGAGAGGUAGAGGAGGGGAGGGGGGCGGGUGUUGGUCCCUUAGCUUAGUCCAGCUUUUAGGCCUAUUCGUUGGCCUCAAUAAAUUGCACCAGUGUACGCAACCAGCUUAAGUAGGAGGGGGUAGUAUGUGCAGGCUUCCAUAUGGUCAGAGAGUGAUGUUAAGAAGGUUUGCUUAGUACUCUUCCCUUAAAGCAUUGUCUUGUGGGCUACAACGUAAAGGUGUUUAGAGUGUUUAAGUGUCACUGUGUCUGUUGGUAUGUGUCCCAUUUUUCCCACGCCUCCUUCCAAAAUUUUUUCGGGGGAUUGUUGGACCUGGCCAUUAUCUCAUACCCCUUUAUGGUUUCAAUGUGGGUUAUGCAGCUCUGUAUGUUGGGGAUCGUCUGCUUUUGCCAGUGUUUGCUGAUAUGUAACAGAACUGCUAGGAUAAUGUGAUAUAUUAAAUAUCGGGAUGAUUUUGUAUGGCUUGGUGGUAUGUACUGUAGGAGGUAAUGCUCGGGGGUAUGUGCGAGAGAUACACCUGUAGUGUUUUUAAUUAGGGUCUGUGUGUCCGUCCACAAUGGUGUCAAGACCGGGCAUUCCCACCAAAUGUGUAGCAUGGAGCCUUGGGCUUUAUUGCUUCUCCAGCACAGUCCUGUAUUCUUAGGUAUCAUAUGUUUCAGUCGGGAUGGUACUAAGUACCAACGAUAUAAUAAUUUCCUGGCUAGUUCUAGAUGGGCUGUGCUAAGUGUAAGUUUCUUAUUCUCACAUAGUACAUAUGACCACUGCUCUUUUGUUAACUGUUUUCCUAGUUCCACUUCCCAUGCUUUUACAAACUGUAGUGUAUGCGGGUCUGGUACACGAUAAUGGUGAUUGUACAGUGUAGAGAUUAGCUUAAGUGGCCUUUUCGCCUGUGUGCAGAGACUUUCUAAUGCAUUGAAAGUGUUCCACCUGUUUGCUGCAGGCAGUGCUUUUCUAUUUGUCUGCAGCCAUGAGUUUAUCUGUCUGUACGCAAAUGCUGCUGCAUUGGGUAAUUGGUAUUUAUUUUGCAGUUGGCUGAAGGGGAUGAUCUCUCCCUGAUCAAACAACUGAUGUAAAUAUAUCAGACCUCUAUUGCUUCAGGACGUUAUGUUCAAUGAAGGUAUCAGUCCAUAAAAGGAAUCUAGGAGGAAGGCUGGUGAGAGCCCCCCAUCAAAACCUUGUUCCUUGUGAAAUCUGUUCCAUUCUCGUAAUGUUGUAGCUGUGAGUGGUGACAUAUCUUUAUAUUUUUUUCUGAGUUGUGGUGGAGUCCAGGCUAGGUGCGUUAUUUUUUGUCCCCCAGUUAGGUCAGCCUCUACAGUUACCCAAGGGGAUGGUUUGUCAUAUUGGUGUAAUUCGUUGACCAGCGGUGCAAGUAUAGCUGAUCUGUAGUACGUGGCUAUGUGUGGUAAUCCCAUUCCCCCUCCUUUAUAUGUGAGGUACAUGAUUUUUGCCGCUAUUCUGGAUUUCUUAUGGGACCAGACAAAGGUGUUAAUCAAUUGUUGUGCGUCGUGAAGGAAUGUUUUUGAGAGCCUAAUUUGUAAUGUACGGAACAUGUAUUGCAGUCUCGGGAGAAUUUUCAUUUUGACUGCUGCUAUUCUACCUAUCCAUGAUAUGUAUUUCCCUUUCCAAUUCGCCACCUGCUGUUUUAUGGAUGUAAGGAGUUUGCCGUAAUUCUCCCGAUGUAAGUUCCUCUCUAGUCUCGUAAAUUUUAUGCCCAAGAAGGUUAGGUGGUCUUGUCUCCAUUCAUAAUGGUAUUUCUGUUGCAAGGCUGUAUACAGCGAUGCGGGUGCAUGCAGACUCAUUGCUUGCGUUUUAGAACUGUUCAAUUUGUAAUAUGAGCAAUUGCUGUACUGUUGCAACAGAUUCUGGAGUUCUGAGAUAGAGGUGAGUGGGUCAGACAAGGAGAGCAUUACGUCGUCUGCAAACAUCGUUAUUUUGUAUAUUUUAUUUUUAAUUUCCACACCUCGGAUUUGGCUGUUAUCCCGUAUCGCCUGGGCUAAUGGCUCUAACGCAAGAAUGUAUAAGGCUGGGGAGAGCGGGCAUCCCUGCCGUGUUCCGUUUGUGAUAAGGAACGGCUUGGAUACAAACCCGCCAUUCGCAACCUGUGCUGAUGGCUUGGAGUAUAGUGCCGAGAGUAGGGAUAGGAAUUGUUGUGGGAAUGCAAAUUUUUGUAGGACAGUUCUCAGGAAGUUCCAGUGUAGUCUGUCGAACGCCUUCUCGGCGUCCAGGGAUAUAAAGACCCUGGACUCUCCGAGAGGCGUCCCAUUAUAGAGGAGGCUGUGGAGCUUCCUAGUGCCGUCAGUCCCCUGUCGCCCCCUCACAAAUCCCACUUGGUCCGGGUGUGUAAUAAAGGGGAUUAGGGCCGCUACACGAUUGGCGUAUAUUUUGGCUAGGAGUUUCGUAUCUGUGUUUAACAGUGAGAUAGGUCUUAAAUUUUUUGGUUGCGUGGGUGGUUUCCCUGGCUUUGGUAGCGUGGCUAUGUGUGCUAAUAGCAUUUCCGAUGGCAUCUUCCCUGUGUGUACAAUAUGAUUCAGUGUGUGUACUAGAUAGGGGCUCAGGAUGUCCGAGAAGACUUUGUAGUAAGUAUUCGUGAAGCCAUCUGGCCCGGGUGAUUUCCCCGAAGGGAGUGAGCGGAUAGUUUGCUGUAACUCUGUCAGUGUAAUCGGUUCUAUCAGGGAGUCCUGCUGUUGUUGUGUUAAUUUUGGCAAUUUUAUCUGUGAGAGGAAGUUAUCAAUUUCUACUUGUGUUGGCUGAUGCGUUUGGGGAUCCUUUGUUAGGUUAUACAGGUUUUGGUAAUAGGCUGCUGUUUCUUCAUUAAUGUCUAUGGGGUUAUAUAUUUUCCCACCUGUGCUGGUGAGUAAAUAUGGGAUUUUGGAGUGGGCUUGGUGAUGCCUCAGUAAAGAUGCAAAUUUUUUCCCUGCUCUGUUUCCAUGGGUGUAAUGCUUCAAUUUGAGUGUUUGUAGAGUGCGCGCUGUUUUUUGAAGUAGGAGAUCAUUUAAUUGAUUUGUAGUUUGUUCUAUUUCAAUGUUGAGGCCGGGGGUGGGGUGUAGAAGUUGGGCUGCGUUUAGGUCGCGCAGUUUGGUCAAUAGUGCGAGGCUCGCCUGUUGAGAGGUCCUGUUUAGGAAGGACGCUCUGCUAAUGAGCUGACCUCUAAUAACUGCCUUAUGUGCCUGCCAAGAGGUAGUAGGUGAUAUGUCAGGUUGGUUGUUAAGUUGGAAAUAUUUACCUAUCUCAGUCCCCAAUUCCUUUUGAAAAGUGCCGUUGUAUAGGAGGGUAUCAUUUAGUCGCCACGGGGCUUUCCCUCUGUGUUUGUAAGUAUCCUGGGUUAUGAGGGUCACCGGAGCGUGGUCCGACCACACUAUGUCCCCUAUGUUACUCUGUAUUGUGGAGGGCACCAAAUCUCGUGACACCAAUAUGACGUCUAUUCUGGAGUGGGUUCCAUGCACCUUGGAAUGGAAAGUGUAACUUUUGUCGUUCGGGUGUUUCGUUCGCCAUAUGUCAUAUAAAUUUGUGGUCAAGUAAGAGCUUGGUGAUGGCUUUGCAUUGUGGUAUUAAGGAUCUAUGUCUGGGAGUAUUAGGCGACACUGUCGUGUCCAUAGUCGGUUGGAGAAUAUGGUUCAUGUCGCCGCAUAUUAUGAUGCCAGCUCUGUGCUCGUGGGGUAAUUUGCUCAGUACUUUAUGCAAAAAAUUGCGCUGGUUAGAGUUAGGGCUGUAUAUGCCUACUAAGGUAUAUAUGGCUCUGUUAAUUUGACAGUGGAUUAUUAAGUACCGACCUUGUGCGUCUGUUUUAAUGUUUAGCAGUUCAAAGGUGAGCGAUUUGUGAAACAAAAAGGACACUCCCCUUGUUUUGGAAGAAUAGGUCGUAUGAUACUGCGUCGGAUAGUCUUGUUUCCCAAAUUCUGGUAUUCUCCCACGCACAAAGUGCGUUUCCUGAAGGAACAUAAUAUCUACUUUAGCUAUCUUAGUUUCCUCUAACAGAACUCUGCGUUUGUGAGGGGUGUUCAGUCCCCGUACGUUAUGUGAGUAUAUUUUCAUAGUGUACUGUUAUAUGGGUUGGUCGCUGAGUUUUUAGUUUACUUCUGAUUGUAUCUUCUAUUCGCGUGUGUAUGUUAGUUGUGCUCGUAUCAGGCAAGAGUGCCCCUGUGGGGGUACUAGUGGUCAUAGCUGGUAUGGGUAGUGGCUUGGACUUUUUCAUCCUUGCGGGACUAGGGUCAAGAACAUGGGGAGGUGUAAACCGGGUAGAAACAGAAACAAAGUAUAUACAUAGAUGGGUCUUGGUACUGGUGGUGAGUACCGUGGGGGUGGAAACUUGCAUGUUUCCGUGUCAUGGCUAUGGGUCUUCCGCUAUCUUUUAACCUUGGGGGCGGUCGGUCGCACUAGGUCACCCAUGCAGUAAGUACUAAGAGUCGUAUAGGCUCUUUGGUAUGUGUACAGUUGUUUUAAGAAAAGGGAUAGAUGGUAGUAGGACUAGGAGAAAUUUUUGUCAGGCAUAUUUGUAAAUACAUAUAUAUAUACACAUAGAUUCAUCAUAAUCUGCAGCUGGUAAGCACAUCCAGUAGAGCAGCAUCUUACUCCCUAGCAGCUGGGAGGGCUCGUUAGGGUAAUGGGUAUCUAUUGAUUACAAACAGAACUUAUGUUCUACCAUUUUUUUUUUUUUUUUUAUCUCUAAGCAGUAUAACAGUGUUGCCCUCACACUAUACUCUUGAUGAGGCACACGGAGAGAAUGGGUGUGUCCUCUGCAAAUCAUCGCCCCUCCCGUGAGCUACAGGUUGCUAGGGGGGGUCCGUUCAGCCCCAUACCUCCAUUAAGUGUUGGGGAGUUAUUGCUUGCCAGCUUAAGUAGCCUUAAGGAACUAUGUAGUUUAACUUGUUAUAGCCAAUCCGUGUUAACCUGAAUUUUUUUUUUUUUAUAUAUAUAUAUAUAUAUAUAGACCUUGUGAUAUCUUCCCCAGCCCUCGGGUCCAUUGCAAGCACCUAUGUAUAAUCAGAUUUAUACUUGCGGAUGUCCAGCAGUUCAUGCAUUGUGCCAGUCCAGUGGGAUGCGCCUGGCAGGUGGGGUGUGAGGAUCCGGUCUUUGGUCCAUGAGUCCCCAGGAUUGUAGUCCAUCUUCAGGUGAUGUGAUGACAUGGGUGGUGUUAUCUUUCGUCACCAACAUUUUGGUAGGGAAGCCCCAUCGGAAUCUGAGGCCAUGAGCCCUCACGGAGUUGGCUACCUGAGCGAACUCUUUCCUUCUACGAAGAGUGGACGCCGAGAGAUCUGCAAAAAUCAGCAGGUUUGGGUAACCUUCUAGUGGUGUCGCUUUAUUUCUGCUUGACUUGAGUAUAAGCUCUUUAAUAUGAAAAUAAUGCAUUCGCAGUAGCACAUCCCGCGGUGCAGUUUCUGGCAAGAACCGUGGUCUAGGCAGACGGUGUAUUCGGUCCACGAGUAACAUAUCGGUUGGUAUGUCCGGAGCAUAAGCGUUAAACACGCCUCUGACAUAUGCCUGCAGGUUCUCCGGCACAACAUCCUCCGGGAUCCCUCUAAUGCGCAGGUUGUUCCUGCGUGCGCGAUCCUCCAGGUCAGUUAUUUUAUUUUUGUUCCAGUUGUUCCACAUGAGAAGCUAUGUCAUUGUGUGCUGUAGCAAAUUCUGCCAUCUUGUUCUCCAUGUGGGAGGUGCGCUUGCCUAAUUCUUGCAUGUCCUUCCUCAGCGAAUCCGCUGUGUGUUGCCACGAUGUAAUUAGCUUGCUUGACAGGGUGUCCAAAGCUUGUUGUAAAUAGCUCUUGGUAAGUUUGUCAGGAUCACUUUCCUGCAGUGCUGCUGUGUUCUCUAGGCUGUCAGUAGCGGAGCCGCCAUCUUGUGACCAGGCCCGAGCCUCCUCCGGUUCCUGGUGCGGUUUAUGUCCAAAGAAAUUAAGUUUUUCCGCUUUGUGUGCAGAUUUCUUGCCUCUCUGCUGUGCCAUCUUCGUUUUUUUAGCAGUUGUGCCGCCGUGUUGCGUUAGAUGGAGUCAGAUUGCGACCCGUGUUGCCGGAGUGAAAGGAUCACACGUCCAUUCCUCUCGGCGGUUAGCCACGCCCCCCGCUUUGUAGUUUUUUUAAAGUCGGACGCGAGUAUGGGGAUCGGGAGGGUUUGGAAGAGAUAUAAGAACCUCGGAAGGAGGUACAUUUUUACCGAGGCCAUUCGUCCCAGCCAUAAGAUCGACAUGUCCUUUUCCAGGUCCCGUGUUGCUUUGUUGAGUAGGGGUAUAUAGUUUUGGUUGUAAGUUUGUGUCAGGUCGGCUGGGAGGACAGUACCUAUAUAUUUGAUGGUGGAGGACUGGUAACUGAAUGGGUGUCGGGUUUGGAGGGUUUGAAGGUUGAUGUGGUCGAUCCGGAUCGGGAGGGCUUCAGUCUUAUUGAGGUUUAGCUUGUAUCCGGAGACCUUUGCGUAUUUGUCUAGUGCUGUGAUCAGGGGUGGGAGUGAGUUCAAUGGGUCUGUAACUGUUAGGAGAAUGUCAUCCGCAUAUGCUACGAUUUUGUACAUUUCGUCUUGGACCUGUAUACCCUGUAUGUCGUUGUGGUUUCAGAGAAGUUGGAGGAGAGGUUCGAGGGAUAAGGCAAAUAAGAGAGGGGGCAUCCCUGACGUGUGCCAUUCUUGAUUUGGAAGGAUGGAGGUGUGGAGGGGGGUAGAAGAAGGUUAGCUGUGGGAAAGGAGUAUAGUGUGUGUAGGGCAUUUAUGAAUGGUAGUGGGAAUCCAAAUAUCCAUACUGUCGCGAAGAGAAAGGGCCAUAAUAGUCUGUGAAAUGCUUUUUCAGCGUUGAGGGAGAGGAUUAGGGUAGGGAUUCGUCGGUGGUCGGCGUACCAUAUAAGGUCGAAUGUUCGUCUCGUGUUGUCACUAGCUUGUCUGUUCGGGAUGAACCCGACCUGGUCUGGGUGGAUAAGUCUUGGUAGGAGCGGGUUGGGUCUUUCGGCCAUAAGUUCUGUGAAUAGCUUAACGUCUAUGUUAAGCAGUGAAAUAGGUCUAUAGUGGCCGGGAUCGAGCUGGGAUUUGCCAGGCUUCGGAAGGAGGCAAAUGUUUGCCUGUAGCAUGUCUGGGGGUAUUGGGUCCCCUUGGAGUUAAAGAGGUUGCAUAGGUGUGAGAGUAAGGGUGCGGCGAAGGUCUUAUAAUAUAGGCCAGAGAUGCCGUCCGGGCAUUUGUUCGGUUUUAGUGUUUUGAGCGGGUUCGCUAAUUCUUCCGGUGUAGCGGUCGCUGUUAGUCUCCUGGCUCCUUUAGGCGUCAGUGAGGGUAGGGUGAUAGAGUCGAGGUAGUCUCCUAUUUUGGAGGUGAGUAGGGUGGGAUCGAGUCUGUGUUGGGGGCUGUGGUCGUAAAGUUCCGAGAAGUAGAAUUUGUUUCAUGUGUGGUUCCGUCUUUUGAGUGGAUUUUAGUGAUGUGUUUGUGGGCUGCCCUACAGUUGAGUUUGCGUGCGAAUAGUGUGUCUGCUUUAUUGGACUUUUCGUAGAAGAGCUGCCGCGUCCGUGUCUGCGGACAUAAAGUCUUUUAUGGCCACCUGGCAUUGGGUUAUCUUAGUGUUUAGUUCAGGAGUGGGUUGCUGUUUGAAUUUGGUUUCUAAAGAGCGGAGUUCGUUUAGGUUAUGUUCCAGGGUCACUAGUCGUUGCUUUUUGUGGUAUGAGGCCAGGCUUAUAAGGGAGCCUCUGAUUACGUUUUUAUGAGCUGCCCACAAUGUGCCCGGUGAAGUUAGUGAAUGUUUAUUCAGAGAGAAGUAGUCUGUGAUGGCCUGUGAGGUGGCUUUGUGGAUAAGGGGGUUAUGUAGCAACGUGGGGUUUAGCCGCCAAGACCAUUGUCUGGUUGUGUCUAGUGGUUCGAGAUUGAGUGUGAUAUCGGUGUGGUCUGACCACGUUAUCGAUCCGAUGCUCGUGGAUUUGGUCAGAGGAAGUAGUGAUGGUGAUUUUAAAAACGUGUUUCUGCGUGAAUGGGAUUGGUGUGGGUGAGAGUAGAACGUGUAGUACCGAGUGGUGGGGUGCUGGGCUCUCCACACGUCGAUGAGUCGGGUUUGUGUGAGGAAAGUUUGAAAGAGUUUGGCGGAUUUGGCGGUAGAGGUGCGGGGUUUCCUGUGAGGACCCAUUCUUCGUAGAUCUAUCGCCGGGGAUGAGGUGGCAUUAAAGUCUCCACCCAUCACCUGGUGAUGUGAGGAGAAUAAUGCGAGGUGGGCUUGUAUCGUGUGCCAGAAGGAGCUUGACGGAGCGUUGGGUGCAUAUAUGGAGGAGAUGACGUACUUUUGAGUGCCGAUUCUCCCAGCGAUCGUGAGAAAACACCCUAGAUAAAGCAGAGUUUUACUCUGCUAUUUCCUAGAAUGCGCCUCUAGUGGCUGUCUGAUUGAAAGCCACUAGAGGCGUUUUAACCCUGUAAAUGAAAACAGAACAGCAAUGUUUACAUUGCAGAGUUAAAUGGGGGGACAUGGCACCCAUACUACCUCAUUGAUGGUCUGGGUACCUAAAGUGUCCCGUAACUCGCAUAACUUCCUUCUUAUGGAUGUAAUGUAGAUAUUAUAAUAACAUCUUUAUCUCGGGACAUACUUAGAAAGCUUGUGAUAGCUAAAUGUAUAAUUACUGGUCAAAUUCUGUGGCUUACUAUUACUAUUAACAUUGUAUCUCAUGUUAAGACCUGUAAUAUGUAGAUUUUUGCAUGGAUGUGCACCAUGAAAAUAUAAACAAUACCAGAAAUUAACAUUUGUGCUGCUUACUGUUACUUCCCAGUACUCUUUAUUUGUUUUUGCAAUCGUCCCAUUCCUUGUUUUCACUGAGUACUUUGAAAAUAUAUUCAGAAUUAUUCUGAAUAUUCUAUUGCUAAAAGGACUAUAACCACCACAGUGAAGUCUGGCAGCUGGGUCCUGCAAAGUUGCCCAGUCCUGAACAGCCUGCAGCUAGAGUUUUGCCCUGUCCCAAACAGUCUACAGCCAGAGUUUUCAUAACGAAAUGGAGGAAAUGGUGCCAUACCAGGGGUAGUGAGCAAUAAUUGGGUGAGGGCAACAGCUGAGCUUCCUUGGCUAAUCAUUGCCCUAAUAUCUGAAAUUAAUUGAUAUAUUCUUAGACGGAGACCAGGCUGUAGCCUGAGAGGGACAGAGUGUCUCUGCUAAAUGGUGAGUAAACUUUUUAGCAGUUGUGUGAGACCUGGCAACAAAGACUUCCGGCAUCACAACCACUUUAAUCAGUUGAAGUAGCUAUGGUGCCUACAGUGUUGUGUUCCUUUAACUUAUUUAACUUAUUUUUUCUUUAUUUUAAACAAAGUAUGAAAACUGCAAACAGGCCUCCCCAGGCUUACGCCUUGAUCUAACUAAGGGAACAGUGAUGUGGGAAAGAAAUGCAAUGCUUAAUCCUAGUUAUGUGAUUACUAAAUUAUAUUUACCAUGAAUUAUUACUCGAAUUAGUGUUUAUCACCUGAAAUCUGUAAUGCAGUCAACAUCAGCAAACGUUUAUGUAAUUAAAAUGAUCUCACCUGUGUGAUGCUGUGUGUCCUUACAGAUAUCUAAGAUAGAGAAUGUCAGUCACCUGGGAGAACUAAGAGUGUUAAACCUUGCAAGGAACUUCAUAAGCCAAGUGGAAAAUCUUAAUGGUCUAGACUCACUAACAGAACUUAACCUUAGACACAACAAAAUCAAUCUUGUGGUAAGUAAAAGAUUAAUUAUUUUGAUUUUUUUUUUCAUGGAUCAUUUAUGUCAUGUCAGCAUAUGGAUGAUAAGAAUGAUGAUGAUUAUGAAACAUAUCAUGUAGAUAAGAAUAUUAGCCAUCAUUUUAUACUUGAGAUAUGUCCGUUGUGCUGACAUUGGCUAUUUUAAGAACGCAGUGAGAUUUUGAAUAUUAAUUGAUUGUAAUGUUACAUUGCACCUUCCUGGAAGAUUAUACCACCAUGUUGGCAGGCCUUUGUUUACUCCAGUCUAGUUGGAGAAAAGCAUUCGCUGAUGUGCUUUAGCCUUCAUUGUAUAUGCCAUAUAUUGGCAGUACUGGUCCUUUUUCCAAUGAAAUGCUAAUUUACUUUUUGCAGCAUGGUAUCCUUUCAGAGAUCUCACAAAAGAACGCCGGCCAUUGUCCAGUAGAUGCAAAUCCUCUUCAUACCAUCCAGUGUAGCUCUGUUUUGGAAGCUUCCUCUACUAGGGAUAUGAAUACCUACUUGAGAAGUCUCUCUACUACUUGAUGUAGUUUUGUUGAUCAUGUGAUUCAUUCUACAGUUAAAUUUUCUUCAUUAUUGCUUUCACUGGUCUUUCAACAGUUAGACCAUUUCUCAUUAAAGGAACACUAUAUGUAUUCCUGUUACAAUAGCUGUGAAAGCACUAUUUAGGUUUCCGGCUCCCUGCCAGGAAAGUAAAUGGGGAUUUUACUCACCCUUUUCCAGCACCGCGCAGAUCUCCUGAUGGCUGGCCCUGAUCCCAUUCUGCCUCCUUGACUGAGAUCAUCAAACUUGACGAUUUCCACCAAUCCAAUGCUUUCCCAUAUAAAUGCAUUGGCAGGCUAUUGCACAUGAGCAGCAAAACAGCGCUGCGCCAAUCGUCAUCUCGUCAUAGAGAUGCAUUGGAUCAGUACAUCACUAUGAGAAGCGUUCAGCAUCUUCAUGCAGAGCGUAGAGACACUGCUGUCUGUGCUACACACUGUGCAGCACUGACCCCUUAAGCAUAUCUAGUGGCCAUCAGCAAUGUAAAAACUGCCUUUUAUAUGUAAAGCCAGUGAUUGGUCUGGUGACUGAAGAGUCCCUUUAACUCCACUUGCAUCACUGUUGGGCUCAUAGACGCUUUGCUGUUUACAUGGCUAAGAUCCCCACACAGCACGGGUAGCUUGACCCUUUAGCCAGAUAACAUCUGAAUACCGGUUGACUGUGACAUGCAUUCUGAUUCUGGCUCAAAUGAGCUGUCCUUUGAUUAAAGUAUUGGUACAGACAUUUUUACUGGAGUCAAUUGCUGUAUUAAAUAUUUAAAUAAGGGCGCAAAUAGAAAAGGGAUAGGUUACUGCAGUACACAAACAGAAUUAAAAAAACAGUAGCAACAAGCUGCUCUAUACUACGAUGCUCUCACAAUGAUCAAAUAAAGAUGAAACCAAAGGAAAUGAGGAGACAAUGAGGUACAGGUAUAAUUUGUGUACAAACAGUGCUACUCACAUUUAUUGAGGAACGAAUAGAAUAUAACCAAUAAUAUGAGAAAAAUAGCUAAGAUCAGCUCUUAUCUUUACUAGUGCUUUCCUGAGUAGUAGAUGACUGUGUGACAGUGAUAAUGUAGUAUUUGUAUUCUGAAUAUAUUACAGUACAUGUUUAUUCUUGGAACUUUGGCAUGUCAGCAUUUGGUGCAGCUGUACAUUAACUGGUGCUGCUAUAUAUUCAGGUCAUAUCCUACACGUGAUAGCAGUCAUUCUUAAUACUGCUCUGUGCUGGGUUUUACAGAUGAAACCCACCCAUAUUAACAUACAAGUGAUCCAUCAUGUGUUUAUACCAGUGAGAAAUGCAAUCUAGAUUACCUGUUACUGAAUUUCAACUGUUUCAGAUUUUACCUUCAGAUUAAUUUUUUUAUUUGCAAAAAAAUGAACAUCCAACAUGCAGUCUUUGCUAUAUUAAGUUGUCUAAAGCAAAACUUUGACAUUUCGAACAAGUAUUUCAAACAAGUAUUUUAUUGAUCCAAAGUAUUCAACCACAAAGUGCAGCUUAGUAAGAGGGGCCCACUAGUGCAGCCCACAUUUAUUCAAAGUAUUUUAUUGCACCAUCAGCUUGAAUUUAAAAUAUAAAACAAAAAUAUUAUGUGAACUGUACUGAUGUAACUAAUUUAAAGUAUGCAAACUAAACCUUCAUUAUUCAUUUUAGUGAUUUGAAAUCCCAUGUGAGUUGAAUCAUUGGAUUUGCAUGUCUACAGCAGAAUCCCUAUUUAUAGCAAUGCUGCCUAUUUCCAUGUGAAAUAAUAGCCCGUGCAUACAGUCUACAUGCUGUCUAGAUUUGUUACAAUUGAACAUUCGCUUCAAGCUUGAAAGCAUGAAAUAUUAAAGGAUGGAUGCAUUCCGGAUUGUAAGGCCCUGACCAAUAUGAAAGCAAAUGGUUGAGGAAAUGAAUUACAAAAUCAGGUAUCACAGCUUGAUUACGUAAUAAAUUCAUGUUCCAAUCAAUCUAGGUUAUGAUUUAGUGCUACACAAUAAAACGGAAAUGUGCUGCGGUGCCCCCAAUCACUGCACUUGCCAGCAUGCAGUUAAAAUGAUGAGCAUGCAUCUUGGCUACUGCAAGGAGCCCUAUGUCUGUCUUCCCUCCUCCCCUUCCAGUGCCUUUCACCUUGCAAGUGUAGCUUGCUCUGCAGAAUAGAUCUCUGCACUGUAACACUCCCAGAAGCUACAUCAGAAAGGAUGGAGCUGCAAGCUCCUCAGUAAUCAAUGCUGCAUCAGGACCACAGUAAUUAGCAGGGAGUGUGCUUUGUAUCAGCUGAGCAGAUGUUACAGUGCUACGUCACAUACUCCCCCUUGAUGUGGUGAAUCUGCUUCUUUUCAGAGAGAUGUGGAUACUUUGCCAAGCCUCCAGCUUUUGUAUCUCAGCUUUAACAACAUAUCAAGGUAAGGACAGGUUUAUUAAUGCACUUCGCCAUCUGCCUGUGAUUAUUAACUGUUCUGUGUCCCCUGUAUAAUAUGUGGUUUCUUUGACAACAGAAGCCAUCCUAUCGCUGUGUUUUACAUUAUAGCUGAAUAAGACACAUUGUAGAAUGCUAGCAUGUUGUCUUCCUGAUUUGCUGCUACACCCACAUAAACACGUAGAGGUCUAUAAUCAACUAAUUUAGGGCCAUAAAAUGAUGUAUUGUCAUGGGCACUCUAUAUUCUUUAUUCAGAGGCUUGUAAAUGCAGAUCUAAAUUAUUUUUCAUUAGGUGUCCUUGUCCUUGCAAGUUUGUGCCAUCAAAAUUUUAUCUUACACAAUACCUUCUUGGUUGUUCAACUGUACAUGCACAUCAGGCAUAUAUAUGCUAAGCUGAUUAGAACUACAGAUUCUCCUGAUGCUUUGCCAGUAAAGCAUUGUGGGAGUUGUAGUUUUAAAACCGCAUGGGAGAGUAUAUGUAUCUACACCCCUGCUGUAGGUCAAACAGCUGCAGUUUGCUUUGCAGUGGUAUUAUAUAGUCCGUAGCUGAAUCUGAUGUCCUGCAAUUAUUUUAGAGUUAGGGUCUGAAACACGCACAGUCUGAAUCUGUUAUUUGAAUGGUGCUGAUCCAGAAAUGACACUGCAGUAUCGCUUUUUUUCUCUGCACAACACAGAAAGUCACUCAAAUUAUCCAGAGUAAUUGCUUAUAUUAGAUUGGCUUCACAAUUAUUUACAUAACUGUCCUUUACAAUUCACGCUUUUCAUAGUUUUCUACAAUGGUUUUUAUUUAUUGUUCUUUUAAGAGAUUGACGUUCUAUAUCUGUGAAAAUAUACUUAAAAUACAUACAUGGUUUCUGUGACGAACUGAACCUCGGCAUGCUGGCCAGCCUCUUACCAAAAGACUAUGGGCCCUUUAAAAAAAAAUAAAAAAAAAUACGUGAACAGACUUGGUUUGUGGGAUUUUAUAUUUGGUUUGGGAACUGAACAGCUGCACGGACCGGAGACCACUCUGGAGCUUUGUAGCAAUUUCCACCGCAGUGUUCUAAAUUUUCGUCUGGGUGGCCGUAUUUCCUAUGGACGAUCAUGAGGUGGCGGCCAUCUUGUUCACAUGAAAACAGGCACCGGUGUUUGGUCGUCGAGUUCAUGGAACUAUUUUCGGACACUGAAACGUCCGAACACCGCUGGACUUCCAUGAUCGCCAAGGGGAACAAGCUCCAGGGUGAGACUAUUGACUAUGUUCUGUAGUUUGUUCGUGUUUAAACUACCAAACUAGACCGACCGUAAGCCCUGAUUCUCUGAAACUGUUUUGGGCAUGGGACCAUGCAGGCGGUCGGUCAAAUUAUGACUUCCAGGAAAUUCCUGAACCGAUCUGGGUGAUUUUGGUUAUGUUGGUCACCCAGAUCAGGGCUAUCAGGGGAUGUAACUUUUGGGGGGAUUUUGUGUGUUUUUAAGGUAUUUUGGGGGUUUGUAAAAAUGUGUGUUUUUUUGUGCCUGGAGAUAAUUGAGUUUAAUACAGUGCUGACUCCAUUAUCUCACAGGCAUAGGGAAGGGAUUGACCAAUUUUGUAUGGGAGUGUUCUGGACCUGAGAGCCAAUGUAAUCGUGUGUAUGUUUUUACAGUAGUCUACUCUCAGGUUUAGGAGGGAGUGCCCCUUGCAUGGGGACCUGCAUAUAAGGCCAGUUGUGACUGCCAUUAAAGAGAUUCAUUUUACCCUUCAUGUUUGGGGGAUUGGGGAUUGCUAUGGGGAUUGCUAUAAUCACUAUACUCCCUUGGCGUACAACAAUUGCUCUUGUAAGAGCAGCCUGCUUUGCUCUCUGGACAAGGAGAGGACUACCCACUGGAAGCUGGAUCCUUGUGGGUGGAGGACAGCGAGACCCCAACCAAGCUGGGGCGGUUUGUCGGGUUUAUGGUGGUUAGGGUGUCCGGUGCGGUGCUUAUGGUACUCAAGGAUUACUAGGAAGCAGCGAUUGACUGAGGUACCCGGUCGGGGUGCCAGGCGGUCCAUCACAUUUUCUUAAAGAAAUAUACUCCUCAUUUAGCACAAUUAAAAUAUAAAAAAGGAUAAAAAGAUGGGAAAAUUAUUUUUUUUCUAUAGUUUCUUCUGUAAUAAUUAUUGCAUAGCAAGGGCAACUAACAAAUGUAAACCAUUAAGAAAUAAACUAAUUUUUAUUUGAGGAUACCUUGUUAGGCCAGCCAUUUAGCAGUUAUAGAUCACAUAUUACAAAGAGUACAUUAUAUAUACAUAUAGACAGGGUGGGCAAAUAUUCAGAGUAGGAUUUGAGGAGGCAAUAAGCAUGUAUUCCUGACCCUAUAGUGUUUAAUCCACCAUUUAGCUGGCUUGCCCCCGUAGAAAAUGUUAAAACUCCCCUAAUUUCCAGCGACGCGUGGGUCUGCCGAUGCUGGCCCCAACCCUGUCCGCCUCCUUGAUGACAUCAUCAGAAUUUCCUCUUUUUAGCCAGUACAGUGCUUUCCCAUACUGAGCUCCAUUUGCCGCCUUGCAAAGUUGGGCUACUUUGAUUCCAUUGUUCAUAACAUUAGUUAAUAUUUGAGGCUCCAGUUUCCAAGACUUCCAAGUUAUAAUAUGUACCGGCAACCAAACCAUAUAACUACAUACAAAUAAGUUAUUUACCUGUUAAAUCUUACUCUGAAAUUUGGCCCACCCUAUACUUUAAGAAGUAGAUAUCAUAUUGUAUUUACCUAGGUAUAAUUUCCAUGUAGCCAUUUGAGCACCACUUUCUGAAAGAGUCUAAUAAAUGUUAUUUGUGUUUUUCAACACACAACUUUCCUCACAUGUAUGCUACAUACAUUGGUUCCAACGAUAUCCCAUGUGUAGUGGGAAAAGUUACAGGGACCCUGUAUAACCAGUUCAUCUGAAUUAGUUAUAGUGCCUGUAGUCUCUUGGCACUGUCCAUUCAAUGUUAAGAAAGAACAGUGAGGGGGGGAGAAAUAAAUUGUCAGCGAGGGGGGGAGAAAUAAAUUGACACUGAGGAGAGGGGAGAAAGAAAUUGACAGGGAGGGGAGAAAGAAAUCGACAGGGAGGGGAGAAUGAGAGUGACAAGGGAGGGGGGAGAAUAGAGGGACAAGGGGGGAGAAGAGAGUGACAAGGGAGGGGGGGAGAAGAGAGUGACAAGAGGGAGGGGGAAAGAUUGACAUCCAUCACACACACACAAUCACACACAAUGCACCCCUUACACACAAAGACAAUGCACCCCUUGCACACAAAAAAACACACAAUGCAUUACACACACAGACACACAUACACAAGCAAUGCAACCCUUACACACAAUGCAUCCCUUACACACACAGAAACACACAAUGCAUUCCUUACACACACUAAAUGCACCCCUUACACACACUCAAUGCAUCCCUUACAAAUGCACAUACUGCAUCCUGUACACACCUUGCAGCCCCUACACAUACAAACACAGAUUCACACAAUGCAUUCCUUACACACAUAUCAGGACAUCCCCUACACACUCCACCCCCUGUGAACAAACUCAUUGGUGGAACAUGAAGGUGGACCCUGGGACCCAGACCUUGAGCUGUGUAAAGGGCCCCCAAAAAAUGGAGCUGCUUCCCGUUCUCCCAGAACAUUGAUUUUUGUGACCACAGUUACAAACAGCCUCCAGAGAGCCUGUUCUACACCAGACCAGUGGAGCCAGACUGCAGCUAGAGCCCAUCAUCAUCCUCAUCUGGUUGUAAGUAGGCAAUCUAGUAUAUUAUUUGUGGCACAAAUCUCUAAUUUACCUCACAUUAAAGAAACACUAUAGUCCCCAGAACCACUGCAGCUUAAUGUAGUGGUUCUGGUGUCUAUAGCCUGUCCCUGCAGGCCUUUUAAUGGAAACACGGCGGCACAGCAGCACUGGCGUUAGUUAACAUGGCAGAUCAUAUGGGUGGGGCAUUGUGAUGUCACAUGGGGGGACGGCAAACUUUAUUUUGCCUAGGGCGGCAAAAAUCCUGGCACCGGCCCUGCCUGCAAUGGCAAUGUGUUAAGCUGAAUGCAGUCAACGUUCUGAAGUGCUCUAUGGGUGAGGAGUAUCCUACUUUAUCCCAGUUUAUAAAAGUGCUGAUAUGUAUGACAAAGUGGCAUUUUUAUAAAUAAAUAAAUGAUAGUCCACCACCGUGGCUCUCAGUCAGACAGCCAGGGAGGUUUGCUUCAUGCUUUCUUUAACUUUCCUCCCACACAGACCUCAGACAAGCGUCUUCAAUCAAUUCAAAGCCUCCACACACCACGUGUGCCCAAAUUCAGAGACUUCUCAAUGAGUAGCUUCUGAUGGGUUUAUAUCCCCUGAAGAGAAUGUUAGGCUCUUCCAGUGAAAAGGGGUAGGGCUUGCAAAGGCUGCAGUUCAUAAGAUACACAUGCAUAUACUCAUUACGGGUAUAUCUACUAAACAGUGGUAUUUGUUUUAAAACAAAAUUCACUCUGGAGUGCUUAUUUAAAACAUUAAAAAUGGUUUAUCGGUGAAUUGAAGCCGAGCAGGUGAACGGAAGAGAGCACUUCCUAUCAGACAGAUACCGCGUCGGUGAGCAGGUACUGGUGGGAAGGCAAUGGGACACAUGGAGGGUCUGGCGGUAGGAGGGAAGAGGAGUUUUGGGGAGAUGGGGAGAGAAAGCGACACAUGGGUGGCGGCCCAGGGCAAUUUUUGUACUGGGACCCGGUGGUUUCUAGAUACACCUCUGCACACCAGGUCUAUUUUACAAUCACAGUGUGUGAGGAUGAUACUUGAGUUAACUCACAAGGUAGGGGAUGGGAAGGUCCAUCCUUAACGCAAAGCUUAUCUCAUUCACAAUCGGCGAGAGGCUUAGCGCAAGAUGCGUUUGUCACUCUAAAAAAACAAACAAAAACUAAUGAUAUUCUCUAUAAUUAAUUUCACUUGUGGAAAUGCCAAGUAGAAAACUGAUUCUAACUGGUUUGGUCACAGAGCAGUUAGAAUUGGCAUUUUCCUGUUUAUCGCAGUGCCUGUAUUUUUACUGCUUUAGAUUUUUGUACCAUGCAUGUUUAAGACACUGUACUUUUUUUUUUCGGGAUCAUAUUUUUAGUCAUUACUUGUGACUUGUUAUUAAGUACAAUGCUGUGUUUGAUCAUCAUGAAUUUAAAUAUUAUAUGCUGCUUAUUAUUCCUUUUGAUCCCAUUUUGUGUUUUUCUUUCCAAAAUAAGGAAGGGAAAUGUAUUACAUUAACAUUGUAACCACCAUAACCAUAUAGCGCUGACGGAUCAACUGGCUUUCGUCAGCCAAUGCAUUCCAUCUAGACAUAGACAAAAUUAAAGGACCACUAUAGUGCCAGGAAAACAUACUCGUUUUCCUGGCACUCUAGUGCCCUGAGGGUGCCCCCACCCUCAGGGACCCACUCCUGCCCGGCUCUGGAAGGGGGAAAGGGGUUAAAACUUACCUUUUUCCAGCGCUGGGCGGGGAGCUCUCCUCCGAUCCUCCUCUUCUCCUCCCCGUCGGCUGAAUGCGCACGCGCAGCAAGAGCUGCGCGCGCAUUCAGCCGGUCACAUAGGAAAGCAUUCAUAAUGUUUUCCUAUGGACGCUGGCGUGCUCUCACUGUGAAAAUCACAGUGAGAAGCACGCAAGCGCCUCUAGUGGCUGUCAAUGAGACAGCCACUAGAGGAAAUAGGGGAAGGCUUAACCCAUUCAUAAACAUAGCAGUUUCUCUGAAACUUCUGUGUUUAUGAAAAAAUGGGUUAACCCUAGAAGGACCAGGCACUCAGACCACUUCAUUAAGCUGAAGUGGUCUGGGUGCCUAGAGUGGUCCUUUAAUAUUGCUUCCAUAAGGAGGUGUCAGACUAUGGGCGCAGCUAAGUGUCAAACCAGUUGAAAUGGUUUAAUGCUUAAUCCUAACCAGAGCGUUUAUAGUAUGUACAGUGCCCUUUUAACAUCAAAAGAAAUACAAAGUACGUGUUAGUUUAUUUCCCUUUUCUUCUGUCUACCUGUGUUCACACAUUGGUAGUAACAUGGACUGACAGAGCAAACUCAAUUGAAAAUCGUUGGGAAAAUCCUUUCAGCACCAGGAGCCUAUACUGGAAACUCAGAUUGGAGAAGUUCUGUAGCAAGCCUGAGGUAGCAGGGACCUUACUGUAUUGUGCGGAUGAGGGACAUUGAGCUCUGUGAAUUGAGAUUCCCCUAAUCUUUAUUUACUAUAUAAGGGGUGUUGUAAUAGCAAGAGAGGCUUUGGGACCAUCGUGGUGAUUUAUUAAUAAUCCUCCUUCCGACGACCAGCUGUUGGGGGAAAGAACAGGCGCAGUUGUGACCACUGCUUGGUAUAGGACGGCGUUGGAACAUGUUCUUUUUAAUUAACUUUAGACCGGCAGUAAUAGAGCAACACAGCUGAAAUAUGAUCACAUUAUCUAUUUAUUUUCAAUUUGUAUUCAGUAAUAUUGUAUUAGAGAUGGUACAGAGUUUUUAUUUGUUUAAGUAUUCCCCGGUUUAUAAUUUAUUUAUUUUUGGAAAUUAAAUGAACUCAUCGGCAGCCAUGUUUACAAAUAUAUAUAAAAAAGAGGAACUUUAAAAACAAAUUUAACAUAUAGAUGCACUCGGCUAAGAAGGCAUAAGUGAUAUAUUUCAUGGGAAUUAAGUCCAUGAACUCUUAAAGAUCAAUGGGUACAAUGGGUUAUUUAUGAAAAUAUAUGUUAAAAAAAAUCUCUGUAUUUUCAAUAAAAUACAAACAACGUUUGGUUCCUGUUUUAGGCAAAAUAAAUUAAUUUGAAUAUAAGUAAGUUUCACUUACCUUUUUCCGGUGCCAUGGCUUCCAUGGUGCUGCUCACAUCUCUGCCUCCUAUGAUGUCAUUGAAAAGUCAUGGCUUCUCCCGGUGAUGGUCCAAUCGUAUGCUCCUCAAAAGUAGCCAUGGUGGUCCUGAUGCACAUAUGCAGUGAGCGCUGCUCGCAUCCAAGCGUCCCCAUAGGAAAACAAUGUAUUCCUAUGGGCUUUUGUGUCUCUUGACUAAGAUUUACUCUCACAGUGCAGCAGAAGCGCCUCUAUUGGCUGUCAAAAAUAGAGCCAUCCGAAGUGGACUUAACCCUGCAAUAUAAACAAUGCCAUUUCAAAUUUUAAAGGACAGGACAACUGCACGGCCACCUCAUUGAGAUGUUGUGAUCUAGGUGAGUUUAGUGUCACUUUAAAGAUUUACCAAUUGACAUCUCAAACCAAUUCUGUGCAUGCACAGCCAGGGUAGACAUUGCAAAUGAGAAGAAGAAAUACUAACUUUGUUCUAUUUCUCCUCUUCCCUAUGCUGACUGCCAGGUGUCAUCGACAGAGAUUAUAAUAAUGAUUGCAAGAUAAUGAAGUAGACCUGAAAAAGUUUAAACAUAAAAUGUGUUUAAAGAAAUAUUUUCUUUAACACCCUUUGGAAAGAGAUAUUGUUCAGGACACACGUGCUAAAUACUUAUAGAAAUAAGAAUUGCAUUUUACCGUAUAUACUCAUGUAUAAGUCGAUCUCAUGUAUAAGUCGAGUGCAGUUUUGUGACCAACAAUUGUGAAAUAUGCUAUGCCUCGUGGAUAAGUUGAGGGUAAAACUUGGGGCUAUGAAAUUCUUUUGUAAUUAUAUACACACACUCAUACAAACACACACUCUGCAUUAUACAGUUGCAAGAACAAGUAUGUGAACCCUUUGGAAUGAUAUGGUUUUCUGCACAAAUUGGUCAUAAAAUGUCAUCUGAUCAUCAUCUAAAUCACAACAAUAGACAAUCACAGUCUGCUGAAACUAAUAACACACAAAGAAUGAAAUGUUGCCAUGUUUUUAUUGAACAAGUACAUGAUAUUCAGGGAUAUAGUUUUUAAUAUGUGGGGUAACAACUUCUUGAUCCAAGGAGAUAUCUGACUGCUAUUGGAAAAUGGUUCAACUUGGGAUUUUUGCCUUCUUUUGGAUCAACUGCAAAAAUGUGAGAAAGACUGAACUUGAUAGAGGCAAGUUUUUUUUCUUAGCCUAUAUGGCUAUGUAUGUACCUACACGUGUAUGGCAUUCAGUGUCUCCACGCUUUGCAUGAAAGUACUGAGCGUUGAUUAAAUUCAUCAUUAUGAGGAGAUCCUGACUGGCACAGCGUGGUGUUUUGCCACACAUGCGCAAUAGCCUCCCAUUGCUUUUUUAUGGGAGAGCAUUGGAUUGGCUGAGCUUGUCAAUUUUGAUGAUCUCAGCCAAUGAGGCUGAACGUGAGCAGGACCAGACAUGACGGAUCCGCGCUACCCUGUAAUAAAGGUGAGUUAAAUCACCUUUUACAUUGGUUACGGGGGUCAGGGAACCUAAAUAUUGAUAUUACUGCUAUAGUGACAGAAAUUCAUGUUUGUUGGUUGUUUGUUAGAAAAAACUUUCCUUUCUGUGUUUAUUUUGCCUAGUGUCUAAUUGUUCUCUUACAUUUUCAGUAACUCUUCUUUGGAAUGUUUCUGAUUGUUCAAACUUGUGAACAACAGGGCCCUUUUUUACCAAACAGAAUAUUGAAAAAAUGUUUUUUAAAAAGUAUUGGAAUGGUGGCCUUGCAAUAGAUUUGGCAGCUGUAAAUGUGUUGAUAAAUAUCAAGUGAGAGAUUUUAAUGUAUUAAUUUCACACAGUCACACCUGAAAUAAUAUUUAUAUAUAUAUAUAUGGGUAUAGUCUCUGAUCAACAGGACUGAAAUAAUGGGACUCUGUUUCGAAAUAACUGUGUUUUGACUUUGGGGAGACAAUGUAUCUGCUAAAACACUUUCUAUGUUUAUCUGUUGGACAGAAUCAAUGACAUCCUGUGCCUUGCUGACUCUACAUCACUUUCAGAUGUCACACUUGAUGGCAAUCCUAUAGCUCAAGAGACAUGGUACAGACAAACCAUUCUUGGACAUAUGCUGCAGCUACGACAGCUGGAUAUGAAGAGAAUCACGGUGAGAGCAUGACAUUUAGUUAUGUAUGAAUUAGUGUUUACACAUUAAACCAACCAGCUGUAUAACUUAAUACAAUGAACCCAAAUGGAAGAAGAAACUAGUAAACUAAAUGUGAAGUAACUGACUGUAAGCCAACUUGUCAGUGUCCUCCAGAAGUCAUUUAAAUUGCACUGGCUUUCAGACAUAUGUUUAUGAAGGCAACUCCCCUCAAAUAUACAGCAGCCCAUUGUAAAUGAACAUUACAAGUAGGGCACCACUUGCCAAGUCCCUCAAAGAAGGGAUUUGUUUUUAUGUGUCACCCCCUGCCCCCACCCCGAAAAGAAAAACUUACUUUUCUGGAUUUAUCUUGCUUGUUGCAAUUGGCCACCAGUCUGGCAGGAUACAUGCAAACAUAUUCAAUGGUUUUAUUACAUUGCCUAUUUUUUUCAUCUUAAAUGCCUGUUUCAGUGCAUCCGUACGGUUAGAUAUUUUCUACAAAAAGAAGAAAAGGUAGAUGUUUCAGUAUCCAUGCCAUACCAAAAAUGUAUGAGUGAUGGUUAUUGAUCAUAUUUAAUUUCACCUGACAAUAACUUGGAGAGGACAAUAUAUUGCAAUAUUCAGGAAUGUUACUGCUUAAUAGACCUUUGCAUAGUCCACAUGCAAACCGUUAACAAGCAAUUAAUGUAUUGUGGACCAUUGGCCAUUGAUAACAGUACAUGGCUCAGUAAACAGUCUUCUCAUGAAAAUGUUGAAUGUUGUCAUUAUAAGCUUUCAGUAAGUGAGAGUAUGCCCCUUCCUACUCCAUUCUCUGUGCAUUAGGUGGAUGCACCAUUUCCCCCUCAUUACAGGUCAUGGAGAUGCCCAGGCUUGUUGCCUUUUUAUAUGUUAUUGCUCAUGUGGUCCCCAAGCUUCUGACUGCAGCAAUAAAAUAUAUAUAUACAUAUGUUAUUGGGGGUUCUUUAUUACAUUCUGGUAGCAGGGUUGUGUUUGUGCAGUGAGACACUAGUACUUCUGCUAACAUAACAGCAUUUUUCUUUAGUUAAAAAAAAAGACAAUAUAAGAACAGACAAAAACUUAAUAGCUUGCCCUUCUGUUAUUCACUGCUGAUGUCUCAGACAAAUUGUUGCUCACAUAUGUCAUUAAAGACUGUCAGACUAAUCCCACCCAAAAGGGCAAGGGCAAUCUAGAUUUUGAAAGUUCCUUUUGCACAAGAGGUACAGCGGCUAAAGAUGAUCGUUUCAGACCAUAAGCAAAUGAAUUCAAGUAUAAAAAAGCAAUUAUAUAGUACUAUGUGAGAAGUAAAGUACCUGCAGUGGCCUCCAAUUUUCCAUGUUCCUCCUCCACUAUCCCCUUCUACUGUUGCUGAUUCCAAAAGGAUUGGUUAAGUUGACUGACAAUCCUGAUUGUUUUUCUUUCUAAUUAAGCAGUCCUUUGAUCUUACAUUCAGAUCCUAUAACGAUUUAGUAAUUGUACUGACAUGUAAGAAUGGUACUUCUCACCAUCCAGAAAGGAUACUUUCUGAAUAUGGUUUGUUAAGUAAUGCCUAUCUCCAAUAUCCUGUUCACUUGGAUUGUGUUUCUUCCCGUUGUGCCGUUACUUUAGGUGCUCUAUUAAUUUGAGCUCCCUCUUGGGGUGUUUCAGUGACUCUCUACCUGGAUGAUAUCCCACUAGGGCUACGAUUUACAAGAAUUACGUUUCUGGGCUCUCCUGUAGAUAUUACUUCUGCGGGGAUUCUUCUUUAAAAAAAAAAAACACAAAUAACAAGCAAACGAUAAAAAAACACCUACUUGGCAAAACUGUGUAAUAUUUGUUCCUGGCUGCUAGAAUUUAAUGCCCAGUGUGGAUUUUUUUUUUCUUUCUCAAAACUGGUUUUGUGGGGUUAAUAAAUCUAUAAAGUGUCCUGGUUCUUAGAAAAACAACCCUUCACUUUAACUAAUAUCCAAAAAUUGACUGGCACACAGUGCUUCAGCACAUUGUGCCUCACGUUCGAGAGCACCACCACGAACCAACUGCUUAGUGAAUAGGCCAGGCACUUUGUGCAAGGGUUUGUUGGGUACCUUUAUUCUGGUCAAAACUUAUGUCAAAAGUCCAUUUUAAUUUUCUAUUUUCAUUGUAUCAAUUCCAGUGUGUGACUAAUGACAACCACUAGGUGGCAGAAGAUUGUAAAAUAUAUAAGUGGAAUGCUAAUAAUGUAAUAAUGUUGAACUAGCCAAGAACAAGCAGCCAGCCCUUGUUUGUUAGUUGUAAAACAUUAUUUAGCAUUUUAACACUUUACCUAAGUGGUUUGACAUUAAACCAGAUGACACUUCCCAGAGACUGUAGUGGUUAUAUUGCUUAAAAUACCCCUCAAAUCCCUCCUUUAUAUUUACAGGUAUAAAUUGGAAAAAAAGUUUUGCCUCUAAGGGCAUAAAUAGAGAUCCACAAGGUAUUACACUAAAUGCUGCAAUGCAUGGGAUAUACCUGAAUUGGAUAGAAAACGAAAUCUGUGGCUAGUUUCCACAUUCAUUGACAAUUCAGUAUUGCUGGAAAAUAAUCCAAAUUUCAGGAGAAAAAAAGUUCACCUGUUAAUAAAUGGCCACUGAAUUCAAUCCUAAUAAAUAUAGAUAGAUGGACAUGAUCUGGGUUGCACAUGCAGUAAAUUUGUCUUCAUAAGCAGCAGAGAAAAGACAAGUAAGACUUGGUGGAUAAUAUAAGUUAGAUAGAGGGGACACAUUGUGAGAGGAACAGAUAACAAAUUAAAGACAGACAGAGGACUGAAAGCAAAGAAGAAAAGAGAAAACACGAAAACAAUAAAAACAUGGUGAGACAGAUGUGGCAGUUGUGCAAUACGUAUCUCCCAACAGCCACAAAAUUCAGUGGGACAGUCCUGAAUUUGGUUCCUGUCCUUGGUUUGCUCCCACAGUAGGCAUCAGUAGAUUCACUUGUGAUGUGCAAAUUGCUCACAGGGCCAAUGCAGCUGUAAGUUAACAUGGUAUGCAGACAUGGGAUGACCUCUUCACAUCACUGGUCCAUCAUAUUUUUGACCUAUGACAAUCCCAUCCUAAGUUCAUAUGUCACAAUGUUGGGAAGCAUUGUAUGCUGUGAGGAAUAUUUUAUUAGCCAGUGUAAUACAUCCAGUAGGGUAAUUUACAGGGCCAUGAAGCAAACUGCAUCUCAAGCUUAUUCUACAAACAUGCUAGUGACCUCUAUUUACUGUGACCUGCAUAAUCCUAAGGUUUCUGUCCAGGAAUCACCUUUUUGAGGAGGUGGAGUGAGAUGUUUAACCCAUGGAUGUAUCCAAUUCUGCAGGGGCUGCAUAAUCUUAGCAGAAAAGGCUAAAUUCCUUAAGGAGCAUUUUUUUACUUUUUGUUAAAUCCACACCUCCUGUGGAUUUAAAAAAAAAAAAAAAAAAAGGUUGAGACCUGGAGCAAGUUGCAACAUUGAAGCAUGUUAGUCAGAGAGCAAAUUAUAAUCUGAAAAUGACUGAAUUUGGCAUGAAGUCUAGUUUGCCAUCUUAAAAAGAUCAUUCAGCACAACCAUGUUUGCUUUAAGGAUAUAUUUAAUAAUGUUUUAAUACAAAAGGGUAUAUAAUAGAGAAUGAUACUUUAUCACUUUUAGGUUUCUUGCCGUUCAUCAAGUUUUGUUAUUUACAGUAAAAUACUGGCAAGCAUUGAUACAUCUUAAUUUUUACUUUAAAGAAUGAGAGCUCCCUUUUUUCUCACCUGUGUUAAUAUUAUUGAACUGUUUACUGGGGAGAGUAGUGCAGCAGUGGUAAGUAUAAACCACACUUCACAACACUUUUUUUUUUGUCUGUGGAGAUGUUGUCUACACAUUAUGUUCUGUGAACACUCUAAUAUCCUCAGGCAUGUAAACGUGCCAUCCUACAGAAUGUGUUUUUAGACCCUUCUUACAAAAUGUAGAAUGCCCGCAUAUAACCAUAAAGGAAUACAGAACAAUACAGGAAUUAUUUAAAUUUACAUGGCAUGCUUUUAUUUUGCAAGGAGACACAAUAUAAAUUAUAGAUUUAUAUAUAGCAUGGUAUCAGAUGUGUUAAAACCCCACAUGUGCUAGUUUCCCUUUAAGAUUUGAUUUGGCACCUCUAUGUCAGAUAACAGGACUAUUUCAAGCAAAAACAGUUCACUUUAUGUUUAAGAAGAAAAACUGAAAAUUAUAAUAUUGAUGACAUGGAUGUAUACUAUGCUAAAAGAAAAACAUAGGUUUCAAAGUUUAAAAAAAACAUUACAUGCUUUUUUUGUCUUGGUAUGAUUCAAUUCAGAAUAGUGAUUAUUGCGUAUGUAUCUCUAGAAUCCAGGAGUUUAUGUAUAAGAUGUUUGUUUUCAGGAAGAAGAAAGGCGUACUGCAUCUGUUCUGGCAAGAAAAGAGGAAGAGAGGAAGCGUGAGAGCCAUAAACAAGCCUUACUAAAGGUAACUUUUAUCACAGUAAAACACAUAGCAUCAGAAUGGUCUAUGGAAUUCAAUUGUGGGGUGCACAAGAUAGGGUAAUUGAUGUCACAGCAUGACCAAUGUCUGCAAAAUAUUAUUGUCAUUUGUAUGUGACAUCCAUGGCUUUAGUAUCAAAGCCAGUUCACGAGUUCUAUUCACUGAAUACCUGUGCACUUGCAGUAAAUUUUGUGAAUGAUGCUAUGUUUUUUUUUUUUUAUUCUUUAUUUUUGUUGUGCAGGUGGUUACAGGGUAAUAACAGAUCCCACAACAGCGUAUUUCAAGAUUUGCAUAAGUCGGACAGUGGCAUGAAAAUUUGCACAUAUUUUAGAGUUUUAGCAAUCGUGGUUAGACAGUUUUAUUAUCAGAGUGAAAUAAAAAUAAAAUGAAAUGUGAGCUGCUGAACGAUGCUAAGUCAACUAUGUUAGUGUAAGUAUAAUGUGUUAACAUGUUUCGUAGUAUAACAGUAGCUGGUUAAUAUAUAAUGCCUAUAUGCGUUAUGCUGUGUGUGUAUAGGCUAGGAGGCGUCGGAUAACGGAUAACAUUGCUAUAACUUGCUUAUAUUGUAGAAUAACAUCGCUAGUCUCUCUAGACAUGGUUAAAGGACCACUAUAGUGCCAGGAAAACAUACUCGUUUUCCUGGCACUAUAGUGCCCUGAGGGUGCCCCACCCUCAGGGUCCCCCUCCCGCCCGGCUCUGGAAGGGGGAAAGGGGUAAAAACGUACCUUUUUCCAGCGCUGGGCGGGGAGCUCUUCUCCUCCGAUCUGCCUCCUCUCCUCCCCAUCGGCUGAAUGCGCAAGCGCGGCAAGAGCUGCGCGCGCAUUCAGCCGGUCGCAUAGGAAAGCAUUAUCAAUGCUUUCCUAUGGACGCUGGUGUGCUCUCACUGUGAAAAUCACAGUGAGAAGCACUCAAGCGCCUCUAGCGGCUGUCAAUGAGACAGCCGCUAGAGGCUUUGGGGGAAGGCUUAACCCAUUCAUAUGUUUAUAAAAGAAUGGGUUAACCCUAGCUGGACCUGGCACCCAGACCACUUUAUUAAGCUGAAGUGGUCUGGGUGCCUAGAGUGGUCCUUUAACUUAUGACACAGCAGGUGAGUACUAAGUUUUGGUGCCUAGAUUGCGCCGUCCGUCUGUGUCUACACCUCGGUGGUAUCAUCCGAGGGACACAUAGUUUGGGCUGCUCCGUGCAUCGUUUUUCGGUAGGUUGGCACUGAUGGACAGGAGAUUGUCUGCUGUUUUGCAGCUUUGCCCAGAGUUGUGUGUACGAGUUUUCAGAGUCUUAUACAAGCGGGUCCACCAUGAUAGUAGGCUGUAAGCAGACCUUCAGAGAAGCGGCCCAGAUCUGGCAGCCAUCUUGUUUUUGGCCUUGGGCUUAUGUGGUAUUGCCCCCGAGUGCUGUUAUUGGGCGAGGACCGGGAUCACCGGUCCAGAGAUCGGGACCGGGUCCGCAAUGGGUCAGCUUGUCUGUCGCGCUCCGUUGGGCAGGAUAGUGGAGCGGCGGCCGUCCACUCCACUCACCGCCGGGCAAGGUCCUGCCUGAUGCAGCAGUGAUCUCUCCCCCGAGGAACUUAAACUCCUGGAGCAAGCCUCUCCUCGGCUCCGGUGGCCCUUAUAUGCCGAGGGUUGCGGUUGUUGGUCUUGUAUGAUACUAUGUUGAUGGACAUACCUGUACUUCAUUAACUAAACUCAUAUAUGUGAAUCCAACAUGUGAACAUGGGGUUAUUCUCUAAGCUGCUAAAUGUGUGAAUCGAUAUUGAUUGCAGAUAUUUUGCCAGUAGAUAGACUGGAAAGCAAAUGGUUUGGAGAUUUUUUUCCAAGUUUGACUAUUUUGACUAUAAUGCCCAAUUGUACUAUAUUCUAAGCUUAGUAUAUAAAAUACUAAACCUAUUUAAUUUUAGUCAGAAUGAGAGAAUUUCACCAUGGAAACCAAAAGACUGUUCCCAUUUUACAACAAAUUAUAUUAUACAUAAAAUGCUGAGUCAGUUGUCUGUACCUUACAAUAAAAUUCAUAAUUACCAUGACAUGAAAGUUUUGUCAACAACAAUGAGGGUGCCUCUGGUUAGAGUAAUUAGGCCAGCAUAUUAGCAAAAGAACCCUUUUUUUUUUGCAUGAUUUUGAUAAAAAAUAUUAAUAACAAAUUUAACUGCGAUGUUUAAAACAUUUCUGAGCCCACAGAUAAUAACCGAUAAAUUGUAUGUGUUCAUUUUCAAUUAUACAUUUUUUUUCCUUGUGUUAAACUUAGCCACGAAGAACUGAUAUGUAAGAGCCUGUGACAUUCCAGAUUUGCUUGAAAGCAUCUGAAAUUUAAACAGGAAAUAUUGGGAUUGGGGAACAAAGACAUGUUUUAUCAAAACACAUAAUAUAUAAAGCAUAGUAAAGGGUACUAUAUUAAGCAUUUAACUGGAAAUUAAAAUUUGUGGGAAAAAAAUAGUUUCAGCCUCAUUUAACACAUGAAUAAAAAUGCAUAAUUAACAUUUCUGCAAGUUAUUUACCUUGACAUUGUUCUUACAGUUCAUGCGUAAAAUAGUGAAGCUGUUAUCUGAUUCCUGAGAGCAAUCAAACCCAGUCUGUAAAAGGUUAAUAAAGCCUUCUGUUUAUAAGUUUUAAGUUUUCAGAUAGCAGGUCCGCCAGACUUUUUUUUUUUUUUUUUUUUUAAUGAGUGACGCUUAUUAGCAUUAUAAAAUGUAUCAAAAUUGUUCCUUUGAUAAUUAAAGUUUUUUUAUUUUUUAGGGGUAUGGGGGUUGGAGAACUAUUUUGUGCAGAUAAAUCAAGGUUGCAUAGACCUUGUUGAGUUCACAAAUAACAUUGGCACUGAUGUCCCCCAUUAGCGCAUUUAUUAGCGACUGAGAAACGUUCAUUAAUUUUGUAGAAUAACUAGUUUUGGCUUUCCAAUGUAAGAAAUGUGUUAUUUAUGUAAUCAAUAUACUCAGUAAAGCAUAUCUCUUCUUUAAAAUAAAUGUCUCAUUUGCACUACCUUUCUUAUAGAAAGAACUUUUAUACAGAUAGCGAUGUGGUACCCAUACAUGCUUGACUCAUGUCUGAGACAAGAAGAAACAGGACAGGCCGGGCAGACUGAUAGGGGGAGGGCGGGGAUGCCGGAUACGCGGGGCUCUAGCAUAGGAAGCAGCCAAUAGAUAGGGCAGCAUUGAUUUGGAUUGGCACUAGAUAUGCAUCAGACACGAUUCUACAGGCCAACAUACUUGGAACCACAGGAUAUAGAAGUAGCACAAACAGAGCAACGAGGAGUAGGGUGACGGGACUGUCGACCUGGGCAGACUGAUGGGCACACGACCGACUACACACUAGAAGAGACCUGGAGCCACCAUACAGGGGAAGCCUGGGGUAGUCUGCCAUGGUAACAGAAGCGUACCCAUGAACCACCACAUCACUCUUCUCUUACCCCGAAGAGCACACAUGCCGACACACAACAGGAACACUAACCCACGGAAAACCUCAUGGCACACAGGACUCAGGCUAGCCCAACGACUGUAAAGGAAUCAGCGAUACACUGAGGAAGGGCAAACUUAGCCGCUCCCCAUGCAGAACAAGCAGUUACCAGAUGAAAAUGCUUGACACCCCUUAACAAAUUGACUGUGGGUUAUCCUCGACCAGGUUAAUAAUCAUGGCCGGCUAGUAGCGACGGACCUAAUUGAAUAUACAAACUUAUACCUUGUACCACUUACUAGAACACAUUAUUCUAGGGACACAAUGAGAUGCACAAGUACUAUUGAAAUUAUAUGUGAACAUGUUGAUGCAAUGUAUCCUAUUGAACACACGCUGUGAAUACCGACUUGCUUAACUAUCUCACUGUACUUUUCUUGUUUAUGAAAAACCCAAAUAAAGAUUGUCAAAGAUUGUCUAAGCAGGUGCAGGACUUUCUGAUUCUAAAUUGGACAAAUGUCCUGUGCCAUAAUGUGACUUAUCACAUUAUAGUACUCUAAUGGGUGUGAAGAGGUUAAAGUUUUGAAGUCAUUUAUACCCUAUAUUAGCAUGGUAUUAAAUGUUCCAUUUGUCUGAUGUCUUGCUCUAGACUGACAGAAGUUUGGAUCUUAACAGAUUUCAAUUGGAAACUUUGGUACACUUUGUAAAGUAAAACAUUGCCAAGUGCUAUGGUUGAGCAGAUCUCAGUGGAUUGAAAAAUAGCAAUUAAAUAAAUUAAAUGUACUCAGCAGUAAAUUAAAUGUUUAAUUUGAAAGACCUUCAAUAGAAAACUCAGACAUAGAAGUAUGAGGCCAGCACAAUAUACCAUUUACAGUUCCACUAGACCUCACUGCCAGCGAGACCCACUGAAGGAUUUUGUGAUAAGAUAUAUAUGAAUGACUUUAAUUGCUCGAACAUACCAUGACAGUGAACUGUGACUUAAAAAGCUCUGGGGCGCUAUUACAAUAUUAUCUUAUUGGAAACUGAGACUGUGACCACGUGCAAAACAAAAUUAAUAAAACAAAAUAGUGCUGCCAGCUCAAAAACCCUAUCUAAAAUUUGUCAUGAAAAUACAGUCAUGGAUAAGAUGUUCAAAGUACACCAAAGCCAAGCUUCAUAUGCUUUUCAUGUUAUACAGAGUAACCUAGACUUAAAAGGCAAAUAUCCAUUAAUUUCUCCUGCUAUACCUACUUUCUAAACAUUUAGCUUGACAUUCCAUUAUCUGCAUGAUCUAAAAGAUUUGCUUGACAUGGGGUGGGGGUGUUAAAAGGAUUACAACAAUGUUGAAUAGCAUGGAUGUCACUGCUAUGUCCACCUUGGACAUUGGAUGUUGUAAAGUACCAUUGUACUUAAGUAUUUUUUCUUAGUUGCAAAUAUACAUUAAUUUAAGAUAUCAUAGGUAUUCCAAACUAUGUUGUACUGCAUGGUAUAGGCUGUUAAGUCACUUGUACAAUACAGGAAUCAACAUUUCACCUCUAGAAGACUACAUUACUCUGUUAAGCGCGAAUAUAGGACAGAGCUGCAGCAGCCAUGGAAUAGCAUACGUCUGAAGAAAAUUUCAAAGCUCCUUGUCGUGGAAGCACUUUCCUUUCAGUUCCUUAGCAUCUGUUGCCAAUUGGUACCCUGAUGUAAAUGUCUAAUUAUUAUUAUUAUUAUGGGCAUUUAUAUGGCACCAACUUAUUCUGCAGUGCUUUGCAAUAUUAUAAAGGGGAAAAUUUAGCAAUAAAUAUUACAAAAUAUUACAGGAACAAUAGGUUGAUGAGGACCUGCUUAGACGUGCAUACAAUGAUGCUUUAUAAAGACCACGUCAUUACUCAGGAGCCUGGAGGCAAUGUGGAUUUAUGUGAGGUCAGUGAGAGCAAUGUUCAGUGGUGCAUAGACUGCCACAUCAGGUAGGGUACUCCUGUAGGCCAUUCGUUGCAUUAGAGCAGGGGUUCCCAAUUAAUUUUUACCAUGGAACCCUUGACAUAGUGUAUCAACAUUGUGGAACCCCAGCCGCCCCCCGGGAAAAAAUAAAUAAAAUUGUGCAGUUUUUUUGUAUGUGCCGGUGUGUGUGUGUGUGUGUGUGUGUAUCUGUGUGUCAAGGUGUGUGUAUCUGUGUUUGUAUGUGCCAGUGUGUGUAUCUCUGUGUCAGAAUCUGACACACACACACACACACACACACACUGGCACAUUGUGGUACACUGAUACACACACUGACACAGAUACACACACCUUGACACACAGUGUGUAUCUGUGUGUGAUUGUAUCUGUGUGUCAAGGUGUGUGUAUCUACGUGUCAAAGUGUGUGAAUCUGUGUUUGUUUGUGCCAGUGUGUGUAUCUCUGUGUCAGUGUGUGUGUAUAUGUAUCUGACACACAGAUAUACACACACUGGCACACAGAUACACCUUGACACACAGAUACACACUAUCAGAUACACACUGACCCACACAUCUUGACUCACAAAUACACAAACACACUUAGAAACACACAGUGACAUAUACACACACUUGCACCCACAGAUACACACAUUGGCACAUACACACAAUGUCAUAUACACACUCAGAUACACACACACUGACAUACACACUUAGAUACCCACAGUGAUACAUACACAAACCUUGACACACAGAUACACAUACUGACACACUCAGACACACAUACUCUUUGACAGAAUCACUUACACUCUCACUGACAAACUCACAUUAUUUGACAGAUACACAUACAAACACAUAUACACUCUCAAUGACAAGAACACAAACACUCUCACUGACAAACACACAUAUACUCUUUGACAGACACACAAACACAUACAAACUCCCUUACAGACACACAUACAAUUUAUUAUUUUGAAAAAAUUUUACUCCACCCAGCCCCCCUACCUUUUGGGAGUGCGGGCACGGAGUCUCUAUGUCUCUAUGAGUCUCUAUGUCUCUAUGAGCUGCUGGGCUGAGCUUCCGGUCCCUGGGGUCCAGUAGGGCUGCUGUGCUGAGCGUGCGGCCCCUGGGGUCCAGUGGGGCUGCUUAGUGGCUGGUGUGCGAGCGACGAGGGAGAAGUGAUCUCCCUGCUCAGCUCCCUCGUGCACCUCUUAGUGAUGCCGGAGUUGGAGUGACGUCAUAUUUCGGCUCCAGCAUCACUCCUGUGCGUGCAAGGAAGCUGAGCAGGGAGAUCACUGCCCUCUGCUCCCUCGCCGUCUGCGACCAUUUUAUUUUAAAAAUUUUGGGCGGAACCCCAAUUGUGUUCUCGCAGAACCCCAGGGUUCCGCAGAACACCAUUUGGGAAACGCUGGAUUAGAGGGACAUCAGUGAUCGAAUUGGACCAAACUGUAUUCUGGUCCUAUAAAAUUUUUUUUAACAACUCUGCUAGAACAAAAUUUCAGAUUAUCAAUCACAAGGAAAGCAUAUAGUGAAUCAAUGAUUCCAUUGUACAGCUGUACGGAAUCUGAUGGCGCUAUAUAAAUUAUAAAAAAAUAAUUUACAGAAGUUAUUAACAAAAUUUUUUUUUAAUUCUUUAUUUUUUGCCACUCUUGGCGAAGUCAUCAGGUAUAACAAUACAGUCUUCAGUAACAUAAGAGACAAUUGUCACAUAUAAUGCAUUUUGACAACACUUUGAUUGCGCAGUUAAUGCAACUUAAUCGUUCUAGUCAUACUUGUAACCUUAUAAGUUGAGAAACGUUUGGCAGCGGUUAAUGAAGUUGGGUCAUUUCUUAAGGGAACGUACAAUGAUACGUGCCUGUUUGUUGGUAUCACCAAGCCCAGCGGAAUUGUAAGUGGCAGUAGGCCAAGUAGGAAGAUGCAUUAUUCUAACGGCAAUACCUAUUGACAUUUGUGCCAUGAAUACGUCUGGUCUCUAAUUUGUACUCCGUGAUUUGAGGGGUGAUUACGAAUUGCCUGCAAUAAGGGGCUCCAGGGACAUCACAAAGAGCAGUGGCAAGAGGGGACAACCCUGCCUUGUACCAUUGCUCAGUGUGAAUGGUUAGUUGUAUGCUCGAGUUGUUUUAAUCUGUGCUGUGACGUUAGUUUACAUUGCUCACUGUAGUUAUGAAAGUUUCUGGGAAGUUUAAAUGUUUUAGAAGUUAGAACAUGUAAGGCCAUUUUACUCUGCCAAAUGCUUUUUCAGCAUCUAGUGACAAUAUUAGUGCUGGGGUAGUUGUGGUUGUCAGUAUCCAUAUCAGGUCUAUGUUCCUUCUGGCGUUCUCAAAUAACUAUCUUCCAGGGACGAAUCCCACCAGGUCUGCAUGGAUCAGAUUUUUCAGGAAUGAGUUUAGUCUGCCCGCUAAAAUUUUAGCUAGAAUUUUUGCGUCAUAAUUUAAUAGUGAGAUAGGUCUGUAUGCUUCAGGUAGUGUCUUUGUCAGGUUUUGGUAGCAGUAUUAUGUUUGUUAGGGCCAUGUCGCUAUUGGGGGCACCUUCCUUCAUUAAGUCAUUAAAGAGUGAGGUCAAUUGUGGGGUUAAUUCUUGUCUGAAGGUUUAGUAGUACCCAUCCUCAAAUCCGUCCAGUCAUGGGGCCUUAUCCCUUUUAAGUGAUUUUAUUGCUGCCUCUACCUCGUCCGUCGUAAAAGGUGAUCCCAGAUGUGUUUAGCUUCUGUGGGCAGUUUUGGGAGGUUUUGAGUAUCUAGAAAAGAGCACAUCUCUGGGAUAUCUGUGUCAUUUGCUGUCGAGUCCCCCUGUCCCUUGGUGUGGUUAUGUAGAGUUCUAAAAAAUUCAGUAAAGAUUCGGGAUAUGUCCUCGGGGGUACUUGUUAGGGAGCCGUCACUUGCCCGGUUUGUAGUUAUGAGUGCCGCAUUGUUUAGGUUUCAGUGAAUGGGCCAGUAGUGUGCCCAUUUUGUUGGACUUUUCAUAAAAUGUUCGACGUGACCAUUGUAAAAAGUGUGCUGUGUCUUCCAAAGUAAUUCCUUGAUUGAGUGCCUUAUGGCUUGUAGUUCUGUUAGUUUUGUUUGUGUCGGAUCUGUUUUAUAUUGUUAUUUGCUCAGAAAUCAUAGCUAUUCAAUUAAAAGUUUAGCUAUUAUGUUGUUUUUUACGGGUAGCCAUUUUGACGAGAGAAUCUUUUAUCAUGGCUUUAUGCGCCGCCCAGACUGUGCCUAUCGGGACUUCAGGAGCUAGGUUGGUUUGGAAAUAUAAUUUUAAUUCCUUAUGGAUAGUAGUUACAUUGGUAUUAUCUUUAAGUAAGGAGUUAUUUAAUCUCCAUAUCCAAGGGUAGGCUACACUUAUUUUAUCUAAAUGUAUCACCAAGUCCGCGUGGUCUGACCACGUAAUGGAUCCUAUUUCUGUUCUGCUAACUUUUCAGAAUGCUGAUGUUAUUAAUGAGAAAGUUGUCUAUUCUUGAGUAGGUGUUAUGUGGGCCCGAGUAAAACGAAUAGUCUUUCGUGUCGGGGUGUUGCGCCCUCCAUGCGUCAAUUAGUCCUGUUCGUCUAAUGAAUUGGUGAAACAGUUUGUCCUGUCCACCCAAUCCGUGUGAUCUCAAAAUCCCUUGCCUGAGGUUUCUGUCGGCGUCCGGGCACGGCACUGCAUUGAAGUUGGAGCGUAAAUAUAGAUCAAGUGGUGGGUUUGGUUGUGGAUUUUCCCAGAUACCAAAACAUAUUUUACAUCCGUGUCUGGGACAACUUUGGUUACCUGAAGCGGGCAACACUUAUGGAUGAGUACGGCCAAUCCAUUAUGUUUGCGGCGAGCACUAGCUUCAUGUACUACAGUGUAAAUGUGGUCUUUAAGUGUGAAGUUUGCCGUCACUGGUAGGUGAGUUUCCUGUAUAGGCUCUGUAAGGGUUCAGUCUUUUAAGUUCUCGUAGUAGUAAUCGCAGCUUCUUAGGAGCAUUGCGACCUUUAACAUUAAGGGAAGGGAUUUUGAGCGUCAUCCUUGUGUUCUAAGGAUAUUCCGCUCAUAAGCGUUGGGAUUAACAUUUUUGAACAAACAUACAUUUUAUUUGAUUUGAAACAGUUUUAAUAGUUGUUUUAAUCAUAUGUUUAGACAAAAUAUAGUUAAACAUUUUUUUAUAUUUAAAUCCUCCAUUGACUUUAAGGUAAACUGAACUAAAACAUGAUUUAUUUUGUAUACUUGCUCAUGGUACACCACUUUCACGCAAGUUGUUUGUUUUUUUGUGUGCUAGUUUUACUGUAUAUAACAUUUAUACGGCUUGAUCGCAGUAUAAAAGGGAAGCAGUACAGAGCAGUAUAGAGUACAGAACAAUAGGCCUUAUGAAUAAGGUUGGUGCGUCUCUGCCAUGUCCACUGGCCCUUUGGUUUAUUCACUAAACUUCAAAUCAUGAAGAACUGAUGAUGACACUGUGAAUUCCAGGCCAAAAAAUACAUGUAUUGUAGCACUCACUAGAACACAUAUUCAUACAUAGAACUGUGGGUUUUAUAUGGAAAUUAGUUUGUGAAUGCAGAUUGGGGUCUGAUAAUGCCACUGGCACAGCCCUAGGAAGUUUUGUCGGAAUGUUACUCACUUUAUUUACACUACGUACGCCAAAAGGGCAACCAUCAUUUGGUAUCUCAAACUUGUUAGAGAUACUACUAUUUGGAAGAGUCUCCCUUCUCCCUCAACAAAUAUCAAUAAAGUUAAAAUACUUAUUCUUUGUCCAGAUCUUGAGAAAGAGCUUGGCUUAGAACAAAGUUGUCUGCAGUAAUAUGCUUUCUAAAACCAAUGUCUUGAUUCCCCAUGCAAUUUUAAAUUAAUGUAGCCUUGGUCUUUCUGCAGUUAGAGCACCCUGGUUUCAUUCAGAGUGAAAUUAACUACAAAGUAUUAUCUGUGUUAUUUAAAACCUUUUAAAAGGGAGAUAGUGUGUCUAAAAGCACUAUUUUACAUCCUAAACAUAAAAAAAUUCUAAAAGCCUUGUGGUGAUAUGUGCAUUAGAGGUACUUAUCAAAAUAUCGAUAACCUCUGUCAGCUGCUGCUUCUUAAUCCACCACCUAGCAAAAUAAAGACAGAAUGAAUACUUAAGAAGUAAGUUUGUUAUAUUCUACUUUUGUGUUAUGGAUCCUUACUUCCUUAUGACUGGAUAACUGCUAGAGUUAUAGAUAUUGGUACAUAGUGUACUGUAUUUUCCAGAUUAGCGCUCUCAAUAUAAUGCUCCAAUCUGGUUGACCAUCAGCUAGAAUAACAAAAUAAUUAUCCUUGUCCGUAACGUAAGUCACCAUAUGUUGUUCAAAUUAGUUAUAUAAUUUUAUUAAAUUUUUCCCUGUUUUAAUUUUUUUUUUUCUGAUUUUUUGUUGUUUUUUCACUAUAAAAUACAGUAAAGGUUUCACAGACUCCAAUAGUAUUGAACACGAAUAAUAUCGUGAAUGGUAUAUGUGCUGGGAGGAUUACAAUUCAUGUUGGCAAGAUCUAGUGUGGGUUGAGUUAUAAUGACAUUGGUUUGUAUCAUCUCACGUACUGAGUUGGUGCCCCUGGGGGGAAGUCAAGCCGCCUCUUCCUUUUGAAUGGUCGCUUUUGUCUGUUGUUUCCAGUAUUGCUUGGUGCUGGAGACACUUGAUACCCCUUCUUCCCAUGGAGUUAAUUUUCCCUGUUUUAAUAUGAAUUCUAGAAAUCUUUUGGAUUGAUUAGCUUUUUUAGAAGCAUUGGAUCUCCGAAGUACAAUUCUCGCAAAAAAAGGCUUCCACUUUUUUGUACUUACGAACCACAAUUCUCUGUCUGUACUUGAGCAAAUGGUACUAUUAUUUAUGAUCGUACCAGAAUAAUUGGUUGCAUGUCACAUACUGUUCAUUUUAAGGACAAGUUAGAAAUAUUCUCUAUUCUGAGAAUGUUUUUCACCUAAACACAGCAAGUUUUGACUAACUGUGUGAAAUCAUUUGACAUGCAUGAUAAAAUAUACAUUUUAGACUUAGGCAGAAGAGUUGGCAGAAGGAAAGGAAAAUAUUCACUGUGGGACCCAGCAUUCCACUGAUGCUUCAUCUACUUAGUCACUGCUCAGAUGGGCAUAUAAUUCCCGGCUUCUGUCACUGGUGAAUUGCCUCUAUAUAUAAAAUGUGUCUAUAUAUGAAAAGUGUUGGAAGUCUGUGAAAAUCCCCAUUAAUGAAAAGAGAUUUGUCUUGAUUGUCUCUGCAUAUAAAACAAAACCAUCCGUAUCUAAAUAGCUAUAUCUUCUAAGAAACUAUGUUAUGGUUGGACUUAUUUAUAAUAAUGAAGCCUAUUCAUCAAAAUUAUUAUAGGCUGCAGGAACUGAAAUAACUUAUAUGCUGUACUUGAGUUAUCUGGUGAAAAGAAUUCAGCUGAAAGCAAAAUUAUAUUUUCUUUUAAUAAAUACAGUUCCUUCUACGGUUUCGCUGCCAGGAAAUUUUCAUGCAUUUCUUAUGUAUUUACAGAGUGUGUUUUCUUUGUAAAGUGUGAUAUUUUAAGCAUAACCAUAAAUUAUAAUUAUGUUUUUACUAUUCUUGCUUUAUUUGUACCAAACUGCAGCAUCACAAGGUACGAAACAGCAUGUAAAAAAAGUAUAAACCACAAAAAAAAUAUAUGACCACAAUAUAUGCAAUAUGUAACACCCACUUAAAAAGUGUGUCCACCAAAGACAAAUAGACAAACAACAAAAAUAUAAGUGAGGUGUACAAGGGAUGAUAUCACCUAAAUAUAAGAGAUGGAUACCUCCUUGGUAUAACAAAGGAAAAAUCUGACAAUAGAACUGACAUAGGGUGAUAUCGUCAAAUACCAGUAAACCCACAAGGUAUAAAAUGCAAUCACAAGAUGGCAAAUGAUUUUCAGCCCAUCAAAAAUGAAGCUCGAACAUCUGUAGGUUCAAAUGACUUCAGGUGUGAUGUAUAGCAGCUUUGGUAUGGAAAGAUAGAAAACACAAAUAUAGUGCAAAUGGUAAGUAUAAAAAACACAAUUUAUUAGAAUGCACUUAUAGGAUAGAAGUUAAAAUAGGCAUGUCUCCGUAUAUAACGGACCUGCAGCUGAUCUAUAUGGUGUUAAAAAGAAUCAGGAACCAGCAGAAAUACAGAAACAAAGUCCCAACAAGAGAUAAACUCUGUCUCCAUGCUUUUUAUCCGACGUGUUUCGUCUCACAGACUUCUUCAGGGAUGUAUGUCGUCAUCUUCUCAGUCUUCGUUUAAAUAGUGAUAGUAAUCCUCCGUUACGUUCCAGAACCAGAAAAUAGGUGGCGUUUCAAUGGGAAACGCACGCCCACACUAUUUAAAAGAAGGCUGAGAAGACGACGACAUACAUUCCUGAAGAAGUCUGUGAGACGAAAUGUGUCGGAUGAAAAGCAAACAGACUCUGAGUUUAUCUCUUGUUGGGACUUUGUUUCUGUAUUUCUGCUGGUUCCUGAUCCUUUUUACACCAUAUAGAUCAGCGGCAGAUCCGUUGUAUAUGGAGAAAUGCCUAUUUUAACUUCUAUCCUGUAAGUGCAUUCUAAUUAAUUGUGUUUUUUGUGCUUACCAUCUGCACUAUAUUUAUUAUUUCUAUCUUUCCAUACCAAAGCUCCUAUACAUCACGCCUGAAGUCAUUUGAACCUACAGACAUUCGGGCUUCAAUUUUGAUGGGCUGAAAAUCAUUUGCCAUCUUGCGAGUGCAUUUUAUACCUUGUAGGUUAACUGGUAUUUGAUGGUAUUACCCUUUGUCAGUUCUAUUUUCAUCUAGAUAUCUGGAAAGAUUUUUCCUUUGUUAUACCAAAGUGGUAUCUAUCUCCUUUAUUUAGAAAAAGUAGCCUAGAAAAUGUGAGUUUUGUUUUUGCUUUUUAUUUGUGCUGUUUUAGGUUUUCAGAGGCUAAGUGAUUUAAAUGUACUUUUUAUCAAUCAAUUUAUGAAUUACGUUCCACAGAGAAGUUUACAACAGUAAACCUAUCUCCUAACAAUGGGAAGGAAGAUGAGGGUGGUUGUACAUAAGAGUAAGCGUUGUGUACUAUCCAUCAAACAAGCCAGCCCUACUCAGUUAAGACCAUACGCAGAGUGCUUCUGAAGUGCUUAGCCCAUGGGGCGUUAAUCCCUGAAUGCACUUAUCUGAGUGUGAGUGUCUAAGAACGCAUUUGUUUACCACUUUAUGGGUACAAACCUGGGAGAUUUGGGAGGUAUGAAGAAAGGAGAAAGUAACUUUUGUAUUGGGUGUUCAGUUUUCUGUAAUGUACUAUCCAUAGCUUUCUUUUAUCAUGCUUUUUGUUCCAGGAGAAAAAACGAAUAGCGAUUUGCAAUGCUGCACGUCAGUGGGAUAUUCAGCAAAACAGAGUUCCCUCACUUGCUUCAGAUCUAGAAAGUCUUGACUGUGCAAGUCCUUCUCAUAAACCUUGCCAGAUAAACGGGACUACGUCUUAUGAAUUUCCUAAAGAAGAAAGGUAAUCAAUUUAUGGUAUUUAAAAUGACAGGGUAAAGGCUGUGCUUACCCUGUUAUAGAUUAAGAUUGUUUAGUAUGCUGAACUCAAUUUGUAUGCCUUCAGUCAUUCUGAGCUUAACAGAUAUGUUUGGUGGUGUAGCAAUGAGUUUUGCGAUUUGUGGUUGAAUACAGAUUAUUUAAAUUGUUAAAUUAGAUAUUUGUGUUAAUUGCACUGCACAUGCAGGUUUGUCAGUUAAAGGGACACUGUGGGCACCCAGACCACUUCAGCUCAUUGAAGUAGUCUGGGUAGAGUAUCCCUAUUGCCUUUAGUGCUGCAAUGUAAAACAUUGCAGUUUUAGAGAAACCACAAUGUUUACAUUGCAUUACUAAGGCAGCCUCUAGUGGUUGUCUACUAGACAGUCACGAGAGGUACUUCCAGGACUUUGCAAGAUUUUAGGUCACCUAACUCACACUCUGCAUGCUUUCCUAUGGGCAAGACCUAAUUUGCUUGCGGCCAUCGUCACUCUGUGUGGGUGGGCCAACCGACUGACGAGGGAGAUCGGUGCUGGAAUUGGGUAAGUGACUUAAGGAUUUUUUAACAGUUGCAGCACCGUGGUGGUGGGGUGCGAGGGAGGAUGGGGCAGAGGGAACUAUGGUGCUAGAAAUAUUGCUUUACUGUAGUAUCCCUUUAAGGCUUGGGAAGUACCAACUUAUUAAAGAAUAAGCAAGAUGCGCUGGAGAUUAUACAUGACGAUCUGGCCAAGAUGUUAAGAUCCCGGUAGAGGUUUAGCUAAUGUGCAAAUGCUUCCAUAGCGCCGGGUUCACUGUGCGGUACAAAAAUAGUAAAUAAACUAAAAAGAACAGUAAGUGUAACCUUUGGGGAACCUAUAAGUCUGUCAAAAUUACUGUAAUUAUAAGGGAAAGCAAUGGUCUAACUGAUUGACAUAAUGCUGACAAUAUGGGAAACCUAAAAUAAAUGAAUGAAAAUUGAAAAACAAAAAACCUUUAUUUAUAUAAAAGUAACUUAGUGUCCCUUCAUAAAAACAAACAAACAGAAAUAAAUGUGCUCAAGAAAAAGUGCUAAUAGUGUGUCGGUGCACAAGUUAUUAGUGAUUUUCAGUGUUUUAUUUUGUGGUGUAAUUUCUGCAGAAAUUUUCCUCAAUUUCAACACGAAAAAAAAAUAUGUGCAUCAAGUUAGGUUUUAUGUUUUGUUUUUUUUGUCAUUGUAUUAUUUUUUUAGACAUUAACUUGAUUUCAAAUGUAAAAUGUAUUUGUUUGUGUGAAAUACUAACACAAUUUCCACUCAGUUUAAUGCUAUGUAACAUUAGUGCUUAUUCAUUAGAAAGAUUAGAUAUUGAUGAAUAAAUUUAUAUACAUUUUGGCGACUACUGAAAAUAGGAGUAUCGAGGCAGCAGUUCUCAAAUGCUUGAGAGAUGAGUCAUAAGAUGAAAUGCGGUAUAAAUUACCCAGGCUUUACUGAAUGCAUUAAGAAAUAAAAAUAAAAUCACAGCCUAUAAUUAGGCUAUUUUCUGGGAAAAACAUAUAAGGUGUUAUUUUCUUACUUCUUCUUGUCUGUUGAUUUAAGUUGGGUUUUUUUUUUUUUUUUUUUACAAUUUCAAUAACUUUAGCUAUUUUGCAGCACCUCAUCAUACAUAAGUUGGCUUCCUGCCACAUUCUCAUUAAAGUUCUUAAUUCAAAUCUAGAAGUAAACUUUGUUUGGAAGUGCACCCUUCUUGACAUACAGGCACUAGUUGGUUUACUUCUAAAAAGUUCCCUUUUACUUCUUCACUACUGAUUAAUUUGCUGAUAAAAAUACCAGAAACUAGAUGCCACUGUGUCACGAGAAAUAGCAAUUUAAAAGACAAAACAAAACUUUCAUGAACAGGUUAUUGUUCAGUGAAAGCAAAAUAAUAGAAUCAGUACAUCAAUAAAGUUUUUUUUUUUCUUUGAAAGCCCACCAGGCAUUUAUGGUAUAUGUAGAUAAACAGUUGACAGCAAUUGCUUACAUGACAUAGGAUGUAAUGAAUUGAUGUCUAAGCUAAUGGCAGCUGUAGCCCAGUUCCAAUUAGCUUGGGCCUUAGGAUCAUUUAUAAAUUUUUAUUACAUGUAUAUAUCUGGUAUGGGAACAGAUUCUCUAAGAGCACCCUGUACCUUAUAAACUACACACUUAUUACCCAUUUUUCAAUAGAGCCUUUCCUGUAACUUUAUAUUUGACUAUAAGCUUUACUGACAGUUCCAUUCAUAGAUGUGUGAGUGAAGGUGUCAGACAUGACCACGACUGAGGCUCAUCCACAGUAAGUGUGUGUAGUGGGGUGGGAGGGAGGGUUAUUAUUUAUAUAAAUAUAAAGAAAAUAAAACAGGUUGCACCAAAUACAAUAGUAGCAAUAUCAAAAAGUGUUUGUAAGGUAAAUAUGUUCCGCAGGUAGUCGAAUAUUUUCACCAACUUCCAUAAUAUGAAAUGAAAAUAAGCAACAGGAAAAACAGAAUAGUUUGCGUCAAAGGCAAAAAAGAAAAAUUAUAAAAAAUACACUCACAAAAAAGGAGCUAACUAUCUUUCGUGGUUCCAGUGGCUCAGCCUCCUUAAAUUUAAUCCAGGCGUUCUUGGGUUGGAUUAUGGCAGAUAGCACGGUUUGCGAAUGUUAAUGAAUCACAUGGAAUUUUCAUUCACAAUAAUUUAUUUUCUGCUCAAACAAAAACAAAAAUUUCAGAUUUCACUAUAAUAUAUAAUUGAAUAUUCAUCAAUACUUAUUUACUGCUGUUUAUUAGGAUUAAUCAACACAUUGUCAUAACUGUUGGCUAUUUAUUAUUAAAAAUAACUUUUUUACAGACACAGACAGCACUUUUCUGCCAAACAACCAGUACACCAAAAUUUAGUUUAUGACUAUAGUGUUUGUAAACAAGCUGAAUACCACAAACGUCUUUCUCAAGUUUUUUACAUUUGUACGCAACAUUAAUGGAUCCUCAUUAAUUAUAUUAAAUACAGGACAUGCACUGAUCAGUCACAACAUUAAAACCACUGACAGGUGAAGUGAUUAACAUUGAUUAUAUUGUUACAAUAGCACAUGUCAGUGGGUGGGAUUUAUUGGACAGAAAGCGAAAAGUCAGAUCUUGAAUUUCAUGUGUUGGAAGCAGGAAAAAUAGGGAAGCAAAAAGAUCUGAGUGACUUUAACAAGGGCCAAAUAGAUGACAACUUGGUCAGAGCAUCUCCAAAACGACAAGUCUUGUAGGAUGUUCCUGGUAUGCAGUGGUUAGUACCUACCAAAAGUGGUGCAUGGAAGGACAACCAGUGAACUGGCGUCGGGAUCAUCGGCACCAAGGCUCAUUAAUGCAUGUGGGGAGCGAAGGCAAGCCCGCCUGUUCCAAUCACAUAGAAGAGCUACUGACGCUAAAAUUGCUGAAAAAUUUAAAGCUGGCUUUGAUAGUUUGCUGCACAUAGGAGUGGAGUGAGACCGGCAGAAUCUCCCCUGUCGGCUCAUGCAGAGCCGGCGCUAUCCGAGCGCCGGCUCUGCUCUCAGCCCCCCUCCCCACCGACCCACAGGCAGGGAGGGAGGCAGGAGAGGACCCGGGGAGCUCUUGCCAGCAGCAACGCUCAGAUCUCGCGAGAGUGAACUCUAGCCCCGCAGGCUAGAGUUCACUUUCACCACUAGGACCACCAGGGAAGGCAGAAAGGAUCCCCCCUCCCUGGCAUAACGUAACAAGGGAGGGGGGAUAUUAAGUAAUCUGCCCCCACCUCUACUGGACCACCAGGGAAGGCAGCAGCACGGUCCCCCCUCCCACAGCAGUGUAUGUGUAUGUAUGUAUAUAUAUAUAUAUAUAUAUGUGGUGUGUGCUUGUGCUUUAGGGUGCACACCCUAAUGUAAUAGGCUGUGCACGCCUAUGUUGCUGCAUAUGGUUCUCUAAAGCUGCAGACUGGUCAAAAGGCCUAAGAUAAACCCUGUCCACCUCCCAAAGUGGCGUCAGUGGGGACGUGAGCGUAAGAACUGGAUCGUAGAACAAUGGAAGAAGGUUGCCUUGUCUUAUGAAUCACUUUUUCUGUUAGAUCAGUUGGAUGACUGGGUACUUAGAAUAAUACACCCUGCCACACUGCAAAAAUGUUCAGGAAUGGUUUCAGGAAUGUUACAAAGAAUUCAAGGUGCUGCCUUUGCUUCCAAAGUCCUUAGAUCUCAAUCCGAUUGAGCAUCUGUGGGAUGUGCUGGAAAAACAAAUCCGAUUAAUGGAGACCCCACCUCGUAACUUGCAGGACUUAAAGGAUCUGCUGCUAAUGUCUUAAUGCCAGAUACCAGGAAACAUGUUCAGAGGUCUCAUAGAGUCCAUGCCUCGACACAUCAGAGCUAUUUUGGCAGCACAAAGGGGACCUACACGAUAUUAGGCAAUUGGUUUUAAUGUUGUGACUGAUCAAUGUAUAGUCUGUGUAAUGACGGUACAACAUAGCAAAACUGAAAAACAGAACAAAUACACAAAAGUCAAUUUUUAACUACCUUAAAGAAACACAAACAUUCUGCAGUGUCCAUACUAAACACUGCUACUUACACACCUUCACAUUUAUUGGCAUUAUCAACGCACUUGGCUGUCCAUAACUUUCAACCUGUGAUGAUAUGUUGUCACUAACCUUGAAAUAUUGAACUGUCAAGUUUGACAUUGCAACAUUAAUGACUACAUCACUAUUUUGCUUGUUCCUGACUGUACUUUGAUGUAUCCAGCGGAGGAGAGUCCCUGAUAGGACUAGGGCUUCGCUACAGUGAGUUCUACUUUUCUAAACCUUUCACUUGCAGACGCCACCGGGUUCUGUUCAGCGCCAGGAGCCAACUAAUUUGCGCAAGAGUACAGCAUUGAGGUUUAUGGAGGAUCCAGCAAGACCUCCCACUAUCUAGAAGGGUCAGCUAUAGGAAUUUUUUUUUUUUUACAUAGAGCAAAUGAAAGUCAAAAAGUUAACAUUUUUAAUUUGACAAAACAUUAAUUGAAAUACAAUUGGUAUGUUUAUGAUUGAGACUAGUUUUCAUUGAGUUUUGCAUUCAUAAAGAUGUGCUGAAAGGAAGGCAUGAAUACAAUGCACAAUUUUUACUGUAUUUGUAAGAUCAGAAAAUAUUGUUCUAUCUGAUCUUAUAUAUAUAUAUAAAAAAAGGAUAAAUUCUUACAUUUAGUAAGUUACUCGUAGGGAGAAACCCAAUUUACCAAUAUAUCUUAUUUACAAAAUCUAAUUUCUAAGAGCAAGUAUUGUAGUUUACAAAAAAAAGGUUUAAUUGACAUGAACCAGUGUUAACCGUUGUACACCAUAUAUAUUGAAAAUGGGACAAAACCGGAAUUCUUCCUCCUUAAAAUUUUUUUUUUUUUUUUUUUUUAAACAAACUCAUCUACGAUAGUGGAACAACUCAUCCUAAUCAAGUUGUGUGAGAUUCGUGUCAAUUCAUAUAGUUUCAUUUCCAUUCGGAAAUUCUAUGUCUUAGCCUGUGAUCUCAACAUUUUUUUUUUUGUGUGUGUGUUACAAAUGUAUAAUUUGCAUAAAGAAGCAAACUUAUAAGUGAAAUCCGAGCGGUGUUUGUAAGCCAAAGCAAUACCUGCCUGGAGCCUCAUAGUCUGCCACGUAUUUAGAGAGAACUGAACAUAUACAUUAAUGUUACAGGAUUACCUCAUAUGUCAGAUUUCCACGCGUACCUCUAAGGCUCAACAUCCAAAUCCUGUUCUGAAAUCGUCCGCAUUCCUGCUGAACAAAGCAAGAUUUAUGCAUCGUUACAGUUAAUUAGACUGUCAAAAUGAUUGCACGGCUCCCAGGAGUAAUAUCUGUGUCACAACCGAAGCACUGUUUAAGGUGUUAAAAUACAAUAAUGUGACCCUACCAUAUUUAAUUAUGGGAAUUAAAUUAGCAGUGUCACAUAUUCUGUGACUGUUUCAUAAAUGUCAAUGUAAAUAUUAAUAGCCUUGGCGGAAUGUGUGGUACUAGAAACUGUUAAAAAUAUUUGAGACAUUGUAAGGCCAUAGUAGAGAAGCAAUAGUAAUUAUUUUAGUUUUGGAUUUGUUUUGUCCUUUGCUGUUUUUUUUCCGUUUGUUUGUUUGUUUUGUUUCUUUGAUAAUAGCUUAGCAAGAUAAUGAAUAUUUUAAGAGGUUCUAUCAAAUUUGAAGCCUCUACUGCAGUAAGAUGUGCCGCAUUGGUAAUUAUAACAUUUAUCUUCAGUUCCAUCAUUACUGCCAUCUUACUGAGAUACUCUACGCAUGCAGGUUUUUUCUUGUCAUUCCCCACAAUCACUUUCUGCAAACAUAUUAUGGGCCUUGAUCUACACAAUGUAAAAGAAACAAAAUAUUAGCAUACACUUUUUUAUUUGCAUAUUGUUUAUCAUCAUUUUCAUGAGGGCAACUUUCUUUUAACCCCUUAACACAGUUACGGCGUUCUAUGCCGUCCCCAUUAUAAUGAGCUUUAAAGCCAUUGGCUUUCUCCCCCAGGAGCUCCGGUGGACUUAUCUCCGCCGUGAUCCUCUUCAGGAGGACUGCCUGACAGCCCAGGCUGCCCUCCUUCGGCAAACAAGGCCCCCUAUAGCUAGCUGUGGAUCUGCCUGCAGGGAGACUGUCUGGGCUGUCAGUCCCCCUGCUGGUGGGAAGUAUGAAAAAAAAAAUGAAACAUGUUUAAAAUUAAAUAAAUGUGUGUGUAUAUAUAUAUAUAUAUAUAUAUAUAUAUAUAUAUAACAUUAUAGGUAGUGUAUUUUAAUGUUAAUAUAAUAACAUAUAUUAGUAUUAAAAUACACUUAGAAUGAAGUUACAUUUAUAUAAGAUAUAUAUAUAUAAUACAUACGUAUAAUUACAAUAAUGAAUAAAUAAAAUAUUUUAAAAAAAUUUAAAUAAAUUAUGUAUACAUAUGUAAUUUCAUUCUAACUGUAUUUUGUUAUUAAAAGCUUGAGGGUAUCGGGCUGAAACGUUGACACUUUGGAUGUUUUAGUGAAGGUAAUAAAAGUUAAUUUUUACAAGUCCCUGGAGUGCUAUCUUUGGAACUUUUUUUGUAUUUUGGCUGACAAGCACCGGGCAUCAAAUCAUUUAAAAGGUGGAGUGCAAGAUUUUUUCUAUUUUUUAUAUAUAUAUAUAUAUAUAUAAAAAAUACACUUAGAAUGACAUUCUAUAUAUAUAUAUAUAUAUAUAUAUAUAUAUAUAUAUAUAUAAUACAAAUAACUGCAAAUUUUUAUAUAUAUAUAAUUACAUUAAUGAUUACAUAAGUAUACACGUAGAAUUUAAAUACAUAUAUAGGUAUGUAUAUUAAAAUUCAACGUGUAUAUUUAAGUAAUCUUUUAGCAUAAUUAUGUGAUUUUUAUUAAUUAAAAUUUGAUUGACAUGCCUGACAACCCAGGCUGAAAGUGCAGGGAAUGUAAUUCGCAAGCACUAUAUUUAACCCUGUAACUUUCCAAGACACCAUAAAACCUGUACAUGGGGGUACUGUUUUACUCGGGAGACUUUGUUGAACACAAAUAUUAGUGUUUCAAAAUUGUAAAUUGUAUUACAACAUUGAUAUUUUUAGUAAAAGUUAAGUUUUUGGCAUUUUUCACACAUGAACAGCACUUUUACUGACGAUAUUAUUGUUGUAAUACGUUUUACUGUUUGUGUUCAGUGAAGUCUCCCAAGUAUAACGGUACCCCCUAUGUACAGGUUUUAUGGUGUUUUGGAAAGUUAGAGAGUCAAAUAUAAGGCUUGCAUUUCUUUUUUUUCACGUUGAAAUUUGCCGGUCUGGUAAUGUUGCCUUUGAGAGCGUAUGGUAGCCCAGGAAUUAGAAUUAUCCCCAUGAUAGCAUACCAUUUGCAAAAGUAGGGAACCCAAGGUAUUGCAAGUGGGGUAUGUCCAGUCAUUUUUUGCUUUUUUUACACAAAAAACAAUAUGAACGCUAACUUUGGCCAGUGUUUGUGACUAAGUGGCUACUAAAAAAGACUGGACAUACCCCACUUGCAAUACCUUGGGUUGUCUACCUUUGCAAAUAGUAUGCCAUCAUGGGGGUAAUUCUCAUUCCUGGCCUACCACAUGGUCUCAAAGGUAACAUUACUAAUCUGGCAAGUUUCAAUGUGGAAAAAUGGAAUGUGCUAUAUUUGACCCUGUAACUUUCCAAAACACUGUAAAACCUGUUAAAUAGGGGUACUGUUGUACUCGUAAGACAUUGCUGAAUACAAAUAUGUUCAUUUUAUUGCAGUAAAAGCUAACAGUAUUAUGACAUUUACAGCUAAAAUUUCAGGCGGAACUACAAAUUGUUUUUAAAAAUCUUAAUUUCUUAUAGUUUUUUCUAUUUUAUUCAUAAUAAAUUAUGUUUCAUAUAUGAAUAGUUCAUGAGAAAUUAAAGCCCUGUUUCUCCUGAACAAAACGAUAUAUAAUAAGUGUGAGUGCACUUAAUAUGAAAGAGGUGAAUUACGGUUGAACAGACAUAUAGCGCAAAUUCCAGUUUUUGUUUACAUUAUGUUUUGAUCAGAAAGUGUACAAUUGACUCCGUCCUGAAGGGGUUAAAUUGCUUUGUACUCCUUCAGAAUGUUUACAUUUUUUUUUUAGAUCCAUAUCAGAGUGUAUUGUGUUUCCCACUUAGGUUCUGAAAGAAUACAUGGUCCUUUAAAAAAUAAAUAACAUAAUUAAAAGACAUACUCCAAUAAUGAUUAAAAUACAUGUACCCCAAUCACCAGAUACUACAGACAAUAAUGUGAGCGAUAUCCAUUGAGCUGGUGUUGUUGUUAUUGUUGUUAUUAUUAUUAUUAUUAUUAUUAUUAUAGAAGUAAUAUUGCACGUGCAUGUUUUUACAGUUGUUAACAGGGCUGAAACAAUUUUUUUUUAUUUUUUUUUAUAUAUACAUAUAUAUUUACCUGCUUGUGUAUACAGUGUGUUUUAUUUCAUCUAUCUUCACUCCCCAUAGCAACCUUGUACAAGCACAAUCUACCAAAAACCAGUAAGGCAUGUCCGGAAAUCAUUCCUUAAGACAGAAAAUGUAUAACAAGAUUGUAAAUAUUGCUUGCAGCAUGUAUUUGUGUAGUAACAUGAUAGUAUAAUUGAACUUAAAUUCAUACCUUAAGAAAGGUUAUACAAAACUAAAACAUGGGCUCUAAAGAACUGAGAUUGCACUGUUUUCAGGUUUUUAAAACCAGUUUGAAAAUUAGAGUAAAUUCAUUUAAUAUUUUGUAAUUCUUAUAGUUUCGUAAGGUAAUAGAUUCAUGCAAUGUCUCUCUUCUAGAUUUCUAAAAUUGAAGAGAAGAAUCUUCUCUGGUGUUUGUGUUUAAAGCUGUAAUCUGCUAUGCCAUACUUAAAAUAUCUGUUUGUAUGCAAUUGUUAAUAAUUGUUCAGUAUCCUGUUCACAUUCAUGUGCCAGCAGUAUAAAAUAAAUUAUCGGUAUACCACUGAUGUUAAUCUGUUUGAGACGUAGGCCUAGGACACAUGAUGUACUCAAGGGCAUUGGUCUGUCCCCCUUAUCCCAUGUGGCAUCACUGAUGCAAAUGUUUGAAGAUUUUAAUACAUGGGUGGACGUGCAGUGGUUUUUGCUCUGUUUGGGAAUUGGGUAAUGUCUUGUUAGGUAUCCAAGGCUUUGAUGCCAAAUGCCUCUUCCAGAGUCCAAACGUAUACUUCAGUAUAUUUAAUAUUUAUACGUAGCAGAUAAAAAAAAAAAAAAAGCAGAACUGGAAGUGACAGUUCUUACUUCAUUAAGCCCAGUAAAUGCUAUUCCUGUAAUUACUGGGGCGAAUAAUGCAGCAGAGGACAAUAAAAUUAUAUACUGUAUAUGUGUACUGUGGAUUUGAUACCUCAGUUGUCCGGGUAUGUAAUGGAGAAAUGUUGUAGGAAAACAUGCACGCUCUGGAUUUCCACAGCAGUGCCAUACGCCUGUAUGCUUCAAGCGUACAGCACUGCAUGGGUUAAUUAAUGUACAUAGUUUGCCCGGCAGAAUAUGUAAGAGAAAAGAAAGUAUGAAGAAUUGUAAAAUACUUUUAUCAAAGCCAGUAGCUAACUUUUAGUUAGCUAUUAGGUUGCACUAAGAUCACAAGCACAUCAGUUUGUCCCUUUGUUUCUUACUAUUUUUGUUUUGAAAUCUGUCUCAGGUGUUUUUUUUAUACACAUUAGAAAAGUAUGGAUUACUUUUUAUUACUCGGACCGUGAUUUUCUGCAUUCUUAUGUUGACCGUUUCUUUGCAAAGCCCAUUCAUCCACAUUCCACCAAUCAAAGGGAUUUACUUACCACUGUCCUGAUUGGCCUCUUGCAAGGUCUGACACAAUGGUGGGCAUGUUUACUGUGUAACAGUGUUUUGUUGUAAACUAACAUUCAGUUUAAAUGAUGAACGCUCGUGUAUUCAAGUAACAGCUUUCCUGUGUCUGUCAAAAGCAAUUCUCUUCAUAUGUAUAUACAGAUAUUAAAUAAUGGGCAUCUUUUACACCAAACCAUUUGUCAUUUCCAGCCUUUUUACUUUGCAUUCCUCCAUGCAUAACUCUAUAACAACUUGCGCGGUGGCCUUGAUACCUUCCAUUCACAUGAUCACUAAAUAACUUACUGAAAGUAUUAUAAAAUCCUGGAAACAAUGAGGGUUUUGCUUAGUUGACUUGGUCCUCCGUAAAUCAAACAUUAGAAUGACAACACUGCCAAAUAACAAAGAACAGAAGCAGACUAGAUCAGUGUUUGUGCCAACUUUAGUUACAUUGAGUUUGCAAGCUGGAUUAGUAGUGUGAUAGAGAGCCUGGCCGGGAGUGUUGACAUGAAUUAAGAGUAAAUGUUUGGCUGAAGAUCGCUUGAAAUGGCUGCGCAAACUUUCCAUAAUAUAAUGAAAACAAUUUGUAUUGGACGCUAGGGUGACGAGCUGGGUAAAAUAAUACGUUUAAUUUCCAACUACUACUGUGUUUGCUUUGUAAAUGAGUAAGAUGUUUAUCAACUGCAACCACAGGUAAACUAAAACUUUGCACUUUUCAAUAACGUCUACUGCCUUAACCCUUUAAGUAUGUAUGACAUGUCAUGAUUCCCUUUUAUUCCAGAAGUUUUGUCCUUAAGGGGUUGAUCAACUCUUUCAUUAACACACAUGCUGGUUUUCGUCUAACAUUCAAAUAGCAGUAAACGCUUCUAAUGUACUAUACAAGCAGUUUUAUAUCUUCACCAGUUCAGACCCAGGUGCAUACUUUAACCUGGCCUUCUAAUCCCUCACUCGGCUGCUCUAUUCCCUCGAUGGUAGAGAAUUCUAGUAGUUAAGUCCAUCGUCAGGAUCCACCCAAGCUCACUUUAACAGUUCCCGUUAGUGUUGGUGCCAAGAUUAAUCUAUGAAGUUAAAGGAGUAUCUGUUCUCUUUUGCCAGAUGUCUAUAAAAAGGGAAAAAACAAAACUAUUUUACUUUAUUCAUAUCUGAACAUAUUUGCCACGUUAGAGGCUGAUAAACCUGAUAGUACAAUCGUUCUAAAAAGUGUGGAAUUAAAGUGACACUAUAGUCACCUGAACAACUGCAGCUUAUUGUAUUUGUUCUGGUGAGUAUAAUCACUUCCUGCAGGCAUUUUGCAAUUAACACUGUUGUUUCAGAGAAAAUGUUUACAUUACAAUCUAGGGAUACCUUCAUUGGCCACUCCUCAUAUGGCUGCUGGAGGUGCUUCCUGGGGCAGUGCUGCACAGUGUGGCUGACAUUCAGUGUCUCCAGCCUCUGCAAGGAUACACUGAACUUCCCCAUAGAGAUGCAUUGAUUCAAUGCAUCUCUAUGAGGAGAUGAUGAUUGGCCAGGGCUGCGUUUGGCUCAUGCUGGCUCUGCCCCUAAUCUACCUCCUUUACCAGCACAGCCAAUCCAAUGCUUUCCUAUGUGAAAGCAUUGUGUUUGGCUCAGAUCAUCACUUCUGAUGCUGUCAGUCAAGCAGUCGGAUUAGGGGCAAAGCCAGCAGCAGCAGACUGGAGUAGAGAUAAGAUUUUACUAUAAUUAGGGGGCAAUGGGGAUCAGAAGGACUAGAUGGUGUUUUUAACACUAUAGGGUCAGGAAUACAUGUUUGUGUUCCUGACCCUGUAGUGUUCCUUUAAUAAUUAAUCUGAAUGUUAAGAUGCACAGUAAAGGGACGUGCACAUAUUUAUUGUUUGCUUGUCUGUGUCAGUUGACAAGCGAAGCUCUUCUUUCCUUCCGAAAUAUGCCUUUAUGCUAAAUGUUUUGGUCCUGUUUGAGAUUAAAAUGAACAGCAAAACAUCUCCCAAAACAAAGCACUUUACAUAAUUACAUUGUAUGUAAUAAGAAACUAAUGAUUUUUUUUUAAAUAUUGCACCUGUGCUAAUUACAAAGUGACACUUGGGUCGGAGCGUUUAAGAAAACUACCUGUUUAAACCCUCUCAAAUACUUGGAAAAAAAUUCAAUGGAGUUACUCAAAAAAGAAGUGACAUAGUAACAGAUCAGGCCAUGUAUGGUUGCUUUAUUUUGUCAUGAAGACUUUUGUACAUAGACUGUUAAUCCGUUUGUUUCUAAAUCAUUUGUUAAUGUGAAGAAUACGUGGUGGUUUGUGAAAUGAUGAUGAUCAUCUUAAUUGCUGUGUUUGAAGUGUCCAACUGUUUUUUGCAGAUCAAUUGACACAGUUCUCAGCAGUGCAGUGCAAGCCCUUUCUGUCAUAGAUUCCCACCUUGUGGAACUUGAAGGAGAUACACUUUGUCUUUAUGGGUCAGGGGCCCUGGAGUCAUUGGAUAGGACUUGGAGUGUUCAGACUUCGGGGUCAGUCUGCACCGUCUCUUUUACUUUCGUAAAUUUUGAUGAUAUAGUACAAGUUCUUCCAAAGCUGAGAAUCAAAUUUCCUAACGCUACGGUAAGAAUAAAGAAAAUGCAUAACUACAUAAAAUAAAUACAAUAAAUAAUAAAAUGUAAAGUAAUACAUCACUCCCUGGAGCGUCCUACAAUACACUAGCAUGGCCACAAAUAAGCCCACCCCUCAGUAGUGGCAGAGGGUACUGUUGCCUUACGUAUAUAUAUAUAUAUAUAUAUAUAUAUAUUUUUUUGUAUUUCUGGUUUUUACAUACACAAAAAAGUGUCAGCCAUCUUUGCGCCAUCAAUCGUAUGCAAGUGAUGUAUUGUCGUCAGAAGUGUAUACUGUUUACCUAUAUACCUACUGUUAUGUACAUUAUUAUGCUUUGUAUGUAAAAUUGUGCUGUCUUCUUGUGCAAUGUACUUUUAUAUUAUGCUAUAUAGUUUCCCAGUAUGUACUAAUUUCUUAUAAUAAUUUCUUAUAACCACUCUUUUUUAUCAUUUAAUUUAAAUAAGGUGCAUAAGUAAACAAAAUAAAUACAUAAAUAAAAAAAUAAUAAAUAAAUAAAUAAAUAUAUAUAUAUGUCAGAUAUUUGCCUAACAUGGCCAUUGCAGCAGGGGUGGAUCAUUUUCAAAUUCUGCUAAUAUGAGCUAUUCUUUUUUCGUUCCCUCCACCCAAAUCUGGUUAGAUAUAUACACUUGUUUGGUGUUCAAAAGACAACCUACCCUUUUAAAGGAUGUUAUGAUUAGUAGAAUUUAAACACUAGGCAUGCUUGUUUAAUGUAUUGGCAUGCCCUAACUUGCAUUUAAGUAAAAUAUAUUAAUGUUAUCAGCCUCUAUGCAUUAUUUUAAUAUAUGUCUUCUUUGCUGUUCGAGCAGUCACAAUACAUUUCCAACAAAUAAUUUUAUAAUCAGUGUGUUCUUAUAUGUUUCUUAUUUUAAUUAAUUGUUGUAUACAUGAGCAUAUUUCCUUUAUCUGUGAAAGACAUUCAGAUAUAUUUGUUAGAUUACACACACACACAAGGUUAUUGGCAUUCAGAUAUUAGAAAAUGUGUAGAGUAGCAGUAGUUAAUAACAGUGAAUAUUUAAAAUGUCAGCCUUUGCUUUAUGCCUGUGUUGUUUAGUGUUUUUUGUAUGUUUGUGUUUAAAUUUGAUUAGACAAGUCGAUGUAGGUUGGAGAGAUCCUAUUAAAUUAUUAACUAUACUGUAAAUAUGAGAUAUACAACUUCGAGAUCAGAACUGGCAACAUGUGAGACCCAAAAUGUUUUAACUGUACAGUCCAUGGUUGGUUUCCUGUCACUUGUGCUUUUGGAUCAUAACCCAUGCUUAGGUUUAAAAAAAAAAAAAGCUGUCGAUUAGAUGAGUCAGUAUGACUGCAGAGAUCCUAUUACAUUUUAAUAUUGUUAUUAUAUGCUUAAUAAGGCAUCUGGUAAUGGGCUGUCAGUUGACUGAUGUAAUAGCCUAACCAGUUUAUGAAUAGUUUAGUUGUGGGGUUGCUGCAUUGGAAGGGAGGAAUUAGUGGUGGUGAACCCAGAAUAUAAAUUUCUUAAUAAUGGUGCUGCUGUAGAGACAUGUAUUCAAAAUGCAUCUGAAUUGAACAAUUCAUUCAAUUCAUAGCUCAGUUUCAAAUUGUAUGAUGCUACAUUAAAUCACCUGUGCUAAACUGCAAAUUUAGUCACACUAAAAGGCCACAUUGUAAAGUACGCCAAGUAUCCCAACACUUAUUUUAAAAUGGGAGAUAAACAUGCUGACUACAAAAUCCACUGCCUAAACUGCUUCUACAGGCUAUGUGCUCACUAUUAUUAGUAAAAAAAAAAAAUCUGUCAAUAAAAGUAAUAGGUAUGGGGUGAAAACAAAGAAACGUUACCUGCGCUCUGGCCUAAAUCCCCAUGUGCAUUUAAACAAAAUGGAGGCUCUUUAGUUUCAUUCCAAUGGCCAUUUGAAUAUAUAAGCUCACCAGCCACGUCAAGGCAAGCCUCAAUAGGUAAGUUCCUACACUAGCCAUUAGAUAUGCUGUAGGAACUCACCUAUUGAGGCUUGCCUUGACGUGGCUGGUGAGCUUAUAUAUUCAAAUGGCCAUUGGAAUGAAACUAAAGAGCCUCCAUUUUGUUUAAAUGCACAUGGGGAUUUAGGCCAGAGCGCAGGUAACGUUUUCUUUGUUUUUACUAUGUAUUUUAAGCUGUUGGAUACUAAGCCACUGCUGCUGUAAGCGCGGUGCUUUAUCUUUGUGUUUGUAUAGGUAUGGGGUGGUCUGAUCCUUUUUAAAUUAUUUAAUAUUGCAAAUGUUAUUUUUAUUAGGCAUCUGGUCAUGAGAAUCCAUUGCGCCAAGUUGAAAUCUAUCAACCUGGGUGUCUGCUUUCUGAUACAAAGCUUAGGACAUGUUCGUGUUUACUCCUGUUACCUGUUUGUGUUUAUACCUUUAGUCUUACUUAGGGAACUUGGUUACGGUUCUCCAAGUGGCCACACACAAUAGAUGAUUGAUAUGACCUUUAUUUACUUUGUGAUUAUUGGACUUGCUACCUUAAUUAAACAGGUUUGCUAAUCAUUUAAUGUUUCUAUUUUUGUUGACUCACAGCACCUAAAAUUUAAAGAGACCAAUUUGAGCACCCUACAUCAGUUCAAUGCCUUGUCUCACCUACGUCGGCUUGAUCAGUUGACUUUGGAUCCUCAGGGAAACCCUGUUGUUAACUUUAGUUUGUGGAAAUUCUAUGUUCUUUUUAGACUGAACAACUUCAACAUACAGAAAAUUAAUGAUGUCGAGGUAAGAAGAAUCAAGGAAAACCAAAUAGAAAUAAUAAUAUCUACUGUUUACUAGUACACAAUACUAUACUCUUUAUAACAAAAGGGUCGUGUGUGGUCAUCAAAAGGUUCAUACUGUGAAUUUCAAACUUUUACUGCACAUAAGAUUUUAUUCACUGAACAGUGAGUUUUAGUGAAUUGAAAACAAUUGCAAAUCAGCUGGUUUUCUACAUUUUGCAAUUAGUUUUUAAGUCAGCAACGUAAAUUGUUUGCUUAAAGGAACACUGCAGGGUCAGGGACACAAACAUCUAUUUCUGAUCUUAUUGUGUUAAAACCACUAUUUAGGUGGCUUGCACCCUCCUCACCCCCUCCCCCUUCCUUCGCCUCCUUAAAAGCUAAUAAAACUUACCGUAUUUUGAACACUUCCUGCGCUGGCCACGCCCCAGAUCCGCCUCCUUGGUGACAUCCUCAGAAUAUAUGAUUUCAGCCAAUCCAUCUAAGGAGUGGCCACUGGAGGUGUCCCUAGGGGGGCAAUGUAAACACUGCUUUUUCUUUGAAAAGGCAGUGUUUGCAUGAAAAAGCCUGCAGUGAAUGAUUAUACUCACCAGAACAACUGCAUUAAACUGUAGUUAUUCUGGUGACUAUAGUGUCCCUUCAAUAAACGUCUUACAUAUACUGAUGGUUUUUAAGGUAAAGGCUCUACGACACCUAGACAUAUGUAGGUUUAUUCACAAAACAACAGAUUGUAGCUUUUUGAAAACUAAUUGCACAAUUUUGUCAAAAUUGCUCAUUUAAAAAAAUAGAAAAAAGAUAGAAACUAAACAAUUCCUACAUAGGUCUCUAAUUUAAUAUUUUCAGAUAAGCUUUUUAAAUGAUUUACUAUUUUUGGGUACACUUUUAAAAUAUUUUUUUUUUCUAAAAUAUUAAAAUAUCAAAAUAUAUAUAAAAAAUAUCUAAGUAUUAAAACAUUUUUAAAAAUAUUCAAUAUUUUGCAACGUUUAUCCAAAUAUAUUAAUCAUUUGUAAAGCUUGACCAAAAAUUGAGGCCUAGUUAGAGCUUUGAUAUGUUUUUAUGUAAUAACGGGGUUAUUCAGUAAACACCGUCCAAAUUGUCCAAAUUACCAAAUUCCGACCACAUUGACAAUUUUUAUAUUUACAGUCGCAAUUCAGUUGGCCCAAGCAUAUCAUUAUCAAUUGGCCGGAUGCAUUUGGAUUAGCAUCUAAACACUAUACAAAAAAUAGGACCAAAUGCAUCCAGUAGAAUGUCCAUUUGCAACUAAUCAUUUACCUAGUGGAUUUUUAACUAUUUGCCUGCUUGCUGUUAGCGGGCAAAUGGUUUUGCUUUAUUUAUUUAUUUAAACAUUUGAAACCUGGGCUUAAUUUGAAACCUCCAGACCAGAUUUGCAGGAAUUGAUCUGAAUUUCAGCCAUCCGGCAGCAUUUGGUCUGGCUGAAAUCUUGACCAAACCAACACCAUUCACAGACCUUGUUGAAUAGCAUGAACAAGGUCUGGAUUUUACAAUCUGAAUGACCCCGGACUUUAGUGAGUAACCCCUUUAAUGUUAGUAUUGGGUUUUGAGUUCACCAUAUUUCACUGUUUGGUGACUAAACCCCAUACUAGUGAAUGUGAAACAUUCUGCUGGUAUAUAAAUGGUGAUAGAUGACUUGGACACAUACUGAUGGAUUUAAUCAUCCAGCUUCCACAUCACAGUUUUGCUUUAGUGCAGAUGAAGGGGAUUUUGACAAAAAGUAACAUAACUUGUUCACAUGUUCCUUUGCUGUUUCUUGGACACAUUGUGGAUAUUCCACAUGUGAUCUGACUUCCAAAUAGUCUGAUAUUGAGUCUCCUUCUCUCUUUUCGAAGGGGAAAAAUAGUUAUAAAUAAUAUAUAUGUGUGUGUUUUCUUUUUGUGUUUUUCUGUAGUCAACUGCCCAUAUAAACCCUGUUCAUUAAUAAGGUUGUGUGUAGCCGAAUUAGUGUUGGAACUCCCCACAAGCUUUAAGUACAUUCUGUACAUUUGCUGGGUACAAUAACCACACAUUAUAGUCAAACUUAAAACCUGUCCCAACAGUCCCAUAAUGCCAUGCAAUUUAUCAAAAUGGUCAAAACAAAUGUUCCACUUUUUUGUUUCCCAUAGAAACAGCCUGGUAAAUCAUUCAUGAUGGUAGAAAUCUGUAAUUAAAUUUUGUCGUGAGAAACUGAAACUAUUUAAACUUAUUGAUUGGUGUCUAGAAAAACAAACUGGUAUGGCUGUACAGAUAAAAAUCAACUUUGCAGGUUUGAACUGACUUGAUACUGAUAUUUCCUUAUCAAUUAACUUUGGUAAUGUAUUUAUGCAUCAUUCAGGACAAUGAUUUUACCCAGAAAUGUAAUUCACUAACCAUAAUCCUACAACAUAACAAUGAGUAUUGAGGCAGUAUUUGAUAGACCAUUUAUUAAAAAUGAGGGAUUGUUACCUGGAAACAGUUCUUAUUGGCACACAUAAGUAGAAAGGCUGAGACUAUAAAGUCUAUUGUUUUGUUAACACUUCAUAUUUUCAUAUUUUGAUACAUUCUUUUAACAGGUUACUCAGAAUGACAUUAUUAUGUCGGAGAAAUUAUUUGGUAUCCUUGCCUACAUAGCAUCGUCCAAAUUACCACAAUCUAAACUUCUUGCAAUACUUGGCGACUUCAGGUAAGUGACUAGAUGGAUUGUUUAGCAUGUUCAGCCCAGCAUUAUGUAACUCGGCAUACGGUUAAAUUAAAGUGACUCUCAACACAAAUAAAGUUUUCCUAAUUUGCUUCUAUAUAGCUCCGUGUGUCUGCAUCUCUUUUUAUUUUUUUCCUGAGUGUUCUAGCUUUCGAUUGAUAGAGAAAGAAAAGUAGGGAUUACCUUUCUUUAUGUAUUGCAGUCAGACAAAACUUGCCAAGGGCAGUGCUUAGACAAGGCUAAUGUUACAGUUGCCAAUCAAAUUUACCACCAAUCCUCACUAAAAUAAAGAAGGGCAAACAGCAGACAUUAUAGGCAGACUAGAACACAAUGGCUGUGUCCAGGUAUUGAGAAACAAUAAUACAUAUAAAUAAAGGCAGGUGGCAAGGGGGAUAGUACAAUCAUUAAACACAGGGGGCAUAAGGUAAGGGGGAAAAAAAUUGCGGGGCAACUUUAUUGAUGAAUAUUCUGAAAUGUAUCAUGGAGACUGUAGUCACUGCUUCAACCGGGGUCAUGUAUCAGGAAGACAAUUUGUUCUGUUAUCUUGUCCUUAAUAUCUAAUAUACUUUGAUAGAUGGCAUUAUAGGCAAGCUGUUGAAAGUUGCAGAGGAUUUUAUUUACUUUUGAGUAUCUAAGUUCAAUUACCUAUUCGGUGAAUGCAGUCUUCAUCUUACUGAUCUCAAAUGUAAAAUCAUUAGGUAGAAAUAAUUUAUCAUGCCUGUUACUAGAUAUGUAACCAGAGCAAAAGUAUUGUCUGACUCAGUCAUAAGCUUUAAAACACUCAUGAUAAACUAAGAGGCCAACACAUUUAACUGCAAUAGAAAAUAAAUGUUUACAUGUUCUAUGCACUGAUCAGCCACAACAUUAAAAUCAAUGACCGGUGAAGUGAAUAACAUUGAUUACCGUGUAUAAUUAUAACAAUGGCACCUAUUAAGGGGUGACAUAUGUUAGGCAGCAAGUGAUCAGUCAGUUCUUGAAUUUCAUGUAUUCGAAGCAGGAAAAAUGGGCAAGCGAAAAAAUCUAAGUGACUUUGACAAGACCCAAAUAUUGAUGGCUAGACUAUUGGGUAAGAGCAUAUCCAAAAUGGCAAGUCUUGUGUGGUGUUCCCGGUAUGCAGUGGUUAGUAUCUACAAAAGUUGUCAUGUGAGGAGCGAAUGCUGGCCUGUCUGGUCCGAUCACACAGAAGAACUACAGUAGCUCAAAUUGCUAAAAAAAAAAAACCUGGAAACCUUGGAUCCUGGCAUUCGUGUUGAUGUUACUCACCUACCUAGAGAUUGUUGCAGACCACCUACACCCUUUCAUGGCAAUGGGGUUCCCUGAAGGCAGUGGCCUCUUUCAGAAGGAUAAUGUAUGUAUGCUCAGGAAUAGUUUGAGGAACAUUGUGAUGAUUGUGACUGAGUACCUGGGCCAAGGUUGUCUCUUUCCCUGGAACAGGAUAGCUAAAGUGACUUUAGUCAUGUUCCCAAACAUCAGCCGAGGCUUGAUGAAGGCUAAUUACAGACAUACUUUAUUUAACAAACUCGCACAUAUUUAUACAGGCAUUCAUUCCCAUGAGGGGAUCAUCAACCUAAACAAUACAAACCCACCCCAACUCCUCAGUGUCUCGGAAAUAACUCUAAUUUAAUUAACUACCAGGGCACCUUACAAUAGCAUCCUCAAAACAUAUGGUUCCCCAUACAUUAACCCCAAGUGCCAUAUAUCCCCAGAGAAGGUUCUGAGGUACAAGGUGUCCAAAUACAAAUUGGAUCGGAGGUGCGUAAUCCGAGCAAUCACUGGUUAAAGUUUGACUGGGCCACGGCCAUCCUUUAAUCCGUCACAGAGUUCCAUGCUGCUGUGUAGUAAGCUCUGGUCUCAAAUAAUGAUUUUCAAGGGCACCAUAUCAGGGAUCUCCCAAAAGUCUUUGGUAUCCCAGGAUGCCUCAUCAGGUCCCCAAUCUCCCUUCCAAGUAGCGCUCUGUUUAGUGGUCAUAGGCCCUAAUUUCCAGAUAGGAAGUGGGUUAGGUGUUCAAGGUGCUCUGUGGGGUUGUAAGUGAUGGUACAAUGGGGGGAAAUGAGCAAGCACUUUGAGCUCUUUUGGGAGAGUUUACCAGGCAUGACAAAGAGUUUAAUUUAAUUGAGCUGUGGGAUGUGCUGGAACAACAAAUCUGAUCCAUAGAGACCUCAUCUUGCAACUUGCAGGACUUAAAGGCUCUGCUUCUAAUAUCUUGAUGCCAACUACCACAGGGCAUGUUCAGAGGUCUUGUGGAGUCCAUGCCUUGACUCAAAGCUGUUUUGGCAGCACAAGGGUCACCUCCACAAUAUUAUGCAGGUGGUUUUAAUUUCGCUGAUCAGUGUAGUCUUUAUGUGUAUCGUUUUGUAAUGCAUAUCUAUAUAUAUAAGUAAAUACCUUCUUUCAGUUGAUUUAAUGGCUUGCACUUGCUUUACAUGAGCUGCCAUCUUUAAGUGCUCUUUGUCCUGAACCUCCCUUAUCCAAGUCUUUGCAGUGUCCUGGGAGAUAUUAAAUCUUGACAUCAUACACAAGUACUAUGCAUCAUGAAAGCAGACUCAUAGUAAAUUUGCUGUCUAAGCUGUCCUAUCUGUGUGGAUAGCGACAGAGUGCAAACACUGCAUUAUUUCAAUGUCAGCAAAGAGGCCUCGGCUUCUGUCAACUCUACUCAAAUGGUUUGACAUAAACUAGAUGAACUGCCACCAAUUUACUAUUAGCUGUAGUGGUUAUAGUGCUUUGAUUGUCCCUUUAAUGCUGAACAGUAUGGCUCACUUGUAUUAAUGAAUUAAUGCCAACUCAAUCUGAAAACACUUAAAAUGAGUUUAAAUCUUUCUGAACUUGCUAACAAAAUGAAAGUUAAGAAUGUUUUAUUGGUGUCAGUGUUGUCAUUUGGCACUUGAUGCACUAGACAUUUAAAGUUGCCAAAGAAAAAUGCUAUUGUAGAUUCGCUGUGUGAAAUGCUGUCAUGCUGUUGAUGCACAUGUCUUUUUAAAGAAAGAAACCGUUCAAUCAAUUUCUGGAGGGGAAAUCUAAGAAGUAUCCAGCAGCAGGCGAUGAAAGUAAUGACUACCGGAAGUUGGGAGGAGAUAUCCCAAGCAGAGCGGCAUUGCAUUACCUUCCUCAAGAUCUGCUCAACGAGAAACUGGAGGUAAUAGUGUGUUUCUGCUUUCUAUAUUUCUUUCCUUGAAUUACAAACACCACAUGGUAUCUUAAAUUAAGCUUUCAUCUUGUCACUUUUUAUAAUGUACUUGACAACCUAUAUAGACUAUUAAAGUUCACUUGUCAUGCCUGAAAUGACACAGUGAUGCUUUAAAGAUCAUAACAAUUCAUCUGUACAUUGAUCUAGUCAAAUUAUUAUCAACUUUUAUAUUAAAGAUUUUGAACAUUUUACAUACAAUAAUAGCAAUAAAAAUGUAAAAGAAAAAAAGGGUUAGUCAGGGGUGCUGUGUGUGGAUUGUGUGAGGGGUGCUGUGUGUGGAGUGUGUAAGGGGUGCUGUGUGUGUGUGAGGGGUGCUGUGUGUGUGUGAGGGGUACUGUGUUUGUGUAAGGGGUUCUGUGUGUGUGUGUGAGGGGUGCUGUGUGUGUGUGGGGGGGAGUUAGGGGUGCUGUAUGUGGGGCGUAUGGGUGUUGUGUGUGGGAGGGGCGAGGGGUACUGUGUGGGGUGGGGGUAAAGAUACAUAAAAAAAAAAAAAAGAUAUAUUAAAUCUGUAUCCCGCCUCCCUUCUUCUUACCUUUGGUGAAGGAGGGGCACAGCCAGCCCUGGUGGUGGUAAGUAUAUGUCUGCGAAGCAGCUCUCCCCUCCUCCUGUUGCCAUGGUAACGCUCCACACAGAUCCCUCCCCCUGCCUCCAGGUCCUCCCGACAGAAAGCAGAGUAGGUGCCUGCCGUUUUGGGCAGGCAGGUGCCUACUUUGCAUUGCUGCACACAUCCAGUGGCCCCUUCCCUCGGCGACCUAUGGCCGUGUGCCCACAGAGAGGGCCCGGCAUUCCACCUGUGGCACGCGUGCCAUAGGUUCACCAUCACUGGCAUAGAGACAUGUCUACAAAUGCUCGCCGUUUAGGGAAUAAGAUCUAUGAACUUGUAACAAUAAUGGCAACUGAUACUGUAGAUUUAGUUGCUGUUACUGAGACAUGGUAUAAUGAGAAAAAUGACUGGGACAUAACAAUACCAGGGUACUCUUUAUAUAGAAAAGACAGGGAAUGCAAGAAAAGGAGAGGGGUGGCCCUGUAUGUGAAGGAUAACAUAAAAUCUAGCCUAAUAAAUGUUAGUGAGGCAAACAUAGAGUCCAUUUGGGUUAAAUUAGAAUUUGGUAAUCACACAGUAACUCGUGUAGGUGUGAUUUAUAAGCACCCAGGACAAAUAAGUUAGAUAAUCUAGUAGUUGAGGACAGUGGCGUACACAUGACCCAUGGGGCCCCGGUGCGAAAAUUGAUCCGUGGGCCCCCUCCGGCGCGUGGGCCAGGCCGCAACACAUGGCGGUGGGCACCUGGUCGCAGGGGUUACAGGGCUGCGACCCCUGCGACCGCGGUAUGUACGCCAGUGCAUGCAGAUGCACACACACUUAAAGGACAACUCUUGGCACCCAGACCACUUCAGCUUAAUGAAGUGGUCUGGGUGCCAGGUCCAGCUAGGGUUAACCCAUUUUUUCAUAAACAUAGCAGUUUCAGAGAAACUGCUAUGUUUAUGAAUGGGUUAAGCCUUCCCCUAUCCUCUGGGCUGUCUCAUUGACAGCCACUAGAGGCGCUUGCGUGCUUCUCACUGUGAUUUUCACAGUGAGAGCACGCCAGCGUCCAUAGGAAAGCAUUAUCAAUGCUUUCCUAUGUGACCGGCUGAAUGCGCGCGCUUGCGCGCAUACAGCCGACGGGGAGGAGAAGAGGAUCGGAGGAGGAGAGCUCUCCGCCCAGCGCUGGAAAAAGGUAAGUUUUACCCCUUCCCCUUCCAGAGCCGGGCGGGAGGGGGUCCCUGAGGGUGGGGGCACCCUCAGGGCACUAUAGUGCCAGGAAAACGAGUAUGUUUUCCUGGCACUAUAGUGGUCCUUUAAAGGACCACUACAGACACCCAGAUCACAUCAGCUCAAUGAAGUUGUCUGGGUGUCAGGUCCCUCUAGUUUUAACUCUGCAGUUGAAAACAUAGCAGUUUCAGAGAAACUGCUAUGUUUCACUGAGGGUUAAUCCAGCCUCUAGUGGCUGUCUCACUGACAGCUGCUAGAGGACCACACUGAACGUCCAUAGGAAAGCUUUGAGUAAUGCUUUCCUGUGGGCGGUUUGAAUGCGUGCGCGGUCUCAUUCGGAGCUGAGAGGCUAAGGGAUCCCCAGCGCCAAGGGAGUCCGGCGCUGGAGAAAGGUAAGUGCUGAAGACACACACACUCUCACUUACAGACGCAUACACGCUAGCUAACAGACACACACAUUUACUGACAGAGACACACUCAGCGACAGACAUACAUACACACUCACACACUCACUUACAAAACAUACACUCUCAUUGACAAACACACACUCACUAACAGACAUCAAACAGACUCAGUAAGACACACACUCUAACACUCACUCUAACACUCACUCUAACACUCACUCUAACACUCACUCUAACACUCACAUUAACACUCACUCUAACACUCACUCUAACACUCACUCUAACACUCACACUAACACUCACACUAACACUCUAACACUCACACUCACAUUCUAACACUAACACUCACACUAACAUUCAUUCUAACACUCACACUCACUCUAACACUCACUCUAACACUCACACUCUAACACUCACACUCACAUUCAUUCUAACACUAACACUCACACUAACAUUCAUUCUAACACUCACACUCACUCUAACACUCACUCUAACACUAACACUUUUUAAACAUUUUUUUUAUCCCCCCAGCCUCCUUACCUUUUGGAGUGCUGGGGGGAUUCCCUGGGGUCCAGUGGUGCUGCUGGGCUCCUUGGCGGGUGGCCGGUCGGGCAGGCGGGCGCGCGAGGGAGCACUCACUGCUUCCUCUUCAGCUCCCUUGCGCGCCGCGUAGGGAUGUCGGCGCCGGAAGAUGACGUCAUCUUCCGGCUCCGGUAUCAGUGCGGUGCGCGAGGGAGCUGAAGAGGAAGCACUGAGUGCUCCCUCGCGCGCCCGCCUGCCCGACCGGCCACCCGCCCAGGAGUGUGUGUGUGACAGCAGGGCCAGCCUCGGGGGGCCUGGGGUGGCCGGCUCCUGGGCCCCCCAGGAGAAGAGGCUGGCCCUGUGGCUACAUACCGGGUCGCAGGGGCGACCCCUGCGACCCUGGUAUGUACGCCACUGGUUGAGGAAAUAGCUAAAAUGACAAUGAAGGGGGAAGUUAUCAUCAUGGGUGACUUUAAUAUUCCUGAUGUGAACUGGAAAACCAAAUUAGUUGCUUGUGCCAGGAGCACACAUAUUUUAAACUCCCUACUGGGAUUAUCUCUUAAACUAGUAGUUGAGGAGCCAACUCGUUAAGAGGUUGGAGAGUUAACAAAUGGAGAUUUGGUAUCCGAUAUUACUGUAGGUGAAAGUUUAGGAUCCAGUGAUCAUCAGUCAGUAUGGUUUAAUAUAAGAACAGUGACUAAGUCACACCACACAAAAACAAUAGUUUUAGACUUUAGAAAAACAGACUUUUCAAAAAGUAGAAUAUGUGUAAAGGAGUUAUCAGACUAGAGCAGUUUAGAUGGAGUCCAGGAGAAAUGGGAUUAUUUAACUCCUUAAGGACCGUGGAUGUACUAGAUACGUCAGACAAAAACGGUCCUUAAGGAACGCGGAUGUACCGAGUACAUCUGCAGCAAAUUAGUUACUUACCUGAUUGUCACCGUUCCCCCGCCUGCGAUCGGUGUUGCUCCUGGUCUGGUGGGACUGCCUGCAAAUUAGGCCCCAUGCGGGCCAUGUUUCGCUCUGAAAGAACGAUUACAUGGCCGCAAUAGGCAUCCAUAGUGCUGCCUGCAGGGGGCCUGCCUGGGCUGUCAGUCUCCCUGCAUCUGUAAAAAAAAAAAAAUUAUGUUUAGUAAAAAAAAAAAAAAAGGCUAUAUAUGUGUAUGUGUGUGUGUGUGUGUGUGUGUAUAUAUAUAUAUAUAUAUAUAUAUAUAUAUAUAAAACUAUAUAUAAUGUGUUUGUGUGUGUGUGUAUAUAUAUAUAUAUAUAUAUAUAUAUAUAUAUAUAUAUAUAUAUAUAUUAGAAAAUAUAAAUAAUAAUUAAAUACAUUUUUUUUAAAUAAAACAAAAUUAUAAAUAUAUAGUAAUUUUAUUCUAACUGUAUUUUGAUAAUUAUAUAUUUAUAUCAAAAUACACUUACAAUGAAAAUAUAUAUAUAUCUAUGCAUAUAUGAAUAAAUAAAAAUAAUAAGCUAAAAAAAUAAGCUAAAAAUAUGUUAACAUUGGGUAUUUCUAAACGCAGAACAAAAUUUAGAAACUAUUUAGCCCGGGUGUUUUUGGGCGGUUGUAGGUGCGUAACAGAUUUUGGGGGCCAAGGUUAGAAAAAGUGUGUUUUUAAAAAAAAAAAAAAAUCAUGAUAUUUAUAAUUUUUUUUAUAGUAACUGAUAUGAUAUGAUAUGAUGAAAAUAAUGGUAUCUUUAGAAAGACCAUUUAAUGGCAAGAAAAACGGUAUAUAAUAUGUGUCGGUACAGCAAAUGAGUAAGAGGAAAAUUACAGCUAAACACAAACAGCACAGAAAUGCAAAAACAGCCCUGGUCCUUAAUGGUAAGAAAGUUGAAAAACGGUCUGGUCACUAAGGUGUUAAAAGUUGCACUGCUGAAGGCAACAGAAAAUUGCUUUAGGCUUGUCAGUAAAAAUCAAACAAUUUAAGAAAGCACUGUGGUACACCGCAAAUGUGUCCAAAAUAGUAAAAAACUGUUAGCAUUUAGUAAUUAUAUAAAAAAAAACAGAGUGAGGAAGACAGAAUGAUCUAUAAGAUUAGGCAGAAAGAGGCUUAGCAAGUUAUAAAAGCUUCCAAAUCACACACAGAAGAGAAAAUAGCACAGUCAGUAAAAAAAGGGGACAAAACAUUUUUUAGAUACAUAAAUGAGAAAAGAAAAGUAAAACAAGGAUUAGUUAGAUUAAAAACAAAAGAAGGAAGGUAUGUAGGAGAGGAUAAAUGUCUAGCCGACUACCUCAGUUAAUAUUUUUGUUCAGUAUUUACAGAUGAAAAUUAAGGAAAUUGACCUAAGUUAGAAAAAAAGGACAAAUUAGUCAUUUGUUACAUUUGAGUUUACAGAAGAAGAUGAAGCCAAAUGGCUAGUGAUGUCCCGAACGGUUCGCCGCGGACUCAUCAUUGAGUAAACUUUGACCCUGUACCUCACAGUCAGCAGACACAUUCCAGCCAAUCAGCAGCAGACCCUCCCUCCCAGACCCUCCCACCUCCUGGGCAGCAUCCAUUUUACAUUCAUUGUGAAGCUGCAUUCUUAGUGAGCUGUCCAGGAGGUGGGAGGGUCUGGGAGGGAGGGUCUGCUGCUGAUUGGCUGGAAUGUGUCUGCUGACUAUGAGGUACAGGGUCAAAGUUUACUCAAUGAUGAGUCCGCGGCAAACCGUUCGGCGAACCGUUCGGGACAUCACUACAAAUGGCAAAUGAUUUAGGUAAACUAGAAAAAUAGUCAGAGUUGUGGUAGCUGACAUUUAAUGUGGAUAAGUGCAAGAUGCAUCUUUGGGCGUAAAAACCCAAGGGCAGAGUACAGAAUAUUUGAUAGAGUCCUAACCUCAACAGCUGAGGAAAGGGAUUUAGGGGUGAUUAUUUCUGAUGACUUAAAGAGCAGCAGGAAAUGCUAGCAGAAUGCUUGGUUGUAUAGGGAGAGGUAUUAGCAGUAGAAAGAGGGAAGUGCUCAUGCCAUUGUACAGAACACUGGUGAGACCUCACAAAGAGUAUUGUACGCAGUACUGGAGACCGUAUCUUCAGAAGGAUAUUUAUAGUUUAGAGAGAGUUCAGAGAAGGGUUACUAAACUGGUUCAUGGAUUGCAGGUUAAAACUUACAAGGAAAAGUUAAAAGGAUCAUAACAUUUAUAGCUUUGAGGAAAGACGAGACUGGGAGGAUAUGAUAGAAACAUUUAAAUACAUAAAGGGAAUCAACACAGUAAAGGAGAAGACUAUAUUUAAAAGAAGAAAAACAACAAGAGGACAUAGUCUUAAAUUAGAGGGGCAAAGGUUUAGAAAUAUCAGGAAGUAUUACUUUAAUGAGAGGGUAGUGGAUGCAUGGAAUAGCCUUCCAGCUGAAGUGGUAGAGGUUAACACAGUGACGGAAAUUAAGCAUGCGUGGGAUAUGCAUAAGGCUAUCCUAAUUAUAAGAUAAGGCCAGGGACUAAUGAAAGUGUUUAGAAAAUUGGGCAGACCUGAUGGGCCGAAUGGUUCUUAUCUGCCGUCACAUUCUAUGUUUCUAUGAUGGCUGCCUUUACCCAAUUGUCCUGAGAUCUCAGAAAUGUUUCCUACUACCAAGAACACCCUCAAGGUGUGGGAUAUUAUUUUUAAAGCUAUGAGUCUAUCCCCCAAGUUGAGAGCAAUGCCUUUAUCUAUUUCAAUUUAUCAUAUGUCACAAUUAGAUUUUAAUGUUUGGCAUUCCUAUUCUGUAUAUAAUUUGGAUGAAAUUCCCUCAUGUCAUGUGAUAAAUUGAAAACAAAAUUUUACUUAAUUCGAUUCUCUCAGAAUUUAUUAUGAUCUCUGAAACACUGAAAGAAGGUUUUAAUGGAUUUGGAUCGGGGAUACAACACAUUGAAAAUCUACUUUAGAAAAAAAGUAGAGGUACCGUUUGUGACAAUCACCUUGAGAAUCAGUAUAAAAUUCUCUAUAUAUGGCGAGAGCCUACGAUCUCCAAUAUCUAACAAGCAGUACAUUUUUUGGCAAUUUCGGCAAGAUAGUUCAUGGAGGUGUAAUAUACUUUGUGGAUAGCAGUUCACUUUAAGAUAACAUGUGGAUUGUGCUCUCCAUAGAGUUGGCUAAAGCAAUAUAACUUAUUUAAACCGAUAACAAAAAAUAUGUAUAAUUGUAGCUAUUAAGAUGAUAUAUUUAAAAUAAAUGGAGCAUAUAUAGGUCUUUAGAAGACAGCAGUGUAACAUACACAUUUUACUCUUUUUUAAAUGUAUAUAAAUAUUUAUAUUCAGUUCAUACUUGUUAGUUAAGUCAGACAUUUCCACUGCCUGAUAGCAUGUUUUCCUGUCUAAAUGUAAUCAUUAGAGUUAUUAAAUAUGCUUCUGGAGUGCUCUAUAAUGAGCGUGUGCAAUAAUCAGUGAAUUACGGCAUUCUUGAAACACGCGUGAAUUCUUUGUCUCAUUCUGUUGUUAGAACAUUUCACAGCUGGUUUCAUAUCUUACUUUGGGUUUAAAAACCCACAUUAAAAAGAAUAUCUGCCAAGUCCUGUUUCCCAUCAGCAAUAAAAUAGCAAAGUAAAUAUGAUUUGCCACUAAAAGCUCUGCUAAUGAGGAUCCCCAGUUGAGCUUGUUUGUGAAAAAAUAAGUUUCUCAUAGUAAUCAGCUGGAAAGGAUUUUCUGACUCUUAUCAAAUGAGUUUUUUUAUUUUAUGGUUAGCAUGGGUGACCCAAGUCAAGAUCUAAUGCUUUCAGGCAGAAAAAAUCCCAACUCAUUGUUUUGACUUUUCAUUAGCUUAUAAUGAUGUGAUAACAUGUAGCUCAGUAUUAAAUCAGUAUUUUCAGGAUAAUGUUGCUCUAUUUUUACUUCAAUUAUAUGUCACAGCUUGUUGUGACUUUACAUUUCCUCCAAGAAUUUGUUUACACAUAUAUCUGAAAUCUAUAUGUGAACAUGCAAGAAUGACCCACACUAAUUUUAGAUUGGUUGCUGUUUUUUUACUCUUUUAUUUUUCCCAUUCCUGAAAGUCCUGAGAAAAUUAGUUAAUGUUUUCUUCUAUAGGAUCACAUUUCUGGAGUUAUUAUUUGGAGUAAUUUAUUGUCAAUUAUUUUAUGUGUCCAAAGAUAUUCCAGGAAUGUGAUGAUAUAAAAGGCCAUUGCAAUGCAGAUCAACAAAGUUGCCAGUCCUACGAAGUCUGCAGGAAUGUGUUCACCUCCCACCCCCCAUGACCCGAGCUCCUUGUGGGAGGAUAUUUGCAGUUCUUCAGGGACACUUGGACCCGGUCUGUCUCAGAACGUGGCUGUGAUUUUAUCAGGUUACUAGCUGGACUUUCAGCACUGCCCUCCUCUGGAUUGGUUCCUGCUGUUUCAUCCUUCCUGUGACCCUCUCAGGGCUCAGACCUUUCUGGAUAUAUUCCUUCUUUGGGAUCAGGAACACAUUUUGAGUUCAACCCCAAACCCUGUUUGGGAACAUAAAGAAGAUACAUUUUUCUGUUCCCAAACAGGGUCUGAGGUGCAACUCAAAACCUGUUCCUGAAGCCAAUUAUGGAGAGAACAUCCAGCCAAUCAUGGAGCUCUGGUCCUUGAACUUGUUCCUCGGGGGGGGGGCACUGGAGGGCCAGUUCCUAAUAACUGUCAGUCUGACGCAUGCAUAAUAAUUGUAAUCUGAUCCUUCCAAAUCAAAACUUUUUCUUGUAGUUCACCUUUCAAGACUGGCCCUGCUUGGUGCUCUGAUGGCUGAUGCGAGCAUCUUUUCCAUUUGUCUCAUACUUGGACGAUCCUGAUACACAUGACUUCUUACAACCUGGCAGUCUAGUCUUGGUGUUGAUAAAGUACGGGUGAUGUAUCAACCUCUCAAAGAGCUCACUGGUGCCUGGUGUGCAAGUUUAUUUCCUGGCCUCCAUAGAAAUUAAGUGGUUCAUCCAGAAGUUCGGCUCUGUCUUUGAUGGCUUGUAGAUUGGUUGUUUGAUGUUUCAUUGCAGAUGUUUUCAAAUAAGAUCAUUGAGGCCUUACUUCAAACUUGACAACCUAUAACUAGAGAUGUCGCGAACUGUCUGCCGAACUGUUCGAGAACUGUCCGCUGGCGAACAAUAGCGUGUUCGCGUUGGGCGAACAUAUCCGAUUUCCGGUCCGCCCCCUAUACGUCAUCAUUGAGUAAACUUUGACCCGGAACCUCACAGCCAGCAGACACAUUCCACCCAAUCAGCAGCAGACCCUCCCUCCCAGGAAGUGUCUGCUGACUGUGAGGUUCCGGGUCAAAGUUUACUCAAUGAUGACGUAUAGGGGGCGGACCGGAAAUCGGAUAUGUUCGCGCAACGCGAACACGCUAUUCUUCGCCGGCGGACAGUUCGCGACAUCGCUACCUAUAACCAGUCGUUUUUACCACAAAGUAUGCCACACAUACCUGGCAUGCUGUUUUUUCUUGGUGGGUACCGUUGGAAAUCUUUUAAGCUUCCUUGCACUGUUGGACUCCUUCAAGAAGGAUUGGAUAAGUGUUUGGCCAGACAGAAAUACCUUGAAGACUCUAAAUUUCAGCUCUUUUAGGACUUGAAAUCCUUGGACUCUGAACAUGGUAUUCUAGGUGCUGUGUACUGUGCCAAUGCUUACUUAUAUUCACAUUUGUUAUCCUAGAAGGUCUUGAUUCUUCUGACAGUUUCCUCUGCAAUAAAUAUUUCUGAAGAUUUCUUUAGCUUGUGGGCCCCUUCUUUUUCCAAAGUGUUGCCUCUAAUUUUAAACCAAACGGUUGUUGUUCUUUCCUUUUGUCCUUCGUCUGAGAAGUAGAGGUUGUUCCAUAAUUUGGAUGUUGUUCAUGUUGUAAAGUAUUCUGCUGAGGCCUUUUGGCUAUCCUGGAAUUCUUCUUUGCUUGGUUAUUAUUCUUCAGCCUCAUUUUUGUCAAGUGGCUCCACUACAUGAUCCAGAAGGCAUAUACCCUAGCUAACAAGCCAGCUCCUGAGAGGAUUACUACUUCCUUUUUUACUAAAACCGUGGCUUCCUCGUGGGCCUUCCUCCCUAAUGUUUCUGUGGACUAAAUCAGCAAGUCAGACACUUGAUUGUCAUUGCAUACAUUUUCCAUUUUUUUUCCUUUUUGAUCUUUUUUUGUUUGUUGAUAGUUCCCAUGUAAUCACCGUCGCUAUCCACCAUACCUUUUGAGGUAACAAAACUUUUUUUUGUAAACUCAGAUUGAUUUCUACCUGUUUGCAUGCUGUUAAUGUAAGUAGAAAGCAUUGUAAACGAAGCUUGGUACAUAUUAGCUGUUAUGGGGUUUUGAUUAUCAAAUCCGCCUUUGGUGUCAUGGGGGGGAGGGGUAUCUGUAGUCUGACUGCCCUAAAGUGUGCAAUGUGUUUCUGAGCUCAUAUCUAGUUAACGUUUUUUUGUUCUCAGAUUAACUCUCAGCCUAAACAAAGUGGAGAUAUGGUUAAAGGAAACUGGAAAAAAACAUUUGAAUUAUGCUAACCCAAACCUUAGAAACCACUGGGGGGUUAUGUUUUAUUAAUACAGGCAGACUAGCUAGACUAGCUUUGGCACAUAACACGAAAAAUGAAUGAUUGAAGUCUGCAUUGGUAAACUGGAAAUCAGCAGUAUGUACUAUUUCCAAGCACCCAGAACACGAGAAUAAACUAGUAAACGAAAGUGACACAUAGUACAGGAAGCUACUCAAAACACAUACAGUUAUUCACUAAAGUGAAUUUCAAAUUUAGAGUCAAAACAGCCAGACUGGAAAAAUUAUUUAAGUCUAUACUUUCAGUGUGGUUAGACUGGGCUUAAGUGUAAAAUUCACUUUGAAUUCUCAUCUCGGAAAAUAACCCUGAUAAUAAUAAUAAAAAAAAUGUUUGCUGAGUAAGGUAAUGCAUUGCAUAGUAUGUAAGGAAUAGAAUUAAAAUGUGUAUUAUAUUAUUCAGAUACAAUUGAACUGUUAUACAUCUACUCUAAAAAAAUAAAAAAUAAAUUGUUUCAGGAUAUAAGAUUUACUUAAGUCUUUUUUCACUUUAAAGCAACUACCCUCCCUGACCCUCCUCCCUAAGAAAUCGGGAGAUUUAACUAUCCAUUGUUUAUUUACAAAUUUUACUAUUCAUUAUUUAUUUUUUAUUUUAUAAUGACUAAAUCGAAGUCCUAUAUGUUAAAUCUCAGCCUGUUCCAGGUGUCAUAAGCUUCCACUGUCCAUAUCAUUUCCAAACAUUAAAACCCUUGUCGAACAGUAUAUUUGAGCAGAAAAGGCAUCUGCCAAGAGAGACCCACAUAAAGCUCAGGGCUGUGGCUGCCUUAGGCACCAGUCCUGCUUGGGGUCGGCUUGCCCUGAUUUUAUUAUGGGCAUUUUCUUACCUGAAAACUGCAGGGGACAGGCCUCAUAGGACAUGUGGGGACUCAAGGUUGCUGUCCCUUCUUAGGAGAGAAAUCUUGGCCAAAAAUUAAAAUAUCAUUAGUUUCACUAUCUGUGCAUUCUUUAGAGCUCUUCUCAUUAUGUUUUGGUUAAUUCUUUUAAUUCAUUUUUUUUCUUCUAAUAGUAGCCUCAUCCAUUGUCCUUCUUUAUUAUAUUACCCUCUAUGUACCCACAUUCGAACAACACAACUACUUAUAACUCUUUAUGGUUUUCUUAUAAUACUAUCUUCCUUUCCACGAUUUUACUGUUCAUUCUUUACUUAAAAUACGUUUGUACUUGUUUACCUUGGGUUUGGUUUUUGAAAUCCAUAUUUAAGUAUUUUCUUCAUAUUUACAGUUUUGUCACAAAAUGAUACCCAUGUGUUAUGUAGUUACGUGUAAGAUUAUCAAUCUGUAAUAACAAUAAAUAAUACAAAAUGAAAAAAGUAAAUAUUAAAAAAAUGUACCUAUAAAUGUCCACUGUAUGCUGCAGAUCCUAAGAAUAUUCAUGGUUCAGGAAGUGGCUGAGAUUCCUUUGUCAAUCCUGACCCUCCUCCGUGGGAGUCGUACAAUGUGUGCACACUAUACUUCCCCUAUGACUUCUCAAUGUGGUUUUGUAUGAUGACAGGAGAGUUAUACAGAUAGUUCCUUACACCCUACACUAUGGAAGGAUCAAAACUGGGUGAACUAUGUUCCUCUAAAAAAAAAUAUAUAAUUUCUCAUAAGCACAAAAGUUGAUUCCCCACUAGUGCCAAAACCGUAUUAUAGUGAAUUUAACGCGUGCCUUGUCUAUUUAGAAUGCAGUUAACCAAAUGUAUUUAUAUUUUAGCUCUACAUGCACCUACACUCUCCUCAGUUGUUUAAAUUAAUAACUAGAAUGCACUCUUAUGGCUCUUGGUGCAUUUGUUUAGUAUAUAGAGGGGAAAUAAUUGCUUUCCCACCUUAUUACAUGAAUUCUUUCUAGAUGUACAGGUGUGCAUUCAUUUAAUUACAGUGUUACCCUGUCUCCAUGUAUACUGGGUGCAACACAAUACUGGGUGAGUUUUAAACAUUUUUUUUUUUUAAAUCGAUUUCCAUCUCAUAUUUCCACAAGAUCCCUUCUCAAUAAUCCAUGUUUUGAGAAUGUAUAUUAAUAAUUUGGGUGUUUUUGUCACUUUUUGAGCUCACUACAAAUGUAAGAUUUAGACAGUUGUGUCUCACUUGUUUCUGGCUAGUUUAGUAUCUAAUUCUAUACCAGUGGUUUACUUGACCCCUUAAGGACACAUGACAUGUGUUACAUGUCAUGAUUCCCUUUUAUUCCAGAAGUUUGGUCCUUAAGGGGUUAAAGGAACACUAUAGUCACCAAAACAACUUUAGCUUAAUGAAGCAGUUUUGGUGUAUAGAUCAUGUCCUUGCAGUCUCACUGCUCAAUUCGCUGCCAUUUAGGAGUUAAAUAACUUUGUUUAUGAACCCGAGUCACACCUCCCUGCAUGCGACGUACACAGCCUUUCUAAAUACUUCCUGUAACGAGUCAUCUAAUGUUUAUCCUUGCUUUAUUGCAAGUUCUGUUUAGUUUAGAUUUUCUUACCCCCUGCAAUGUUAAUAGCUUGCUAGACCCUGCAAGAGCCUCCUGUAUGUGAUUAAAGUUCAAUUUACAGAGAAAGAGAUACAAUUGUUUAAGGUAAAUUACAUCUGAUUGAAAGUGAAACCAGAUUUUUUCAUGCAGGCUGUGUCAAUCAGAGUCAGGGGAGGUGUGACAAGGGCUGAAUAAACAGAAACAAAGUGAUUUAACUCCUAAAUGGCAGAGAAUUGAGCAGUGAAACAUGAGAAGCAUGAUCUAUAUACUAAAACUGCUUCAUUAAGCUAAAGUUGUUUAGGUGACUAUAGUGUUCCUUUAAAACGGAACUCUGGAAAUUCUAUCAUUUAAUCAAACUUAGAAAAUCACUGAUAACUCAUGCUAACCUUUUUCACAACAUGCUCUGACAAGGGAGUUAAGAUGGAGGUUUCUAGUAGCAACAUAAAAACGUGUGGAAUUGUACAUUUGUCAACGUCUUAUUAAAAAUCCUGGAAAGUGACAGUUUCACCUUUAAUCUGAACAUUCCACCACUCCUGUGUUUUUGGUUAUAUAUUUCUUAAGAAUUAAAUACUGUUACAUUAGAAAUAAAUGUUAUUUAUGUGACUAUCAUUUUAGGCUUCUUUUAUUUUCUUUAUCCUAUGCAGGCAGAAACCUGACAAAUACUUUGUUUGUUUGUUUUACUUCAAAUACCUAUGCUAAUUACUAAAAUGAAUGAAUGUUUUCUUUUCAGGAAAUCAAAGAAAAGAAGGCCUUUUGCCAUACCUACGUACAGGACCUUGCAAAUGAAGCUGCUGACAUCAAUAUGAAAAAUGAAUCCCUGCAAAAGUUAUGGCCGCAGAUGUUCAUUGAACUUGUCAGAGAUGCAGUGAUUGAAGUUCGUGAUAAAAACUCCUACAUGAAACAAUGCUUACAAAGGAUCUGUGAGCAAAAAUAGCCAUACAAAACCACAAUUUGAGCACGUUCCAGAUAUCCUUUCUAACCAAGACAACAGUAUAAUUCAGUAUUCUCCGUAAAAACGUACUUUUCUAAUUCCUAAAAUGCAUUUUUCCUCUUCCCCUAAGAUUUCAAGUAUUCGAAUAUUACCACAAGGUUUAAAAUUAAUUUCAAUCAAGAAAUUAUUGUAGAGGAGAAUCAAGCCAUGAAGUCUUCAACUUUUUGUCGCUUUUGAGGACUUUGUGGAAAAGGUCCAUCACGGGAUAUUCACUUUGUCUGAAGAUAAUCCUCUUUUCAACUUAUUUCGCUUUUUAUGAGCCUUUGUUUAAGAAAAGUCUAAUAAAUUCUCUCUUUUGACAUGUUGUGAAUCUUUAUGUAACUAACAAAUCCAGGUGUCAAGACAAGAUUAUGUUAAUAAAUCCUCA